GAGGAGGGGCCGCGAGGACCAGGGCGCUGCAACGUCACCGCGCACGGGAGGAGGACGCCCGGAGCAUGGGUCGGAAGCGGUGCGUGGGAGACUGUUCCAAGAUGGCGGCGGGCUGCUGUGGGGUGAAGAAGCAGAAACUCUCCAGCUCUCCGCCCUCUGGCUCGGGGGGACCAGGCGGCCCGCACUGCAGUGGGGAAAGCCAGUGCCGUGGGGCGGAGCUGGGGCUCGGGGGCUCCGGGAGUGGCCCGGGUGUGAGCCAGCGGGUGAACGGCCUGGGCUGUGGGAAUAGCCUGUCCCCGGGCUGCGGGACUCUCUCUCCAGGCUGUGGGAACGGCCUGAGCCCCAGCUCCCGGAAAAUGGUGGUGUCUGCCGAGAUGUGCUGCUUCUGCUUCGACGUGCUGUAUUGUCACCUGUACGGGUACCAGCCGCCUCGCACACCGCGCUUCACCAAUGACCCAUAGUAAGUGCUGGGGGGGAGGACACCGGGGACCGGGGGGGAUUAUAUGUCUAACUGGAGGUGGGUAUAAGUAAAUGUAGGCUGGGUGGGGGGAUGGUGUAGGGAUAAAUAAGGUAAAUGUAGGCUGGGGGGAUGGUAGGGUAAAUGUAUGGGGGAUGGUAGGGGUAAAUGGCUGGGUGGGGGGAUGGUAGGGGUAAAUGUAGGGUGGGGGGGAUGGUAGGGGUAAAUGGUAGGCUGGGUGGGGGGGAUGGUAGGGGCAAAAUGUAGGCUGGGUGGGGGGGAUGGUAGGGGUAAAUGUAGGCGGGUGGGGAUGGUAGGGUAAAUGUAGGCUGGGUGGGGGAUGGUAGUAAAUGUAGGCUGGUGGGGGGGGGGGGGUAAAUGUAGGCUGUGUAAAUGUAGGCUGGGUGGAUGGUAGGGGUAAAAUGAGGCUGGUGGGGAGGAUGGUAGGGUAAAUGUAGGCUGGGUGGGGGGAUGGUAGGGGUAAAUGUAGGCUGGUGGGGGAUGGUAGGGGUAAAUGUAGGCUGGGUGGGGGGAUGGUAGGGGUAAAUGUAGGCUGGGUGGGGGAUGGUAGGGUAAAUGUAGGCUGGGUGGGGGGGAUGGUAGGGGUAAAAUGUAGGCUGGGUGGGGGGAUGGUAGGGUAAAUGUAGGCUGGGUGGGGGGGAUGGUAGGGUAAAUGUAGGCUGGGGGGGGAUGGUAGGGGUAAAUGUAGGCUGGGUGGGGGGGAUGGUAGGGGUAAAUGUAGGCUGGGUGGGGAUGGUAGGGGGUAAAUGUAGGCUGGGUGGGGGAUAUGGUAAUGGUAAAUGUAGGGUGGGUGGGGGAUGGUAGGGGUAAAUGUAGGGUGGGUGGGGGGAUGGUAGGGGUAAAUGUAGGCUGGGUGGGGGGGAUAUGGUAGGGGUAAAUGUAGGCUGGUGGGGGGAUAUGGUAGGGUAAAUGUAGGGUGGGGGGAUAUGGUAGGGUAAAUGUAGGGUGGGGGAUGGGGAAAUUGGGUAAAUGUAGGUGGGUGGGGGGAUGAUGGGUAAAUGUAGGCUGGGUGGGGGAUGGCGGGUAAAUGUAGGCUGGGUGGGGGGUAUGGGUAAAAUGUAGGCUGGGUUGGGGGUGGCCUUGGGUAAAUGUAGCUGGGGUGCCUUGGGUAAAUGUAGGCUGGGUGGGGGGGUGGCUUGGUAAAUGUAGGCUGGUGGGGGAGGCGGUAAAUGUAGGUGGGGGGGAGGCGGUAAAAUGUAGGCUGGGUGGGGGGAUGGCGGGUAAAUGUAGGCUGGGUGGGGGGAUGGCGGGUAAAUGUGGGCAGGGGUAUGAGUAGAUUCAGAAUAUUUGGAAUGUGUAGUUAUUUUGGAUUAGUUAAGUCAAAUGUUUAGUUGGUGCUGGUUUAAGAACAGGGCAAGUGUACACAGAUUACACUAAAAGUACAUUGAAGGCUGUGUAUAAUUUAAGGAUGGGACUGGUAAGAAUUCCACUGCUUGUACAAAUUAACUAUUAGAGGAAAGGGCUGUGGUAGGAUUAGAUGCUAGGAAGGAUGAUAUAUAUAGGGAUUGUAGAAUAUGCAUAUUUAAGGAAUAGGUCAGGCAUUGCAAUUGAGUGAGACUGAUUGGGAAAAAAACAUAAUUCACUUUAAUUUUAAGGUAUUUCAAUGCAUACUAGGUAUUACAUUUCACUUAUUUAUAACACAUCUAAAUGACUAGCUUAUGUGGAGUUUUGCUGAUUAUAGAAGAAAAAAUCAUCCACCUGUUUCAAGGUUAUUUGGAAGCCCAUUGAAGCCAAAGAAAAAUGGUUUAUUAAUAAUAAUCCUAAACACCAUUAAUAUACUCUGAUAGCCCGUGUAAGGGUUUCCUUUAGUUUUUCUUGUCCUUUCACGUCAUUGGCUUCUUUCAACUUUGUUAUAUACCUUGACUUUUUGUCAGCUUAUAGACCUUUCCCUUCCUGUGUAUAUUGUACCAGACACUGGAUUUGUUUCAUAGCCCCUCUGAUCUGCCUGGAACGGAAUGCUGGGUGAGUUGCAGACAAACACACUGCUUCUGUGUGUCUACAUUUUUCAGAGCAGAUGGGAACAUAUGUUGGGUAAAUGUCAUUUCACUAUCUGCAGAAGUGUAUUUUAGUCAUAUAGGUAAGAUUAUUUUCCUAUUAAAAUUGGACUGUCAUGUGCCAGUGUCCUUUUAAAUACAAUGUAUAUGAAACUGCUUUGUCUAAACAAAUGCUCUUUCACUUAAUACACUAAAAUACAAUGUUUGUUCUAAUCUGGGAAAGGAACACAUGGAACAGAGAAAAGUUGGUUAAUUCAAGAGAAAUGUGGAUUCAGUGUUGACAAGGAAGGAAAAUAUUACACUUUAUUUCUUCCUUUUAGCAUUUAUUGUGUGCCAAUUUGUGCAGUGUUUUACAAUUCUAAAAUUGGUAUAUUUAAAAAGACAUUGCCCUACACAAAUAAUGUUGACAGAGCGGCAAAGCAGACCCUGCAAAAAUUAGAUUUUCUUGCAUUGUAGAUUGUCACAUGUAAAUUACACCUAAUCUGAAAGGUAUGAAGACUCUUUGUUUUUAACCCCUUAAGGAUCAAACUUCUGGAAUAAAAGGGAAUCAUGACAUGUCACACAUGUCAUGUGUCCUUAAGGGGUUAAAGUAAUUAAAAAACAGAGAAUGUAUUUCAUCAUAUAGAACUUUGUGUAUACAACUUUCUAAAACUUUCAAGCAAUGUUAUUAAACAAAGAUGUUUUAUCUUCACUGUACAAUAACUGCUCAAUAGAAUUUAGCAACAAUAUUGUGUUUAUUUUAACCGUGUAUGACUCAGAAACCAGUGAAUUCAGACUUAUUUUCUAUUUUGACACUGAUCUUAGUUUUACUAUGCAUGUAUCAAAUAUCUGGCAAUAUUUAGCAAUGACAAUGUUCUGCAGAUUUGCUGAUGGUAAGAAAGCAGGAUAUUCUAUAUCUGAACAGUUUGCGUUGUACAUGCUUUAUGGGCAGACAAUAAACAAAGACUCCAUAAAAGCUCUGCAUGUUGUAGUGUUAUUUCCCGUUCAACACAGUUUUACCAUGCAACAACUCUUGCAUGUCAUGUCUAAUAGAAAUAACCUUGUCAUAUCACAAUUGUUCCUUAAUCACUUCAAAGUUUUGUUUUUUCUUUAUAACUUUACAAGUAAGGUCUGAUUAGUUCUCUACUUCUUAGCUAAUCUGUACAUGGUAUUUUUACAUGAAAGAAAGAUGGCAGGACAUUUAAAAUAAACAACCCAAAACUAGGCGAAUCUAGUGUAAGAAAAAAUACAUCUCCAACUCUGCUGUAGUCGCAAGUUGGCUAUUUCCGACCCAGUUUUGCAAUUUGGAUUUGAAAAACUUGCCCAAAAUAGUUAAAUUGGAAACAUUCUCCAAGGCAGUCGUGUUUUUAGUGUGGAUAUUUUUACCUUGAAUGUGAAAUUAAUUUUAGACUCCCAACGAUUCACACUUUAAUGAAUAAUUAUAUUAUCUAUGAAUUCUUCAUGGUAUGUCAUAUCUUAACUGCAGGGUGCAGUAGAUAUGCUGCCCCUGGUGUUUUCUAAUUGUUUUACUUCAUACCUGGGGUCCAUUAGGUGCUGCUUUCUGCCUGAGCUAAGAAUCAACCGCUUAUUGGUUUUGCCAAUAUUCUGUUUUUUUGUCAGUUACCGAUAUCGUUUUUUUAUACCGUUAGGGUGGGCUGUGGCAGAGGCCCAGCACAUGUAAUCUUCAGCUCCUCUCUCUAAUUCUCGCAAGCCCUCAGCCGCCAAAGCUUUGCCACGAAUUACCACUGCAACACUGCACACAAGGCUAGUGAGAGAUGGAGAGAGGACUUGCCGGAAACAGAAGAGUGCACUGGGUCCCAGCCAACCCCUCUUCUUGUUAGUGGCACCUGUUUCAUUCAUGUAUUCUUUGAAGGGAGUUUUGGGCAAAUUCAGGAGUUAACACCAAAUUGGUUAAACUGAUUGAGUAAUAGUCUAUUUAAAAGGAAAAAAACGCACACUGGAAUAAGUCAGAUUUUGCAUAUUUAAAGGAACAUUAUAGUGUCAGGAAUGCAAAUGUGUAUUCCUGAGACUAUAUAGUUCUAAUAGUGCCAUUUAGGUGUAUGCUCCACUUGUUCCCUUUAAAAUAGUUUUGUUCCCCUCUUUUUCAGCGCUGUGCAGAUCUGAACACGGCUGACCCUGCUCAGCAUCCAUGGCUGAAAUAAUCAAGCGUGAUGAUCUCAGCCAAUCCAGUGCUUUCCCAUCGAAAAACAUUAAGAGGCUAUUGCGCAUGUUCGACAAACGCAACAAAGCGCCUCAUAGAGAUACAUUGAAUCAGCACAUUUCUAUUGGGAAAGUUCAUCAUCUUUAUGCAGAGCGUGGAUAGGCAGAAUGUCGUUGCUGCACUUUAUAAAGCCCUGACCACUGAAGCACCUCUAGUGGUCAUCUUAGUUACUGCCAUUAGAGGUGUUCCUAGGCAGUAAUGUGAACACUCCCUUUUCUCUGCAGGGAAAGGCAGUAGACACCAUAACUACAUUAAGUAGUAGUUGUUCUGGUGACUAAAGCAGGGUUCGGCAAAUCCCAGGUCACCACGGCGACCAGGAAACUUGUCCUGGGAUUUGUGAGCAUGUUCAGCCUCCCAGGUGACUGGGUGCCUUGGAGGCGGCGGGCGGCUGACAGCUUUGCUCCCUCGCGCGUCUUGCAGUGAUGCCAGGUUAUGACGUCACUCUGGCCCCCGACUCACUAAAUAUUGCGUGAGAGGGAGCUGAGCAGGGAGAUAACAGCAACCACACUGGACCCUGGGGAAAGCCUAUCCACUCCAGCUCUCCAAAGGUAGGGAGACUGAGUGGAUUUAAAUUAAAAUGAAAAAAGUAAUUUUUUUGUAAAUGUGAGUGUCUGUCUUUGUCAGUAAGUGUGUGGUGUCUUUCCUAUGGGAAAACAUUGGGAGACAGUUGUGCAUGCAGGACAAAGUGCCACUUUAACUUUUCAUAGAGAUGCAUUGAAUCAAUGCAUACUUAUAGAGAACAUUAACAUAGGUGCUGCCCAGUGUGAAGCACCUCUAGAGGCCGUCUAAGUGACUGUCGAAAGAGGUGUCACCAGGCAGCAAUGUAAGCACUGCCUUUUGUCUGAAAAGUCAGUGUUUACAUUGAAAAGCAUUCAGGGACAUGAUAUAGACUUCAGAACAACUACAUUAAGCUGUAGUUGUUCUUGUUACUAUAGUGUCCCCUGAAGAAUUGUAUGUUUGGCGUUGAUUUCUCUGGCUCCUAACUUUUCUAGCAGGCUCCAAGCAAAUUUGUCAAGCACUGGGCUAUAGUGUUAGACAUGACCAUGCCCAAAAAUGUGGACAUUCAGUGGGAUGUUUAGAAAUUUGUACUCCCUUGUGAGCAGUUGGACAAGGGCAUUGAUGGUUUGGUGGAAAGGCUCUCAUGUACUCACUAGGUGGCAUUGUGAGGGUUAAUAAACUUUUGAAGAGUUGUGCCUGAAGACACACCCUGUGCUGUGCAAUCAUGGCUAUUACAAUACUGUUAUUUCCUUUGCUUUAUCAGAGCAUGUCAUAAUAAUAGACAGCAUCUACCUCAUUCAAACAUGUACUUGCUUAAAUACCACUGUAAUAUGACUCAUUUGUAUCAGCACCAGUCAUCAUAGUAAAGUAGAGCUGUGGCUAAUUUGUAAAAUGUGUGAUCUGGCUGAUUAUCCAUGUCCUGCUCAGAUGAUCAUGUUUAGACUAACUAUCUGUACAAUUUUCUUGAAAGAAGCAAUAAUGCAUUAUUUAGUAUACAGUCGGUCACUUUAUACCAUAAGGUUUCAGUUUGGUUUGCUGUCUCUUCAUUCCCUAUCCAAUCUCAAUCGUACCUGGGAUCCGUACUGAACCUAGCUUUCACAAUAUUGGACUGUCUUCUAUUCUGAUAUUGAAAGGAAACUGUAAAGGGAUUUUCUUUACACACUGAUAAAGGAACCUUUCACCUGUCAUACUCCAAAUAAGAAAUCAAACCAUUCACAAACAAUUUACUACUUACACUGGGAGAGGGCCAGGAUACUCACGGCACCACAACAAAUACAAUAGUCUGUAGUAGUUACGGUGUUCCUUCUAAUUUCCUAAAAAUUCUAAAUGAUGCUAACAACUGCUGUAGUUGUGAUAUGGUGAAGUAAUUGGGGGGUUUGUAGUUCCGUGCUACUAAUCUGGCAUUAAAAUUACUCAUUAAAGUUACUGAGAUGUGAAUUUCUACUCGCCUGGGCUAAUUUUUCUACUCUAGUGGAAAUUUUGAACUCUAAGUUUAUACCACCAUUAGUACUUAGUAUAUUAAACCUCAGUUAUAGGUUCUAUUCCCAGGCCAGUUGAAAAUUGUACAAUUAUUUUUUCUCUAAAAUGUUUGAAAUGAGUACCACAUGUUGGGUUAUCCUAACAUCCAGGAAAAUGGUCUGUAAUCAUCUGUUCUUAAUCAAGUACACUUGGUAAAGGUCUUGAAAAAGGCAAGGCUAGACAGUAAUUUAUAUUAGCAACUCCCUUUGCUGGCAGCCAUCACUUUUUAAUAGCUUGAGUAACCGUGAUUUACUUGUAAUGUACAUUUAUUAGAAUACUCUGACGUCUCAUAGAUUCUUCCUAUGAAGAUAAUUAUGUAUUGCUCAUAAGAGGACACUCAUUAACCGAAAGAAAAAUACUUGUUUUUUUUUUGUUUUUAAAACAAACAAAACAGAUUUCAUUACCCUGAUCCACCAAGUUAUUAAUGUCUUAUUUGCAAACAGGCCUCUUUUACUGUAGCUGAUGAGAUGUGAGUAAUUUUUGGAGAAUGACUGACUGUAUCAGGUGGUGCUCUAAAAAAAGGGUGUAUUCACUUAACAGAGAAUUUUAUUUUGCAUUUUUUUUUUUUUCAGUCUUCCUCAAUUUAAUUCAAAUUCUAUUGAUUCACUUUUUACUAAUAAUUUUAUUCUCAGAAAAUUGCGUUGAAUAAAUAAUUUCUACUUUCAAAUGAAUCUCACUGCAGAAUUUGACAUUUUGUGAGUACACUAGUGCUGUUUCCUGAAGAUAUAUUUUAAAUGGUUUAGUUUUAAGAAUCACAUGUCAAUGGCAUAACAAUAACAAAGCUGUACUCCCUUUUCCUGGUUAUCUUCUAAGGGCACAGGUUGUCUGCUAGUAGCAAUGCUACACUAGAUUAGCACAGUUUAAUUUGAUCAGUAAUCUAUUCUAAGCAUACUUCUCCACUAAUGUACUUUCUCCCAAAUGUACCUUUGAUUCACUGAGUGUGUAAGGCUGGUGAGGCUGGCAGUCUCUUAUUCAGGUUAAAGCAAUUACCUUCCCCAAAUUCCAAGAACCUUCUAUGGAUGAUGGCAGGAGAUGAUCUUGGAGCUAGAUGGACUCUGAGAUGCUGAAGAGGGCACUCUGAAUGUUUUAGGUGCAGUUCCCUCAGUUUGUGUCAGGAAUUGUAACAACUGAAUUACGCCAGUUCAAUUGUAAUAUGACUGAGUCACGCCAUCAGUUAUAUGGAGAUUUAGCUGAAUUGUGACAACUGGCUUUCUGCUUCUAUUCAGCUGCGGUUUGGUGUUUAAUAAAUAGACCCGAUAGAGCAUGCAUCUCCACUUUCAUUCAUGUCAUUUUAAAAUCCGAGUCUUGUGUAGAAAUGGCCAUUCUUCCUCAACUUCCCUUUGCACUUUUCCUCAUACUUUUUAGUUUAUAUGAAAUAAUUUUGGUGGGGUUUUUUUUUUCGUCUUUUUUUUCUUUUCUUUUACCCUUUUAUCUUCAUUCAACUUUAGUCUUUUUUGUGUUAACACCUUCUGUUUGCUUUGACAUAAAAAUGUUUAUCCUUUUUUAAGAUAGAUGCUAGUGCUGGGCUCGACAAAUCCCAGGUUGACAUGGCGACUAGGAUCUUAUUCCUGGCGCUUGGGAUUUGUUGGCCCAUUAAGCCCCUAAGGUGGUCAGCUGCCUGUAACUAAAGGCGGCCGACUCAUAAAGAGCAUGGGCAUGCUUCCGGCCAGCCAGCUUAUGAGCGUGGGCGUGCGGUCGAUCAUCCUGCUUAGGGAGAGCGUGCGGGAGGCCCUUAAAAGAUUGAGGCAGACUGGCAGGCGCGUGAGGGAGCUAUAACCUCCCUGCUCUGCUCCCUCACGCAUCCUCCAGUCUUGGACCACAUCAUAAUAUGCCCACAAAGAAUGUGCAGGCCUCUGAUUCUUGUACCUGCUUGACGGUUGAUAUAUGCUACCGUCGUGCUGUUGUCCGACUGUAUCUUUACUGCCUUGUUCAGAAUCCAAUCUUUGAAAUUUACUAGGGCAUACCAGACUGCUUUGAGCAGAGUAUUUCAUUUCUUCCGGAUUCCACAGCCUGUGACUGAAAUGUGAAAGAUGUGCUCCCCGUCCUAUAUUUGAUGCAUCCGUUGUGAUAAUCUUUAUGCUUGAAAGGAAAUCCCAUUGACUGAAAUCUGUUUCCACCAAAACGACUGUUCUCAGGUUGACAUCGAAAGGCUGAACUUCGAAUCUAGAUCUGCGUAAUUUUUUGUCAAAUGAGCUAAGAUUUCAUAUUAAAGCAGACUUAUUGCCGAUCUGACACAUCUGAAAUUGGAUGCUCUGGGUAUGAAACAGCUGGGAUUUUUGGCCUGGUGACAUGGUAUUCCCUCCCCAGACAACUUACAUGCUUGUCCUGAGGGUUUGCACGGCUUAAAAGGGCACAUUUAAAAAAUAAAAUAAAAAUUAGCCCCAAAAAUUAACGUUCCGAAUUGCGCAUGCGCAGUAGCACAUUUGGAACUACGGUAGGACGCCUGGGCGUGUGCUCCACCGCCAUGUGCAAGCUCCGAACUCACUACUCCAUUGGCGGACCAACCGGGAAUGUCUCUUACCCAAAGCCGGUUUCCACACGGCAUAAGAAGGCAGACUCUCCAAGUGCUCUUUAUGCAGGGGAGGCAGAGCGGGGCACUCGGCUCACCAUCCAGGGAGCUUUCGGCCAGAUCCCCCCCCCCACACAGCAACCUGUGCGUCUCACCCGAUUUAAGUUGUCAGCGUGUCCGUCCCCAAUGGGACAAGAAAGAAUACUGGUGGUCCUGGGUUCUAAAGGGGAAGUAGGAGGGACUAUUUAAAUUCCUUAUUUACUUAUUUUCAGUCGGCUUGUCCAUCAGGAUACAAAACCCACUGGUACUGCCACUAUAUGUUAGGAAAAUUUUGUUUAACACUAUUGGGUCAGAAACACAUUUAUGUUCAGACACGAGUUUGUCUUCCUCAUCCUAUAGUGUUCCUUUAAGGUUAAUUUUACAAAGACAUAUAUCUGCAUUGGUUGUAUUUCACUUAUAAGUACCUGACAACUAAAGUACGCAUGCUUAUUCUUGGCUGACUAUUGUUUUUCCAUUAAUGCACGUGGAUUUGUUUCCUUUGUUACUCUUUAUAGGGUUUAUUGCAAAAUAGUAUAUUGUUUACUUGUGAACAGUUACACAAAUGAGACCUUAAAGGACCACUAGGCACCCAGACCACUUCAGCUCAAUGAAGUGGUCUGGGUGCCAGGUCCCCCUAGUUUAAUCCCUGCAGCUGAAAACAUAGCUGUUUUGGAGAAACUGUUAUGUUUACACUGCAGGGUUAAUCCAGCUCCUAGUGGUUGUCUCCUAGACGGCCACUAAAAGUGCUUCUGCAAUUUACACUGAGUAAACUGCACUUAUUUGACGCUGGACAUCCUCACGGACCUCCAGCGUCAAAAAAGAUCCCCAUAGGAAAGCACCUCUCACCCUUUUUACUUAGAUUGUUGCAAAGAAACCUUAGUUGAAGUUAAUAUGAUGUAAUGCUAAUUUCUGCUUAUUCCAGACAUUCUGUUUUUCUUCCUUGUUCUAUUUUUCAUCGCAACAACUGUGCCUUUUGUGGGUGUAUUCACACUGGGCUUGCAACGCUUUGACUAAAAUAUACGGUUUAUCCAUAGUUUGUUGUGGUUUUAAAACACUGCAAUUAAACCAGGUGUGGUUUUCUGAUCUUUGUCACCAUUUUUCUUUGUUAUAGGCUUGAUGCAAACAAAUAUAAAGAGUUUUUAGGCACCAUAACAACCACAUCUAAGUGCCAGGAGGUGCCCGGCACACUUGGCUCAUUGGGUUAAACCAUUAUCUAUAGUUUUAACCCCAAAGUUGCUUCCAGCACUGAUACUCUAGUCCCCCAGGCAGCAUUUAGCUGUCAGCUGACUCUCUCAGCCAAUCAGUGAUUUCCCCAUUUACAAAACUGGUUUGGAAAGCAAAUUUGGAAUUGUCUCCAGCGCCCCUUGGAAUAAGAGGUAAGAAUGCCCCAAGGGACUCCUGACACCCUUGCCUUACCCUAGCACUAACCCUACAACUAAUGAAAACCAUACCCCAACGUUACUGCCCUUAACCUUAAGGAAACACUCUGUUAAUAUCAGUAUUGAUACCGGUAUGUACAGAUGGGUUUCCUACUUAAAUCAGUAGUGUUGUUGCUGCCAUCUACAGGCUGUUUUCAGCAUUGCUGACAUCUACACUGUGCAGUGUUGGACAUCUGGCAAAGGCAAGCACCAAUCACAGUUCACAUGGGCCAUAUUUGGAGACCAUGUCGGUCUGUCCAGAAUCUGUGGAUCUCCUUUGAGCACCUGCCUACAUAGAAACAUUGUGGCUGAGUGCAAUCUGGAAAACUACUGUGUUUUAAAGAGAGAUGCACCACUUGAAAAUCUAAAUAUAUAAUAAUAAUAAUAAAAAUUUUAAUCAUAUUUAAACCCCUGUCUCCCAAAUGCUUGCAAAAAGUUUAGAAAGUUAUUAAAGUUGAAUAAAAUAAAAAAUUUAUUUUUUUUAUCUCUAUCGCUCGCUCGAGAGAGAGAGAUUUUCUCCAUAUCCAAGAGGGCUGCACUCACCUGAACAUGCAUACGUUACAUUACAUACAUUCCAGGACCCUAUUUAGCCUCGACUUUGAGAGAGUCCCAGUAAGGAAGUAUUUCCCAAGUAAGUGGAUUAAUCUCAUUAAAUUCAAGGUUUUGUUUACGUAUUGAUCUGAACUUGUACAACUGCCUCAGUCCUUAAAGCGGCACUGUCAUGGCCGAAUCCCCUUUUUUAUUUUUUUUUUAUUUUUUUUUUUUUUACACCCCCUAGCCACCCCCCAAUGGCCCCCUAUAUAACCUAUUUUUGAACUUUAUUUUGUGCCCGGACCUAUGUCCUGGGCGCCGCCACUUUUGUGUGGGUAGAUGAAGUCCCUGUGGGACACAUCAUCUGCCCACACUAGAUAGCGCUGUGAAAUCUCGCGCAUGCCCAGUUAAACACCUGGGCAUGCGAAUGGGAAUUUAAUUUAUUCAUUCAUCAGAAAAACGAAUGAAUAGAAAUGUCAGACGAACAAACACUGAAUAUCAGUGUUCGUUUGUUCGUUCAGUUUAUUACAAGGAGGGAGCUACUGGCGCGCAUCUCUCUCCUUGUAAAAUAUAAAGAGAGAAGCAGCAGGGAGCUGUGCUCCCCGCCACUUCCUAAGGAACUCAUGUCCCCCUUCACUCUAUGGGGGUCAAUAUGAGUAGUAAAAUCUCCCGAAUGCCCCUACUCGUUAUACUGCGAGUAGGGGCAUGUCUACUAAACACGUUUUUGUUAAAAACAAACCCUAGUACCCCCCUGGCCCCCACCCCUGAGCGGCGGGUGGGGGCCCUAAAGGAUAUAAAAAAAAAUCCUAGUACACCUCCCCCCCGGCCUGACCCAUUUUAACUUAGGGCUCCCACCCGCCGCUCAAGGGUGGGGGUGGGGGGAGGACAAUAGGUGUCCCCUCUGCCCUCCCUCAUUAUCAUUUAUGGCCCCCACCCACCACUCGGGGUCGGGCGCUGGGGAGGGGGACACAAUAGGUUCCCUCCCCCACCCCCCCAUUAUCCACAUUAUCCUUUAAGGGCCCCACCCACUGCUCAGGUGGGGGGGGGGUACACUAGGAUUUUUUUUUUACAGUGAGCAUAGACACACCCCUACUCGCAUUAUAGCAAGUAGGGGCAGAAUUUACUAAUACGCAGUAAUCUUUACUUCGUAUUAGUAAAUGUGGCUGAAAGACCAAUUUAGGUCUUGCAGCCUUUUGGUAGUUAAAAGGCACUAAGUAGAUAGCUCCCUAAUUCCGUGGGGAUUAGGGAGCUAUCUACUAAGCGGCUGCAAGAUGCAACCAGCAGCACGUAUCAGAUCGGAGUUUCAUUCAUUAGAAUGAAAUUCCAAACCGAACAAAGUCCCGAAUUGCGUUCUAACACGAAUGGAGAAACUGUUCUCAUUCUGUUAGGAUGCAAUUCAGUAGUUUUGCCGGCGUCCUGACAGGAGGUUCGGGAAUACUGACAGGAUGCAUCGUGGGAACAGGGAGGAAAGGUAAGAAUUAUGGGAAAAUUUCUCUGACCACCGGAAAGGAAGCACACUUUGCUCCUCCACUGGUCAAAGAUGCUCAGGCGUAGGAAACCUCAAUAAGACAAGUAGUUCCUACUUUUGGCUUAUGUUUUAAAGAAAACUAGAGCAGAUAGUAAGAAAUGAAGAGCAGAUCCUGGGAGAGGAAGAGGGAGAAGAGGAAUCGAUUAAAGAAAUGUAAGUUUGGCAUGACAGUGCUGCUUUAAGGGGUUAAAUAUAUAAUGCAAAAAAAGUUUAGAUAUUUCUCAAACUUGGUCAGAUUGCAUUAUUAGGCACACCUCUCAGCUAGGUGAGUUUCUUCACCCCACCCCUCUUACUCGCCUAGCUCAGUGCCAGACAGAAAUGGGGCAUCAUGGUGCAGGAGAGAGGAACCAGACACUGGAGCUUUGAUGACUCAUGUCUCAAAGUGAUUCAUGCCCCUUUAAAUGGCUGUAUGUGGCGCUCACCCUGAACAUUGCAUAGAGCUCCUAGGUCAGCCUGCAUACCAAGCAUCUGAUAAUCUUCAGCGCAGUGUGUAUUGCAUUUGCUGGAGAUACUAAUAAAUAUAAGCUUAACCCCUUAAGGACUGGACUGUUUUUGCGAUGUUGUACAUUUGCGACCAGGCAUAUUUUUACACUUUUGUGGUGUUUGUGUUUGGCUGGAAUUUUCCGCUCUCUCAUUUACUGUUCCCAUACAAAUUAUAUAUUGUUUUUUCAGGACAAAAGGGGCUUUCUUUACAUACCAUUAUUUAUAUAAUCUCAUGUAUUUUAAUUUAAAAAAAAUAAAAAAAUCUGAUGAAAAAUUGAAAAAAAUACAUGUUUUUUUGACUUUUACUUGAAAAAUCUUUUACUCAUCUACAAAAGCGAAUGAAAAAAACUGCCAAAUAGAUUCAAAAUUUUGUCCUGAGUUUAAAAAUACCUAGUGUUUACGUGCUUUUUUGCUUUUUUUUGCAUGUUAUAGGGCUAUAGGUACAAGUAGGAUAUUGCGGUUUCAAAACAUACAUUUUUUAAAAUUUAUCAAUAGUGACAUUGUAACACUAUUAUCUGUCAUAAAUCUCUGAAUAACACCCCACAUGUACAUAUUUUUUUUAAAGUAGACAACCCAGGGUAUUUAAUAUGGGGUAUGUCCAGUCUUUUUUAGUAGCCACUUAGUCGAAAACACUGGCCAAAGUAAGCAUUCAUAUUUGUUUGUGUGUGAAAAAAGUAAAAAAACUAAAUUGAACGCCAAUUUUGGCCAGUGUUUGUGACCAAGUGGUUACUAAAAAAGACUGGACAUACCCCAUUUGCAAUACCUUGGGUUGUCUUCUUUUGCAAAUGGUAUGCCAUCAUGGGGUAAUUCUCAUUCCUGGGCUACCAUACGCUCUCAAAGGCAACGUAACCAACCUGGCCAUUUUCAAUGUAAAAAUAUUUGACCCAUAUAUUUGACCUUGUAACUUUCAAAAAUGCUAUAAAACCUGUACAUGGGGGGUACUGUUUUACUCGGGAGACAUCGCUGAACACAAAUAUUAGUGUUUAAAAACUGGAAAACGUAUCACAACAAUUAUAUCAGUAAAAGUGCUGUCUGUGUGUGAAAAAUGCAAAAAAAGUUUCACUGACAAUAUCAUCGCUGUGAUAUGUUUUACUGUUUUGAAUCACUAAUAUUUGUGUUCAGCGAAGUCUCCCGAGUAAAACAGUACCCCCCAUGUACAGAUUUUAGGGUGUCGUAGAACAUUACAGGGUAAAAUACAGUGCUAGCAAAUUAAAUUCUCUGGAAUUUCGGCCUGGGUUGGCAGGCAGGUCCUCAAAUUGCAAUCAAUAAAAUUACUGAAUUAUGUAAAAAUAUUACAUAAAUACGCACGUAGAAUUUAAAUAUAUAUGCAUAUUUAUAUAUUUGAAGUCUACGUGUAUAUUUAUAUAAUUAUUUAUGUAAUUUUGUAUAUGGACAUAUGUAUAUUUCAUAUUUUUAUUUUUUAUAUACAUAGAUAUAUAUACAAAUUCAUUCUAAGUGUAUUUUGAUAUAAAUAUAUAUAUUAAUUUUAAAAUACAGUUAGAAUAAAAUUUCAUAUAGCUAUAUAAUUUUUUUAAUUUUUUUAUUAUUAUUUAAAAAAAUAUUUAAUUUAAAUUACUUAUUUAGAUUUUAUAAUAUAUAUAUAUAUAGUUUAUAUAUAUUAUAUAUACGUGUGUAUUUUUAUAUUAAUAUAAGUACAUAUUAAUAUAAAAAUACACUUAGUAUGACAUUAUAUAUAUUAUAUAUAUUUUAUAUAUAUAUAUAUAUAUAUAUAUAUAUAUAUAUAUAUAAAAAUAUGUACAAAAUCCGGCACUCUACCUUUAAAAAGUGAUGAUCCAAAAAAAGCCUCGGUGCUGCAAAGCGUAAAUAGAUAGAAAAAUAGUAACAAAGAGAGCACUCCAAAGGACUUGUUGAAUAAGGUUUAUAAGGUUUAUCAGUGUAUAGAAAAAAAUCGACGUUUCGACCCGCAGGUCUUUAUCAAGAUGCAUAACAAAGUGGAAUGAUAACAUUUAUAGCAGCAAAUAAUUAGGGGGUAAUCACUUACCCUGAGAUAGGUGUGCAGCUACGGAACCAUGUGUACAUGCUGUGAAUAGAUGAAAAGUAGCGUGUGAGUUCCGUAACAGAGUGAUGACGUCAACCAAGUGCGACCAGGAAGAGGUUGUGAAAAAGCGUCCGGUUUCCAUAGAAACAAGUGAAUGAUUGUGUGUGAUGUGAAACAAUAAAAUAAAACAGAUAGGAAAGAUAUAUACAAGUAAGAGAGAGAAUGGUAGCCAUAGUAUAUCUUAAAAUGGGCAUAUAUUAAGUAUAAACAGAAAGUCCAGAGAGAGUAAACAUAUAGAGAGCGAGGAAGAGAAAUAUUAAAUAAAAGAGAUCAAACCAUAAAAAAAUAGUGAAGAAAGAAAAGAGAUAGAAAAUAGAAGAAAAAAGCAAGUGAAGAAAACAGAAUAAAUGAGAUGAAAAAAAAAAAAGAGAAAACUACCGUGACAACUAAAGUGGUGCAAUAACACUAUAUAUCAAAAUGGUGAAAACGUGAAACAGAGUUAAAAGAGAGAAAAUGAAGCAUAUAGAAUAUGAGAGAAGAUAAGGACUAUCGGUAAAUACAUAUAUUAGAAUAACCACAAGCAAUAUGUAUACAUGUUCAUAGUAGUAUCAAUAUACAAUAUGCAUAAUAAGUACACCAUGGAACUGUUAAUAAAAGCAGAAUAUCCCUUAUGCAGAAAAAUGACAAGAUUAGAUAAUUAAACCUUUAAAAAUGAGAACGAGAAGAUAGUGAGAAGCAGGACCAAAGAUUACACAGAUAAUCAACAAAUCAAAUUAGCGUGUAUCUAAAAAUGGAUGGAAAGACAAAUAUUCAUUCAGGCCCUUGGGAUAUAAAGUGUCCAAUGCUUUAAUCCAAUAAGCCUCCCGCUGAAGUAGGAUCUUAGAUCGAUCACCCCCUCUACUAAGAGGGGGAAUGUGAUCAAUAGCAAUAAAUUUAAGGGUAGGAAGCCGAUGAUUCGCCUCUAAGAAGUGUUUGGCCAUCGGUUUGUCAGUCUUGCCAUCCCUAAAGGCGGUCAUGAUCCCUGAUCGGUGACCACGCAUUCUAUCCCGCAAUGUAAGAUCAGUCUUUCCCACAUAAUAAAGUCCGCAAGGGCAAGAUAUUAAAUAAAUCACAUGAGUGGUGAGACAAGUGAUAUGAUGUUUAAUAAGAUAACGUUUCCCAGAAUGUGGAUGAGCAAACGAAGGUCCGGUAAGCAUAUGUCCACAAGUAACACAAUUGGGGCACUUAAUGUCUUUCCAUCCAUUUUUAGAUACCUAUUGUGACCAUGUGAUCGCUGUGUUAAGCGAUCACAUGGCCACAGGGGUCCUAAUUCAGUGUGGGGAGACUCUGUCUGUCUGGGCUGCAGGCAGUCUCCCCACAACCGGAGCCACGCUGAUCGCCGCCGGGGGAACGACGGCGAUCAGGUAAGUAGCUCAGACCGUUAGGACGGUUCAGGACCGUCAUCGGUCGGCAAGCCAAAAAUGCCGAUGACGGUCCUGAACCGUCCUGGGUCGGGAAGGGGUUAAUUUGUAUUAUUUGUGUCAUUGUUGAUGUGUUUUUGAUGUGAAAAGAAAAGUUGCCAUUUAUUGCGGUUUGGGCACUCUGGCUCAAAAAGGUUCGCCAUUGCUGUUAUAGAGCUUUGAAGAAGUGCAAGGCAAUAGGAUCACAGGAACCACGUGGUGCUAAAGGAUACAAAAUGCUGUGUUGCAUAGUCAUUGGAGCAAGUGAUUAAUGCUUUGGGGAGCUUUAUUUCAUAGGCGUGCGCAGCCUAUUGCAUUAGGGUGUGCACCCUAAAGCACAAACACACGCCGCGUGUGUGUGUGUAUGUAUAUGUGUGUGUGUAUAUGUGUAUAUAUAUAUAUAUAUAUAUAUAUAUAUAUAUAUAUAUAUAUAUAUAUAUAUAUAUAUAUAUAUAUAUAUACACACACACACACACACACUGCUGUGUGUGCUGUUAGUGUGCUGUGUGCUGUUAGUGUGAUGUGUGUGUGAGGGUGCGUGUUUGUGACUGUGCUGUUUGUGUGUGUAUGUUUGUCCUGUGAGGGUGCUGUGUGUGAGGGUGUUGUGUUUUUUUUUAAAGGUGCUGUGUGUGUUUGUGAGGGUGCGGUUAGUGUGAUGUGUGUGUGUGAGCUGUAUGUGUGUGUGUGCUGUAUGUUUGGAGGGAUUUGGCAGAUUAGUAAAUCCUUGCUGCCAUGUGCCAUCCCUGGUGGUCCAGUGGAGAGUGAACUCUAGCCUGCGGGGCUAGAGUUAACUCUUGCGAGAUCUGAGCGUUGCCGCAGCAACGCUCAGAUAUCGCGAGAGGAACCUGGCGGAGCUUCUGUCUAGAGCUCCCUGGGUCCUCUACUGCCUCCCUCCAUGCUGCUGUGGGCCGGUGAGGUAGAUCUUUGGUCUCCCCGCCGGCCCAUGAAGGCUUAGAGCAGAGCCGGCACUCAGAUAGUGCCGGCUCUGCGUGUGUGUGUGUGUGUGUCUGUAUAUAUAUAUAUAUAUAUGUAUGUAUGUAUGUAUGUGUGUAUAUAUAUAUAUAUAUAUAUAUAUAUAUAUAUAUAUAUAUAUAUAUAUAUAUAUAUAUAUAUAUAUACACGUGUACACACAGACACACACAUACACUCACAGACACACACUCACACACACACACUGACACACACACAUACAUACUCACAGACACACAUACAUACUCACAGACACACACUCACACACACACUGACACACACACAUACAUACUCACAGACACACACUCACAGAAACACACACACACUCACAUACAUACUCACAGACACACACUCAGAGAAACACACACACACACACACACACACUCACAGACAGACACACACACACACAUACUCACACACACACACACACAAAUUAUUAUAUUUUAAUUUUAAAAAACAAUGUCCACCCAGCCUCCUACCUGGAGUGCUGGUGGACUUUUCCCUGGGGUCCAGUGGGGGCAGGCGCCUUUCUCCAGCUGAGCCGCGGCGAGGGAGCUCUCUGCUGUCGGCUCUCUGCUCCCUCUUGCCGCGCGGGCUGUCUGCUGCAGCUGGGAGCCGGAAUAUGACGUCAUAUUCCGGCUCCCGGCAUCAGCGCGCGGCGAGAGGGAGCAGAGAGCAGAGAGCUCCCACGCCGCGCGCUGAGUGGGGCGUGGGAAUCCAUCACCUCUUGCCCUCCCCAUGACAGGGGCAAGAGGUGAAACAGGGGGCACUGAGUGCCUGCAGGAACAGCGUUCCUGCUCAAAAAAAGUGCAGGAACGCUGUUCCUGCAGGACUCAAACCAUAGGCGUGCCACGGGGAUUAGGGUGUGCCCAGGCACACCCCGUGCGCACGCCUAUGCUUUAUUUACAGAAUAUAUCUGUAAUCCCUUAGUUUCUAUGUCACCUCAAUAUCACAGAAAAGGGACAUGGUACAGACAAUUUUACUCUACUGGAAAGGAGUGUUAAAAAGAUGUCCAUGAUCAGACCGCCUAGGCAACAUGGGAGAGGGCUGUCUGCCUGCUGUGGCUUACUUUAGUCAGCAUAAGCACUCUGUCGUUGAAGUGAUUAUGGUGCAUCACUUGGAACAAUUACUUCUUCUGGUGCACCUGAUAACUCCUCAUCCUCUGGAAGAGAAUCAAGUCUCCAAAGAUAUUGGGCUACAAAUUCAAGGUAUUUCUCUCAUUGUGCAGCAAGGUUUCCACUUAUGCUGUUUCAGGACAUUGCCAUGGCAACUCAUCUCAAAGUUGAGUAGAUGUCUUUGAUGUAAAAUGUACCUUGUGUACCUCCUGAGAUGCUUAGAAAGCAUUUAUACCAUGCUGUGUACACACAAAAAUGAUUGUCAUAAAUAGAUCAAGGAGCUUGGGGAAAUUCUCUUAAACCAGGUAACAUUAAAGGGACACUGUAGUCACCUGAACAACUUCAGCUUAAUGAGGUUGUUCAGGUGAGAACUAUAGCUUCCUGCAACCUUUCUCAUGUAAACACUGUAUUUUCUGAGAGUGAACCAGAGUGACUUCCGAGUUGAUGGAGGCAUAACAUGCCUCCAUCCACUCAGAUCUGCUGUCAGCAGAGCACAGGGCAGCACUGUGCACAGCAUCCUGUGAUUCAGUGUCUCCUCCCUCUGCAUGCAGACACUGAACUUUCCUCAUAGAGAUUCAUUGAUUCAAUUCAUCUCUACGAGGAGAUGCUGAUUGGCCAGGGCUUUGUUUGAAUCAUGCUGGCUCUGCCCCGAGCUGCCUCUCUGGCCGUCUCAGCUAAUCCCAUGGGAAAGCACUGUGAUUGGAUCAGGCUACCACAUGUCAGCAGACUGCUUGUUUUUCUGAGUUUAACAGCAUGCAGAUUUACAGCUUCUGGCUUGAAUACAGUAAGAUUUUUACUAUAUUUAUGGAGGCAAUAUUGUGUUCAAUGAAAACACUGAUGUAAUUUGGUAUUGGGGGGGGAAAAAGGGCAAUGCUUAUGAACACACCAUUAUUCAUGCGCAUAGACUAGGGCGCCACGACUUACCCAGCUGGGUAACACAACAGUUGAUUACAUUGCGUAUUUAAAGUAACAUGACAAAAUUACUUUCAGAGAAAAUUGUGGAUUCUCUAGAGCCCUUAAAUACCUUCAACAUUUUAAGGAGUUGUAACUAGCCAUGCAUAUUACACAUCUUAAAAAUAAAAAUGACCAUUUGAAUGUCUUAUUGGAUAGAAUGUUACCAUGUCCUGUACAAAUUUUUUAUUUUUUUUUAUCCCCUUAAAUGCCAAAGGAGAAAUCUAAUAUUGAUUCCUGUUUUAAUGUUUUGUACCCCCUGCUUUUCAAUGCAUAAAGGAAUAGGAAUAUUUUCUUUAAAUUUUCUAAAAGAUGGUAGUUCUGUAACUUAAUUAUGUUCUUGCAGGCCUGUUCAUCAUACGUAGAUGCAAGGAAAUGACCUAUUAAAGUUGCCUGGUACUCUAAAUAUAACUUCCAAUAAUUCAAUAUGAAGUUUUAUAAAUUAAUUAGUGAUGUCUUUGUCCAUUCAGGUCUUAAAGUAAGUCUUGAUUUCAGUGAAAGAACAUGCUAGCUAAUGCUUGCCAAUUUGUAUUUUUAUAUGUACCUACUUCCCAUCUGUAUUAUGUGUAUGCUGGGAAUUUAGCAUAUCACAUCUUACACAUAUAGCAAGCACGGAGGGUCCUCCGUUAGUUCAAAAUGUGAGAGAGCUGGUAUUUUAAUUUACAAAUAUGUGCAGGAUUUUUUCUUUACUCUUGCUUGUCUAGUCACUAGUGAAAACACAGGACUAAUCCCUGACUUUAUAUCCAGUCCUGUUACGCCACAGUAUUUGUGCUAUUGUUCAUGGGGGAAAAGAAUCAGCUAGGAACCACAAUUCCCAGUACGAACACUCUAUUAGUACCAAGUAUAUCAGCGAAAGCCACUGUAAAAAUGUAAAAUAAGUUUCAAAAAUUUCCCAUAAGCACCAUCUAGAUACUUGAUGAAGUGAAGAAAUUACUGGCUUGCUGGAAGGAAUGCAAGGUUUAAAUACAGUACAAUGUUUAAAGAGGAGGGUGCAGACUGUCACAAAGGCAUAGAACAAGUGGUGACAUGGAGACAGCCAGUUUUGACUGCUCUGAAGGGUCUCUCCUAGAACAAUAGGGCAACACUUUGCUGGCAAAAACACUGAGACAGGAAAUUAGGUGGGAAAUGAUUUCACAAUAGACAUUAAACACAGCAUAUUGCCCAACAACCUGUACGCUUCCUAAAAGUACUGACCCAUUAAGAAUUGCUUAUUGCAAGCAAAUCACAAUAAGGGAAUUCUUUGCUGCUUUUUGUAAGUGUCAAGGCAUAUAAGUACAACCAUAAAAAACACAUCCCUCCAGCUAACUAUAGGAUCAGGGACCAAUUCAAGUUCAGGACAAAGGAGUUGGCCCUCAAGCUCCUUCACAAAGCGUACUGUAUCUUUUUAGUUGGUGAGAGAGGUGGUAUCAGAUAUAUCCUGACACACACAUAGAUGGGGGAGAUUCCAUUACACUGUAUGUAUUCCCUCUUGUCAUGUUGCUGCAGUUUUUAGGUUAUGUCAUAUUGCGGUGACCGAGCCUUCGAAAGCACUACAUUCAUUGCUUUAUGGAAAAGCUUAUCCAUGUUUACAUUACAGCCAUUUGGAGUGCAUUGAAAGGUUUACACUAAAACUUACACUUGGUAUAUCUGAAUGUAAACAAUAGAAAUAUAUGUACAUAAUUACUUUCUGUUUAAAGAAAUUUACACAGUUUCUUCUGUGCUCAUUAUUGCACUGCCUAGGCCACAUAGUUGGCAAUCUUUGGCACUCCACAUAUUUUUGGGCUACUCUCCCCUAAUGCUCUGACAGCUUUUUGGUUGUAAGAGCAUUAUGGGAGGUGUAGUCCAGAAAAUCACGAGUGGCGAAAGUUGCCUACCCCUGGUAGGGAUUCUGUCUGCCCUUCUCUUCCUCAUCAGAUUCUAAUCCUGUAACUUCCUGCUGGGAGAAUACAAAUGUGAUCCCCAAGAGCUGUUCAUACAACACUUAGGCUCCUCUGUAAACUGAUAGCCACAACGUGGCUGUUCUUACUUUAAAUAUAUCCUUUAUUCACGGUCUAGUGAAAAGGUCAAAGUGAGCCAGAAGGCAAAGCUGUGAUCCCACAGCUCAACUCUCUCUUCCAUGCAGAGCAGACGUGCUGUGCCUGAGCUCUUAAGCGUUUUUCUGCAUUUGAGGUGAUAUCCCUCAGUUAAGGAAUGACUACGUCCAAGCAAGGGCACUAUCAGAGUUAGGGGACCCCUGCUGACUGCCCUGAACCUCGAACAGUGUUUAUGCCCCACCAGAAACAGUCUCUCUCUAUUGCGACCUACUGGGGACGGAGCUGGGGAGAGGCAGCUGGUCUCACUUCAUAGACCCCGGUUUGGCUCAGCUACACUUCUGCCACCCACCGCCUCCCCACUCUGGACCGGUGGGGGUAUACCCGUCCUCACUGUACACACUGGGGUUAACUACCUUACCUAGUCUGUACUCCACGUGGAAAUAAGCAACACAUAGCCUGCACUCGGUAAUCAAGAUGGCGACUGCUCUAUCGUCCGACCAACUUGGCCUACAAGCGCAUCAAUAUUACUCAGCUGACCUCACCUCGCAACGCCUGGAUGCAAUAUUCCAACGCUUUUGGCAGAAGUUGGAGGAGCGUACCCAAGCUUCUGAGACAGAGCAGCAAAAGGCUGCGCACAACAAGCCAUCACACCGGAUUUUGUCUCCACUGGGAGAAAGUGCACAGCAAGCUCCCAGGCGCAAAGAUGCUUGCCUACACGGGCGAAGAGCUACUCGAGACCUCCCCGCCAAGCAUCAACCACCGAAGCUGAGCAACCACAGUAAGCUGCAUAGACCAGCCAGACCCCCUGCUUGCUCCAGAGAGAAGAUAACCUCGGUACCAGAGAGAGGGUCCAAGUCUGCAAACAAGAAACGGCAUCCCUCAUGCAAGCGUGGAGUUGGAGGAAAUCUCAGAUAUGCCGUGCCGCUAAAGCAUAUUUCCUGACCGUUCCUGCACACGCAUCAACCCUGCCGAUUCCAGGAAUUGGAUGAUCCCGGGAUUGCACCUAUAAUCUGAGCCUUGCUCAGACAGCAUCAGCAGUUGCAUACUCAGAGGACUCCACAUUGCUUUUUAUGGUUUCAGUUUUCUACUAUUGAUUUUAUAUUAUGUUUAUUAUGUUCCUAUCUAUUUCACGCCUAGACAAACACUAUCCCUAGUGUGGAGUACCCUUGCAUUAGCGCUAGUGUGCCCCAGGGUCCAGUGGCCUUAAGUGUUAACUGUAAGCUGAAUGACCACAUGUGCUCAUAUGAUUACCGUAGGGUAAGCCUGCCACACCACCAUGUUCCCUGCAUCAUAACUCACUCCAGCUAUAACUGCUAGUUGUUAAACUGACUGCAGGAUUGAAUAACUGAGUACAUGUUUUACUCAAUCUUAUCAGUUCCUACAGUAACAGAAAAAAAAAAAAUUACUGUUUGGACAUAUUUUUGAGAGCAUUUUGUAUAGAACUCUAAACAUGCAGGUUUUCAAGGGGUAGCAUAGAUUUAAAAUUCCAAAAAUCUUUCAGUCUGUGUAUUAGACGACCUUGUGGCAAAUUGUUCAUAUAAAAUCUAUACAAAUGUUCAUGUGGUAGUUAGGGAUAGAGGAAUUUAUAGAUUUCAGUCGAUUUAUCAGAAAUAUGCAGAAUAUCGACUCAAUCUGUAUUGGACUUGUAGUUAACCAAUAUUUCCAAUGACUCUUCUCUCCCAGUCAUUGCACACUGUCUUCUGCAUCCGAAAAUUUAAAGCCGCAAGCCGAGUUGCCAGGUUGCAACCACAUCAUUCCUUCCUGUGAGUUCCGGCAUGCGGAGCUCAUCUGAAGACAGGGAGCUGAGACAGUGAAUAAUUAGGGAUUAUUCUAGUUUACAGUGAACGAAUAAUCAAAAUUUUAUUAAAGACAUCUUAUCCAGCGUGCAAUCGGGGGGGAAGAGACCGGUUUGUGAGGUCUAACGUAAGAUACAAAGAGAGGUCCAGUAGGGGAACGUAGAGAGAUAGUGUUUUCAAUGUAACAACGGGUACACAGGGCCACACAGAGAGAUGGUCUGUUGGGAAAGUAUGGGUAAAAAACUGAAUUAGUCUUAGUGCGUCUAGUAAUAGUAAAUCUGACACCGUCUGGUGCGAAGGCCGUAGCAUGAGUCAAAGACCUGAACAUCUGAGACUCUGCGGAAAUACACCAGGCACAGGAGCAGGGCCAAUUUUGCAGAAAGUUGGCGUAGGGAUAAGGCCUUGUAAGAAAGCCAGGAAUCCAACAGUGUAAAAACCUUAGAAAUAUCUCAGAAGUUAGAAUAUUUGGCAGUAGGCAGCCUCGUCAAACGUAUGCCCCGUAGAAGUCUGCACACGGAAGGGUGUUUCCCAACUAAAGAAUUAUCAAUAGUGUCAUGGGCACGCCGAAAUGGCAGAGCGAAAAACAUUAAUCGAUUGGUAUGAUUUACCCUGAUCGAAGAGAGGGGAUAAAUUUAAAAUUGGUGAAAGAGGUGUUGAAACGGGAUCGAGGUCCCUUUCCAGACACCAGCUGAGAGGUAGGUUCGUCUGGUUCCUGGAGCCCACGGGUCCCAUAGGAGUGUUUGAGCUGUGCGUGAAAGUCCCGCGACAUGCCAAGCUCCCCUGAAACUGUCCAAGCUACUAGUUGAAGAUGACCCUGUAGGGCGAGUGGGUGGUAAUCGCCGGCAGGGUUCCUGAGGACCCGAAAGGAACGAGAUAGCAGGAUGGGCUAAUCUACUGAUAGUUCCAGGAGGGUGGGGAACCAAGUCUGGGCCCUCCAUAGUGGAGUGAUUAUUACUAUCCUGACCCUUUGAGCUUUGACUCGAUGAAGGGUCCGUUGAAUCAUCGAGAGAGGAGGGAAAGCAUAAGCUCCUCUCCGCGGCCAAGGUUGCAGAAAAGCGUUGACUGCCAGAGAUAGAGGGUCUGGUAGCCAGCUGAAGAAAUCGUCUGACGAUUCAGGCGAGAUGCAAAUGUGAGGGGUCCCCGUAAUAGACGAAUGUGGUGAAACAGGAAAGGGUCUAAUUGCCAAUCGCUGGCAUCUCUCCAAUGACAUAAAAACCAGUUCGCGACUAAAUUGUCGGGUUCUGGGAGGUAUUCCGCUCGAAUGGGCAGGUUCCUGUCCAGGCAGAAUUCAUACAGGUACUUGGUGAGAUCGGACAGAAAUUUGGAUUUGGACCCUCCAAGUCGGUUUACAUACUGCACCGCGGAGAUGUUGUCCAUCCGUAGUACCAGGGAGCAGUUGUAGGCGUCCUUGGCAAAGCUGCGGAUCGCGAAGGAUCCUGCAAUGAGCUCGAGACAAUUUAUGUGGAGUGCCUGUUCUGAUGGGGACCAGAGACCCCACUGUGGAGGUUUGGGCACAUAUGGCACCCCAACCUAAGAGGCUUGCAUCGGAUUCCAGGAUAAAAUCUGGUUGAGAUCCGAAGAUCGCUUUCCAAUUCCAGGCUUCCAUAUUGCGAAGCCAGCAGUGGAGUUCGAUGAGAACUUCGUCUGUCAGAGAUCUGAAUUGGUCGUAAGAGGUUGAGCGAUGCAAGUAGGAAGUUUUCAACCGUUGCAUUGCUCUGUAGUGUAAAGGCCCGGGGAAUAUAGCUUGGAUUGAUGCAGACAAAAGUCCAAGAAUGUGUGCAAGGUUGCGGAGCCGAGGUCGCUGUGAAGAGAGUAAUUUUUGAAUUUCUUUUAUGUUUUUGAUCUUGGAGUAAGGCAGUUGUAAAGUUGCCUGAACCGAAUCUAUUUGAAAGACCAGAAACUGGACUAUCUGAGAGGGUUCCAGAUCUGACUUCUGGAAAUUUAGGAGAAAACCAAGGUUUUGAAGGAGAGCAGAGGUCAUGUGCGUGCGUUUGCGAAGCAAAUGUUGGUCUUGGGCCAUAAUCAGACAUCAGAAUGUCGUCUAGCUAUAUGAUGGAACGUACUCCCUGAGAACAGAGUAGUGCCUGGACUGGUUUCAUUAACUUGGUGAAACACCAAGGGGCGGAGCAAAGACCGAAAGGAAGGCAGGUGAACUGCCAAAUUUCGUCUUGCCAGAGAAAUUGAAGGAAGGCAAGAUGACGUAGUGCGAUUGGGACCGUGAGAACCAGUCUCCCACACAAAGUAGGUCCCUGAGAAGAUGGAUACCUUCCAUCUUGAAAUGACGGUAUGUGAUACCGUGAUUCAGUUCUCUGAGAUUAAUAAUAGGAUGGUGGUCUCCCGUCUUUUUUCGGACAAGAAAAAUGUUGCUGUGGAAGGUGUAAGGGAAAGGCGAGUGUUCGAUCGCCCCUUUGUCUAGUAGUUUGUGUAACUCUUAGUUUAAGGUUAUUUUGUCUGCUUCCGACAUCCCUAAAGGUGACGGAGGAAAACUUUGAAUGGGGUGUGUGAGGAAAUCUAUUUUGAAAUCCUUGACUGUAUGAAAGAUCCAGUGAUCCUGAGAAAGUAGUUUCCACUGUUGGAAAAAACGGGUUAAUCGACCUGUAAUUGGUAAAAAAUUUAAAUAAGGUCCAUUACCUGAAGCAGUGCGUCCGCGCAGGGAUGCAGAACCACAUCCUCGAAUAGAGCCUCUGGUGUUUAAUAGCUGGUUGUGUGAUAGGGUUGCGUGGGUCCUGUCGUUUUUAGGAAGAAAUUUACCUUUAAGUAAGGGUUUAAUUAAAAUAACGUACCGUCCGAAAGGGCAGCACUGGUGCCCACAUAAUCAUUCACUAUCCGGUAGGGAAACACAGGAGCCGCGGGGAAGUGUACUUCGAGUGGAAAAUGGCCGCCGCGGGUAAAAGGGGCGGCACGAUCGUUCCAGAGUCCACAGACGCCGGGAAGGCGGUUAGAAAAGGCGCGAAGGCUGAUACAAGGACACUCAUCAGGCCUCGACCUCUUUUCUUCCAGCAGGUGUAUGGUCUCUGGGUGCUGGAUUUCAGGUGGAAUCCUCUAUUCGUAGUGAGUAGUUUCCUGCUUUUGACAUCCAUGACCAGUUCUUCUCUUGGCCAGGUUAUUAUUCCAGCUGGGUACCUGAUGACCGGUAGGGCAAAUGUGUUGAUGGCUUGGAUCUUAUUCUUGCCAUUGAGCUGGGACUUCAGGACCUGUCUGACUCUUUGGAGGUACUUGGAUGUUGCUAUUCUCCUUGCCUCUUCCUCUCAUGGUUACCAUGCGUUUGUGGUACCCCCAGGUACUUGUAACUGUUGCCUACAUCUUCUAUUUGGCCUUCUGGAACUUCAACUGCUUCUGUCCUGUUAAUCUUCCCUCUUUUUGCUAUCUGCCCGCACUUCUCUAGUCCGAAUGACAUUCCGAUGUCCUUGCUUUAUAUCCUAGUUAGGUGGAUCAGUGAGUCAAUGUCCUGCUUGUUCUUGGCAUACAGCUUGAUGUCAUCCAUGUAGAGAAGUUGGCUGAUAGUAGCUCCACUCUUGAACUUGUAUCAUCUUCUUGAUGAUCUGGCUAAGAUGGUUGGGUUGAGGCCUAUGCAGAACAGCAUUGGAGAUAGUUAAAAAAAGGAAAAGAAGACUACUGCCAUAGAAAUAAAUAAGGUUAAAAAUUAACUUUUAAUGAUAUAGUUAAAAUAAAAUUGAGAAACAAAUUUGAUAAAAAUCUCAAUAUGCCAAAAGGGAAUAUAGAGAGAUACACAACAAAUAAGUGAUUAUAAUAUCCAGAUUGUUAUAAGUUAAUCACUUGACACAUAAUCAGCAGAUAGUAUCUAAAAUUGUUGCAAAUUGAUAGUUUCAAUUGACUUAUGCUGCAGUGCAAUAUAUGUACUAUCUGUAAGAGGUAGACAGGAACAAAGAUUAAUUAAAUUCCCAAUGUAAACUUAUAAAAAGUAUUCCAAAAAUCUAACUGUGCCUUCAUGGGCACCUACCUCAAGAAAACCCCACUAAAUUAGCUAACUGUCCAAAAAGAUGAAUAAAGUGAAUCUACUAAACUCCUUAAUAAGCGUAUACUGUGCAGUUUUCCUUCGUAUUCUAAUCAAAAAGAUCACUUAUUACUUGAUUACUAAAAGUAAAAUAAACAAAAAGCAGUUGCUUAUAUAUAGAUCAGGAUAAUUACUGUCCAUGUAGGCAAAAAACAUCUAACUGUGCCUUCAUGGGCACCUGCUGCUACUACAAUUGCACUGCAGCAUAAGUCAAUUGAAACUAUCAAUUUGCAACAAUUUUAGAUACUAUCUAUCUGCUGAUUAUGUGUCAAGUGAUUAAUUUAUAACAAUCUGGAUAUUAUAAUCACUUAUUUGUUGUGUAUCUCUCUAUAUUCCCUUUUGGCAUAUUGAGAGUUUUAUCAAAUUUGUUUCUCAAUUUUAUUUUAACUAUAUCAUUAAAAGUUAAUUUUUAACCUUAUUUAUUUCUAUGGCAGUAGUCUUCUUUUCCUUUUUUGAAUUACUCUAGUUAGGGUUAACCCCUUUACUGCCUAGGUUGCAUUACCAUUAAGCUUCCAUUUUUUUCCUCUAAUAGCAUUGGAGAUAGCGCAUCACCUUGGUAUAUGCCACAUUUGAUGUUCACUUGAGUUAUUGUCCUGGAAUUGGCUUCUAUAGUUGUUUUCUUGAUGUAGGCUUUUAUUGUCUUGCUGUCCUUGUAGAGUGUCAAACAUUUCAGUACACAGAUUGCCAAGCAUUCCAUUAUAUUGAUUCGUAUGCCCUUGGAUCUUGGAGGCUAUGCUGUUUGACAGGAGUUUCCAUGUUGUGGGGAGGCAGGUUAUUGGUCGGUAGUUUGGUGGUGCUGUUCACUCGUGAGGGUCCUUCAUGACAUGUAUUGUUCUGCCUUGUGUUAGCCAGUCAGGGUGGGAGCCUGUUGCUAGUAGCUGGUUCAUUUGUGCUGCUAGGCGUUCAUGCAGUGCUGUUAACUUCUUUAUCCAGUAGUUGUGGAUCAUGUCAGGGCCUGCGGCUGACCAACUAAUGUGUGCUGCUCUCUGUUGGAUAUCUUCAACUGUGAUGGCGACUGGUUCCUGUUCUGGCAGUAUGCGUUCAUGUCUAGUAGCCACUGGGCCUUGGUGAGAUGCUUCUUGCUCCCAGAUAUUCUUCCAGUACUGUUCAGUCUCAGCUCUGGGUGGUGUUAUGGGCAAAUGCAAAUAUUACAAGUUUUAGAAUGAAAUGUUGUAUUUAAAAACUGUGUACUUUGUCUUUAAGAGAGAUUGCAAACUGACAAGGUGUUAGAAAUGGAACAAAUUGUUUUUCAUAACUGUUUCUUUAAGCAAUAACCCCAGUGCAUAAUAUGUUUGCGCCAUUUUAUCCCAGACGAAUUACAAUAACAAUAAUGCAUAAACAAGCUUCAAGGCUAUGCUACUGUGGUAACCUUAAGUAGAUAAGGAUGUCCAGACUUUAAGAUGCCAUCUUGAACUAAGUCCGGAAAAUUUCCAUGACGUGUACACCCUUUAGUUAUGGCCUUGUAUGUUUUCCAAGUUAAGGGAGGUCCUAAAAUGAAUAAAGGAAAAGGUGUUACUUUUUCAUAUAUGAACUACGGUAACGCUAAAAUGGAGACACCUAAGGUAUAAAUAGGUGUACUUUUAAAUGUUAAGAAACAGAGGAGAGACUUGCAGACAGACGUUGCUCCAUCUUAAAAUGACAGAGGCUGACAUGAUGACCUGUUCAGAAGGGUAUGUUAACCUAUUAAUGAUAUUUGCAAGCAUUUAAUUUAAUCUUACAAACUAUGCUAUAAUGGAUUUUAUGUCUAUAUUUAUAUUUUUAUAUAAUAAAUAUCUAAAAGACAAAACUAUUGCUUCCAAGACAAUCCUUAUUUUAGAUUGUAAUCUCAAUUAUUUAUAUAUGUUAAAUAGGGGAUCUCUUACACUAACUAUAUAAAAUUAUGGCUAAGAUAUCUGUAUGGUUAACCCUACUAAGUUCUAUGCUUAAAGACAUUAUAGUGGUAAAUAAGGGAACCAGCCGCGGUUACAAUUGGCGACCACGAAGGGACUUGUACUUGGAAGCUUUAACUAUAAAAUAAUAAAUACCUAGGUAACUUCUUAUACGUAAGAGAAGACACAAUACUUUGUCAUGGCACAAAUCUUGAAAUAUCAGAAAUCUAUUGCGCUAUUUGUAGCCCAGACUCAGAGAGAGAUCUUCAUCGUUAGAGAUGAUUUUAAUGUGAACAAAGCACUUUGAGUUCAGGUGCCAGGUACAUCGUAAUUGGCAUACAAUGCUGAAAUUGUGGAUCUGAAUUAAUAUAAGAGAACAAAUGUACAUAUUUGGUAAACUCCGUGAUAUGCCUAAUACACCAGCACAGCAUGGCCCAUUAGUUCCAGGACAGUGGAUUGCAGACAGGGGGAUAUGUUCUCUUCGUAGCUGCUUAGUAUGCAUGCGCAGGAAAAAGAUUAAUGCAAAAUGUUGUCAAAAGAAAAGUGAUCAGAGUGAUGAAACUUGAAAUCCAAUUCCAAGAAUACAAAUAAGAUUGCAUUAUGGCUUCAUGAAAACAACAGACAGUCCACUAUAUAAGAAAAGUUUUAUAAAACAGUGAUAUUUUCCAUAUUGUCAGUUACGCUAGCUGUUAAUUGAAAAUCAGGAAUUAUAACAGCAUAACUAUUUUUGGAGACUAGAGUUUCCAGCCAAGGUUGUGGAGAUAGAGACAUGUAAACAUUCCAAGGAAUUGAGAAGUCGUUUUAUAUUCCAAAUUAUGAACAACAUUAUUACAUACAGCCAUAAAGAGAAAGACAUGGCUUUUAAAUACAUUCCGUGCAGUACACUGCAGCAUAUAUUUUGAUGCUAACUAGCUUGUAUUUUUUCCUAAAGAGUUGAAAUUAUACUACCCUCCUAGAAAAUCUGUUAAUAUCAAAAAAUAUAACAAAAGUGCAACGGGUAGUUAUACAUCAUUUGCUUCUCUAAAUGCUCUGCAAAAAUAAUUAGUUAUAAAAUUAUUAAAAAUGAUAUGUAAGAUAAAUCAGGGCAAAAUAAAAUUGUAAAUAAAUAGGAUCUCCAAUAACAUUUAAACUGAAAUUAUUAAAGGCUUAUUUAAAUAAAAUUUAAAUUUACAGCUUUAAAUGUGACCAAAAGAUACUAAAUGAUGUGUUAAGCAGCCAGCUCAAUUCACUAGAAUAGCAAAAGUAUUCUAGUAUUUAAAGUGCACAAUAGCUGCACAUAAUGGCUUUGCUUACUCAGGUAAUGGCAGGAUUAAAGUCCACCAAUUUUAAAAGGGAAAGCUUACUUAUAUCAGUGGUACUAUCCCACUGUACCUGUAGUGCUGGCAGUAAGAAAAUUAGAACAAUGAUAUUGUACUAUUAAGUGUAAUCAGAUCAGACACAUGUAAUCUCAGUGAAUUUCAUAAACUAGGUUUUUACAAAAUUAAAUUAAAUUUCAAAGUUGUUUAUAAAUAUAGCAAUGUUGUUUAUAAAUAAAUGUAUAUAGACCAGGCAAUAAGAGCAUUCAGCAGCCUGCUCUCCGAGCCAGAAACGGAUUUAUAAAAAUAAAGUAGGUUUUAAAAGGUCCACAGUCAACCACACAUGAAGGGUGAAAUAAUUGCUUCUUUAAAAGCUAUAUGCUGCCGCAAUUAUGUAUAUAAGCACAGAGUAGAAAUAAAAAUACAGUUUCAAAUCUCAUAUAUGGGGAUUCAGUUUCACCACAUAUUCUACAAUUCUGAAAGAGGCUAAUUUUAAUAAUAUAUUGUAAGAGCAUUGUGAAUUUAUAUAAUGCAAAAUUAAUGUGAUAUUGCAAAGCCUGCAAUAUUCUAAACAGACAUUAAAAUUUAAGGAAAAAAGAAAAAUAAUUAUGCAUAAAGAAUAAUGCAUAAAAAAAAUGCAGUGUCAAUUAAAGUGAUAAUACUCUGAUAUAUUAAAUCAGUUUGCAUAUCACAUAUCUGCUAUAUGAAAAGUAUAAUUAAGGUAACUUUACUGUCCAAAGCCCCCUCACAUCUAUUUUAUAGAAUCUAUACUUUUCUGUGGUCACUUCCAAAGAAGCCUCUGAAACUAGGGGCCGAUGGGGAGCUCAUCCCAAAAGUAAUCUGAUUCCAGACUUAAAGAAAAAUCAAUGAUAGAAAAGGAAUCACGGGAAUACCCAGAACAUGCAUUUUUGUAUAUAAUCUUAAUUUGCAGAUAUUUUAUGCUUUAAAGACAUAUAAAGGCUAUUUAAUUAAAUAUGCAGGUAUCUUUAAAAAUUAAGCAAUGUUAAAAUAAAUAUAUAUAUUUUCCACAAUAUAAACAGUCACAAUCUAAAUAGCUUUGUUAAACAGAUUUAAGUACAAGUGUUUAUGUCAAGACAUAUACAGAAUACGUUUACAACAGGCAGGUUUAGCAUAAAUGCAAAGUUGUUGUUUUUUGGGGAUUUAUUAUUGCCCAAGAAAUCUGAGAACAUAUUCAGAAUUUUUGAGAGCAGCAAGUAUAGAUAGCAGAUUGCAAUGGAUACCAUUGCAAUAUUGCUUUGCUGAUUGAGGUCAGAUCUUUAAAGAAUAAAUAAAUGUUCUAUAGCUCGCUAGACCAUUGGCUUUUAAUGAACAGUUUGCACAACACUUAUGAAUAGUUUGUAAUACUGCACAUUAUAGCUGUGACAACAUAAUAUACAGAGUAAAAAUGCUAUUUCACUGUUUAAUAGACUUACCCAGUAUUUAAGGACGACGUGUUUCUUGCAAAGUCAUCGGGACUUUGAGGGAGGUUCUAAUUAUGUUUAAUUUACUAAAGGAAAAAAAGGUUUGUUUUUUUGUUUGUUUGUUUUUUUUCCCCCUGCAAGUAAAUUUUCAGCGCAAGGUCAUCUUGUGUUCACAGACUAUUCGGUUUUAAAAAAGCUGUUCUUUAUCUCACAUUAUGAACGGCCUUGUAAUUCCUAUGCACACUAAAAGUCGGCUUUUAAAUGUUAUUGUUUUAACUUUAAUAUUUCAUAGUUAAUACAAAGUAAUUUAAAGAAAAUAUUUUGAAAGUAUAUUAAUUGAUAGGAUUUAAUUUAUCUAUUUUGGUCCACUGUUCACUGAUCUCAAGUCUGUCUGGUGUUUAAACAGUUUUUCUUACGUCGUGAGUUUAUAUCCAAAACUGCAUUUUGCUUUGUGGAAACAAAUAGAAAGCCUGGCAUUGUAAUACGUGUAUGGACAUGCUUAUAACAAAGCAUGGUCCCUCUCCUCAUGUAGUUGGUCAUUAACAGGCACUUUGAUGCAAUGUGUCUACCAACGCUUUUCUGUGGUCAUUGGAUCACAAAAGCAUACCCUAUCUCUGUCAUGAUGCAGAGUUUAUGCUUGCAAGGAUAUCCAGAAAUAAUCCACCUGGUAUCCGCAUAAAUACUCCUAUCGUUUAGAGGGGUUAAUUACAGUUGGUUGUUCUUCCUAUAGAGGAAAGAUAGACUAAAAGCUUUUUCAUGGCUAGGACAAGCUCUUAAAGAGAGAGGUAAUGUACUUCUGACUCCUGAGAAGGAAUAUUGGUGGUCCAAUAUGGGAAAUACUGUAAUUCAUGUGUUUAGUAAUCAUAAGCAUUUGCUUAUUGUCACAUUACUGAUGUACUGUUUACUGAAAUAUUAAUAUCUAAUGUACUUUUUGAAUUACUAUAUAUUGGAAGUUUGCCAACAUCUCAUGGUUAUAAAUAUGUUUUUGUAUGUGUUGAUGCAUGUACCAGGUUUACUUGGAUAUAUCCUGUUUGAAGUGCAACCUCUGAUGCCACGUUUUCUAGUCUCACUUCCUUAGUAUGCAUUUGAUAAUCCCAGGACCAUUUAUUUGGAUGGUGGACCUGCAGUUACUGCAAAGGAAACCUAAAACUUGGCAACCACAUUUGGGUUACUUUGGGAUUUCAGUGCACCAACCACCCCCAAAGUAGUGGGGUUGCGGUCUGGGAAAAUGCUGAGGUUAAAUGAUUAUUAACCAAGUUACUAGUUGCUUGCCCCACACAGUGGUAUCUAUUUAUUCCUAUGGUACAGAUGAGCAUUCACAACAUACCUGAUGAUACAAAUGGUGAGACACCAUAUGAAAUGUUACAUGUUUUUUUCACUGACAAUCAUAUUUCUGCACCAGGGAGAGCAUGGAACCAUUGGUUCUAUUAGAGAAAUUUAGGGAAUUUUUUUUCCAGCCCACCUUGCCUUGCACCACCAACUAUUUCCUACUGUUGGCCAGCUUGUCCUGGAGAGGGUGACUCUGAGAACUUUUACUACAGAGAACAAUCAGAGCCAACAGAGAACAGUGAGUUUUGAUAUUUUAUAACCUGCUAAAUACUAACACUGACUGAGACAGUGAAUGCUGUUAAAGAUGACAAGAUAAAACAGAGGACGACAGAAAUGCCACUAGAAUCAUAGCCACGUGACAGACUGAAUCAUGAUCUGACAUCUGAACCUGCAAAUGUGAAGAAGGAUGGACAGACGUGAUACAUUCACAGUUAAUGUAUAUGUGACUGUUGGAUCCUGGCUGCUCUGUACAAGCAUGGCACAGUUCAGACCUUCAAUCGCAUUUGAGAUUCUUUCUCUCAGCCUAUACCUUUUCUCUAUGAGAGGGGUUCUUUUCUGCAGAUGCACAAUAUUUUAGUAAUGCUGUGGCUUGGAAUACCCGCAAGCAGUCAAGAGGAUACACCACUGGCUGCUGUUCUGGCACUAUCAGGUUUUUCCCUUCUUAUAGGUCAGGAUAGCAACACUUGUGCCACCACAGUGGGAACCUAGUCUUCGAGAACAAGGAAAUUAGCCUCACACAGGACAACCUCCUGGCAAUCUGGACACAGCACUAAGGACACUUUAUUCUGGUCACACACAGCUUAAAUACACUUGGUCACAGGCACUGACAUUAUGCAGAUACAAGUUAUGCAGUGAUUGGUACACAUCAUGCACAAUAGGAGUGUAUAAAUAUAUGUAGCGGAAUGGGCUUUGCUACUAUCCACCUUUUAUACUAGAGGCUGUCCAUAACCCUUUUUGUUGCUUUAUUUUAUUGGGAAUGCAACUGUUCGUUACUUGUAAAAACACGUAACAAGUUAUUAUCUUAUAUCAUUCGUCUGGUUGUUCGGUAAUACCCCUCUGUUCAGCUAUUUCCACUGUAUAGUUCGGCAUACGAACUAAAUACUGAAAAACCAGGCCACCCAUGCGAGGAGCAUGGCACCAAUUAACCUCCCCAACCUGGUUCACACUCUCUGCCAACACACGAACAAACUGGGUGUUCUCUGAGGUGGCCGCCAUUCGUCAUACGAACACGUGGCGGCGGCCAUCUUAGCAUAUGAAUUAUACCACGAACUACCAGAGACUUCCAUCCUUGUGUAAGUUCGUGGGAACUCAAGGGAACAGAGUGACAUUCGGUAGAAAGUAUUACACGAACAAGAGGAAUUUCACAAACUAAGACACGAACCAUAAUUUUAUGUAUUUUCAUGCAUUUCAACUUCCCGAACAGAGACCGACCGCACAGCCAAAACCCAUGGAACUAUUCUCGAAUGUAUGAAAAAUGAAUCAACAUCAUUAUAAGAGACUCUGAAGAAAACAGACUGAACCUGAAUUCUUAUACUGUAAGAAAGAAAUGCAAAGAUGGAAGCAAAAGGGUGCUAGAAAAUUGGUUAUGGUGUCUCCUUCUUACAAUCUGCAGCAUUAUCAUAACAUCAACCCUAGCUGUCAUUUUAAAACUACAUUGGGAUUAUGUUAACAAGCAGGACUAUAUAACACACUAUACAAGUUCUUUUGAUCGUGAGGACUACCUCCAAGAACUAUCUCAUAAUGAGAGACACAGCUCACAGUGAAAUGAUUGCCUACACUGGUAUUUCACAAGGAACCCUUUGAAGAUCAUUCCAAAAACUGAUUAUAAGAAAGAUGUGAUUGAACUAUUCCAAAUCCUAAUAAUGGACUCAACGAUGAUGGCAAAGCAUGCUGAAAUCAGAAAAAGACGGGACAGAUGCUUAUGAAAGACUUGAGAUGCACCUAUGAAGGUGAUUAAGAAAAUACUUUGCCAUAUAGUUUAUCAUUGAGUGACUACUGCAAACAGCCUAUUAUGCUGAAAAGAAGUGCUAUGCUAAUUCUGGAUAUUGCAAUUAUGUUUCCAGACAGAAGAUGACCAGAAAAAGAAAUAAAGGCUGAUAACUGUCAACACCCAGCUGUUGUUCAAGAUGGAACACGGUACUGAGAGAACCUGAUUGACUAUCAAUGCACCUCACAAGACACAGAUUUUUGCAUACAACUCAGAAAAAGUGGUUAAUAAGAAGGAGCAGAGAAGAAGAAUAUAGAUUUCCUACUGGAGUGAAAAACCAUCCUGGAACAAUAUUCUUUAACAAUGAACUUUACAAUGACAUUUGGUGGCAUAUGAAUUUGAAUUCUGAAGAAACACAUCAAUUAACAAAAGAAACUUUGCGGUAAUUAAUAAAUAAGAAGACCGGCUUACUAAGAGCAGAUGCACUGCCAAGAGAAUGGAAUAGAAAAGAAUGGCAAAAUCUUUCAGAAACCUGACAUCAUGGACACUUGUACUAAAGCACGAUUUGCAGCUUUUCUUAAACUCUACGUAUUAUGUACAUACCUGCAAAGCAAGGAACUCCUGCAAACAUAAACACAGAGACAUUGAUACAACAAGGAAUCUGUAAUGGUUCUGUUGCAGAUGUGAUCUACCGUCGUACUCCUUGUUCUUUUGGUAUAACUAUACCAAUCAAAACCUUAAAUGGCUCCAUAGAAUCAAACGACAAAGGAUUCUUGCUAUAUUCUGGACUUCCAGGAAUGUGGUGCAUGGACAGAAAAAUUAUAAUUACUAAAGCAAUCAUGCUAUUUUUUUCCCUGUAUCAGAAAUGUGUCAGUGACAAUGUGUAAUAUAAUACAGAUACUAUAAUUAAUGGUAUAAGAAACACAUAAUGUGUUAAUUACAAAGGUGGAUAGACUUUGUGAAUAUCUGAAACACAAUUGAAGAUUAUUGCUAAAAUGCCAUAUGCAGCUGCAGUCUGGCCUACAGUGCGCAUUCAGCCGGCGGGGCGGAUCGGAGGCGGAGAGGAGGCAGAGAGCUCUCCGCCCAGCGCUGGAAAAAGGUAAGUUUUUACCCCUUUCCCCCUUCCAGAGCCGGGCGGGAGGGGGUCCCUGAGGGUGGGGGCACCCUCAGGGCACUAUAGUGCCAGGAAAACGAGUGUGUUUUCCUGGCACUAUAGUGGUCCUUUAAGUUACACCCAACUGCCGCUGGUAAAUAUACUUAAACAAUUAAGAUUCUCAUUGUUAAGCAUCCAAUCUCACGGACAUGACUUUCCAAAAUGGCUGUCAGAUCUUGGUUAAAAAUUAUUUUUUUUAUUACAAUCUAUCUAGAUGGCCUAUUCAGCCCUACCCCUUGGACAUGGAGGCUCAACACCUCCCUUCUAAAAGACCCGCUGGUUGUAGCGGAUGUCCAGAAACAAUUAAACACAUACUUUGCAGAAAAUCUAACACCAGACGUUCCAAUGACAGUAGUCUGGGCAGCACACAAAGCUGUAAUCCGAGGCCACGUCAUCAAGAUAGCGACGCACAAAAAAAAAAAAUAAAAACCCAAAAGCUUUCCCAGCUACUGGACACUCUCCAUACGGCAGAACAGCGCCACAAAACAGACCCAAACCCACAAAAACUACAACACUUACACGACACCCGCCUAUCCAUUAGACAACUGCUGAUAGAUGACACCGCGCGGGCACUGACAUGGACUAAGCGGACGUAUUACGACAAAUCAAAUAAAAUGGAUACGCUGCUAGCCCGCACACUACGCCCCAGAACAUAACGCCCUCACAUUACAUCCAUACGAGGCCCAGACGGUACCAUGAAAUCCACACCGACAGAGAGAGCGCAAGUCUUUACCUACUUCUAUGACGCCCUAUACAAUCACACUCCCCACGGCAGCACCCCGACCACGGCCAUUUGCCAAAGAACAUCAGAAUUCCUAGCACACCUCAAAUUGCCCAAACUCCACACCACAGCCAUAGCGGAGCUAUCAGCCCCAAUCACCAAAGACAAAAUUAACUUGGCCAUCUCCUCUCUAAAGAGCAACAAAGCCCCGGGCCCAGAUGGCUACGAGGGAAGCUAUUACAAAACUUUCCGAGAGGAAUUGCUACCACACAUGGAAACCCUAUUCCAUGAUAUAAUGGAAGGGUCCCCACCAACUAAGGACAUGACGCAAGCACACAUUAUACUGCUACCCAAACACGAUAAAGACCAUGCUCAACCAGAGGUAUAUAGACCCAUCUCACUCAUAAACCAUGACAGUAAAAUUUUGGCCAAAAUACUUGCAACACGACUUAACCCACACCUCACUCGCCUUAUCCAUGCAGACCAUGUCGUACAAAACGAUGUUUCGGUGGUAUACCACCCCUGUUCAAUUGUACCACAUGAAAAAACACCCACAGACCUCUGCUGGCGCAACUGCGGAGAGAAAGGGACGUACGCCCACAUGUGGUGGCACUGCCCCAAGAUUCAAACAUUUUGGAAAGCCAUUCAAACACUAUCAACCCAAAUCAUAGACACACCUGUACCACUGAACCCAUGGUCAUUCCUACUAGCCAGACCCCAAGAGGACUGGCCCAAACCAAACCAACAACUCCUUAAUAAAAUAGCUCUAGCGGCCAGGAGAGCAGCAGCCCAAACUUGGCUACAAGACGACACCCCCUCAGUAGCAAUAGUGAUCAACAAGAACAAAGAAUGCCAUCUCAUGGACAAACUCACGGCCCAAAUCCGAGGCUCCUCCAAGGCCUUCUCCGGACAUGGGAACCCUGGAAAACAUACAGUGACCGAUAAAGGCAGGGUAGCUGACGGGACAUACAAAUAUGACCGACAGACCGAAGUACGACCCCGCCCCAUUUACUAUAAUGGGAUCCAUGUCACUUAAGACAAUGUCUUGGAAAUGCUGUCAGUUUAUUCCGUAAAAGAAUAUCGGAGAGUAUCCAAUCUAUACACAUCAUAAACGGUGUAAAAAUGUUUCAUGGAAAAAAACAAAAUAAAAAGCAAAUACGAAGGCAAAUACCAACACCAUCACCACGGUGAUAACAGAUGAUGCUGAUUCAAUAUCUGCAACAAAUUCUAGCCAAAUAUUUGGAAAGCUGGACUCUACAACCUAUACUCUACAACAAAUACCUGAGUAUUCUACAAACACAACCUCCAGCAAUGUAUCUAAGGAAUGUAAACUUCUACAUCCCUUUAAGACAUUGUAUUACAAAUAUAAUUACUACUUUUAACUUUGGAUUACAAUUCGUAUCCGGAUACAGCCAAGAAUAUCUUACUCUGGAACCUUGUGUUCUUUUCAAUUUUUUCCCAGACAAAAGCUUUGCUCAUUUUAAUCAGCCACCUUUACAGGCAAAGAUCACACUACGAAUAUUUUACUGUUACAACAAUGAUCAAAGAUGCUGGGAGCACAAAAACCUAACGACUGUUGGAGAAUUUUGGUUUACUAAUUUAAGUAAGAAAUGCGCUACAAUGCCCACAGUUUAAUGGAGAGGGUGUUAUGGGCAAAUGCAAAUAUUACGAGUUUUAGAAUUAAAUUUGUAUUUCUUAAACUGUGUACUUUGUCUUUAAGAGAGAUUGCAAACUGACCAGGUGUUAGAAAUGGAACAUAUUGUUUUUCAUAACUGUUUCUUUAAGCAAUAACCCCAGUGCAUAAUAUGUUUAAGCCAUUUUAUCCCAGACAAAUUACAAUAACAUUAAUGCAUAAACAAGCUUCAAGGCUAUGCUACUGUGGUAACCUUAAGUAGAUAAGGAUGUCCAGACUUUAAGAUGCCAUUUUGAACUAAGUCCGGAAAAUUUCCAUGACGUGUACACCCUUUAGUUAUGGCCUUGUAUGUUUGCCAAGUUAAGGGAGGUCCUAAAAUGAAUAAAGGAAAAGGUGUUACUUUUUCAUAUAUGACCUAUGGGAACCCUAAAAUGGAGACACCUAAGGUAUAAAUAGGUGUACUUUUAAAUGUUAAGAAACAGAGGAGAGACUUGCAGACAGACGUUGCUCCAUCUUAAAAUGACAGAGGCUGACAUGAUGACCUGUUCAGAAGGGUAUGUUAACCUAUUAAUUAUAUUUGCAAGCAUUUAAUUUAAUCUUAUAAACUAUGUAAUAAUGGAUUUUUUCUAUAUUUAUAAUUUUAUAUAAUAAAUAUCUAAAAGAAAAAACUAGGGGGCGUGGCCUGGACGUGAACGAGAGCGGUCGCAUGCUCAUCUAGCUCCGCGAAAGUUAAGGCCCUCAUGCAGCAUUGACGACCCGAAACUACAGUGAAUUGCACAUUGGGACACACCAUCACUAUGUCCCACAAUAAAAGCAAACGGGCAUCCGAUAAACAAGACAAAAUGCUCUUUUUUUAGUGCCAAACAGGGGCACACACGAGGAGUUACUAUACCGGAGGAGCAGCAAGAUGGCGCCGACCUGGAGGGCUCACAAGGUACGCAAAAUGAGACCGCCAACCUUAUACUUACCACGGAGAGUCUAAAAGCGAUGUUCGAUGAUAUGGCUGCAAAGCUACAGGGCACGCUGCAGCGCUCGUUUACCGACCUCCGCACGGAUAUACACAAAUUGGGCUCUCGCACCUCAGAUCUGGAAAACCAGAUGGAGGCACAAAUGGAAGCGCAUACCCGCCUAACCACCAAAGUGGAAGAAGCAUGGGACAGGCUCAAUGAAUAUGAGGCCAAGAUUGCGGACAUGGAAGACCGCGCGCGUCGCAGCAACUUGAGGCUGCGGAACGUGCCUGAAAAUAUAGGCCCAGCGGACUUGCCAGCAUACGCCACGGGGCUCUUCCACAUGCUGGUACCAGAUCUACCGCAAGAUGUCCUGUUGCUGGACCGCAUACAUAGGGUAGCGAAACCCUCAUACUUACCUGCAGACAUAAUAUUGAAAAUGCACUACUAUCAUGCAAAGGAGGCAGUUCUCAAGGCGAGCAGAGUCUGAAAAGACAUACCACCGGAAUAUCAGAAGAUUGGGAUCUUUGCUGACAUCUCUGCCAUGACGCUACGAAAAAGAAAGUCCUUCAGCAUCAUCACAGAAGCCCUACGCAGCACCAACAUAGCAUAUCGAUGGGGCUAUCAGACCAAACUUCUCAUUCAACGCAACGGCGCUCUCACUUCCAUCGUGUCACCGGAGGAAGGCCUCCAAAAGCUGCAGGAAUGGGGCAUCACUCCACCAGCCGAGAGACCAAGACCGGCACCCACCGGGCGACAACCCUCAGCCUGGAAGAAGGCACGAAAAUAGGCAUCUGGAAGCGACACUCCUAUGAACUUUACUAUUGCCCGCAAGUAUACCUUGUCCAUGCAAUACUAAUGAUCACAAUGCACACCUAGCCCAUGCCGUACUAAAAAGUUUGUAAAUAUAGCUACCAGACUAGCUACACAAGGUCAGGGUCAAGGGUGGGGGUUCUGAUGUAUCAUACACACUAGGAAUUAUUACCCAAGGGACGUGCAGACCCCUAUCACGGCCUGUACAUGACCCCUUCCACACCGUUCUGCCAUCUAACAGAAAUGAAAAAAAUAAAAUAAUUUACAAUAUAUAAAAAGCCCCAACGAGUACGAUAUGGAGAGGCAAACCUGAGCAUAAUACCCAACCAUGACCUGAAGGCCACUUAAUACUAAAGCCGGCUGGCUCACCAUUUAUGCAGUUCACAAUGUGCAGAUGCUAUACCGUGAACGGGUCAAUCCAGCAAACGAACGCACUGAUACACAUCAUGAGGGCUGCCCUCGCGGCAGCACCCUAACCAGGAUCGAAGCGAUACGCUCCGACCCCCACGGUUCCCCCUAUGGGAACCUUGCCAUACACUUGGCAAUUAUGUUCAAGAUUGUACAUAUGUUAGAACUCUGCAAGACAGAGGAUUCAAUAACCCCCAAUUGUACUGUUCGAUCCCCCCCCCCUCAUCCCAACCCCCUCACCUCAAGGCCAAGUGGGCGGCCAAAACACGCUACUUAACUCCUACACCUCAGCAAGGCAUGAGCUCCUACCACCGUGGAAGGACCAUGGGAUGACAUGUCCUACACUCACCCUGAAGUUCACAGCAAUAGAGAUCUGCCUGGCUCGAAAUAGCUGGGGAGGGCAGAGACUCAUGAUAGAUCAAUACAAACUAAGCAAGAGCAACACCUUCCCAUACAUACCACCAUAAAGUUUUACAGCCAUAAUGUGAGAGGACUCAACCUCCCAGUACAAAGGCACCUCUUGGGUAGGGACAUAGGGAAACUAGAUGCUGACAUAGUGUCUACAGGAAACACAUUUCAGGGGCAAUACCCACCCCAGCAUUUUAACCAAGACACACCCUCACCAGUUCCACUCCACGUCUAACACCAAAUCAAAAGGAGUCUCUAUACUGAUAAGUAAAAAGGUGACUUUUGAACUAAUAACUGAAGAUACAGAUAGGGAAGGCAGAUAUGUUAUCGUAGUUGGGAAAAUAAAUAAUGCUUUAUACACAAUAGCUAACGUGUAUGCCCCCAACACCAAUCAGAGGAACUUCAUACACAAAAUCAUCUCCAUAAUAUCCAACAUCAAACAAGGCACGACAAUCAUAUGCGGGGACCUAAACCAUGUUCUCAACCCAGCCCUAGACACUACACUUUCUCCUAAUAGCCCGAGAUACAAACCACUCAAGCGGCAAAGCGCAACACUGGCGAAAUUAUUGGCCCUACACCACUACUACGAUGCAUGGCGCGUCACACACACAGAAGAUAAGGAAUUCACCCAUCACUCACAGGUCCAUAACACCUACUCGAGAAUAGACGCGAUACUGGUAGAGGGAGGGGCACUUGAGCAGAUAGUGGACUGCAGAGUGGGGCAGAUAGUAUGGUCUGACCACGCUCCCAUGGAACUGACACUAAGGGAUACCUAUGAUUUUAAACAUAGGAGUCCAUGGCGUCUCAAUGAAACUCUCCUGUUGGACAAGUCCUUCUCGGAGAGCGUUUCUGACUCAUUACGCCAUUACUUUACAGAUAACACCAAUCCAGAUUUACAACACCACACGAUAUGGCAGGCCCAUAAAGCGGUAACCCGGGGACUCCUUAUACGGAGAGCAGCUUACCUGAAAAGGAAAACGCAGACGCAGAUAUUACAAUGGCAGAAAGACUUAUACAACCUGACAUUACAGAACCAAGCCCGCCCCUCGACCCAAUUGAAAGAACAAAUAUCGAAGGUGCGCCAACAACUCCGACAAAAGGCGCUCGACAGAGUAGGAUACACCUUAAGGAAGUUAAAAGCUACACAUUACUCACAAGGGAAUAGAGCGGGUAAAUUGCUGGCUUCAAGGUUGAAAAAACGACCGCAGACACAGAAAAUAGCGUUUUUGCACUCCAAAGCGGGGGGGAAGGUGAUGACACCUCUCACAAUUAGUAACGAAUUUGCACGCUAUUAUGGGGACUUAUACAACCUUCGACGAGACCCCACUAUACACCCCCCAACAGAUACAAACAUAACGGAGUACUUAGACAAAGCAACUCUCCCGACCUUAACGUCUCAGCAACAAGAAACACUAUCUAGGCAGGUUACCCCAGAGGAGGUUUGCGAUACGAUACGGUCAUUACCGAAAGGAAAGGCCCCAGGCCCAGACGGAUUCGCUAAUUCGUACUACAAGACAUUUAAAGAUAUCUUAGCACCCUACCUAGCAGAAGUAUUCAAUGAAGCAGUACGCAUAGAGACCCUCCCGGGAGAAAUGCAAUUGGCCCAUAUUAUUACCCUACCUAAGCCGGGUAAGCCUCCGACACAGCCGCAAAACUUCCGCCCUAUAUCCCUUCUUAACACGGACACUAAAAUCCUAGCCAAACUUUACGCAUUAAGAUUAGGGCCUAUACUGCCACAUAUUAUACACAAUGACCAAGUGGGGUUUGUAACAGGGCGCCAGGGGGCAGACAACACCAGAAAAGUUCUAAACCUUAUGCAGAGCCUAGAGACAACACAGGCAGGGGGGGGUCCUAAUAUCGUUAGAUGCAGAAAAGGCCUUCGACCGGCUGGGAUGGAGCUUUCUGGAGGCGGCCCUAAAAAGAUAUUGGAUCCCGGGGAGCUUCAUUUCAGUGGUGAGGGCGCUCUAUUCAGCGCCGAGGGCCCAGGUCUUAAACUCAGGAUUCGUAUCAGAACAAAUAGUAAUCACAAAUGGGACGAGACAAGGGUGUCCGCUGUCCCCUCUGUUAUACGUGCUGGCAUUAGAGCCUCUGGCUGCCACGAUUAGGGCCCAUCCGGCGAUACACGGAGUCAGAGUGGGAGACAGAGAGUACACCCUCAGCCUCUUUGCGGACGACAUACUCCUAACUCUGACACAACCGCAAAUGUCCAUACCCAACCUCCUUCAGUGCAUACAAGACUAUAACAAAGUAUCGUAUUACAAACUUAACCUGACAAAGACACAGGCAAUGGGAAUCCACCUCCUGGGACAGACUCUCCACACCCUGACGGAAUCUUUUAACUUCGACUGGAGGGACGAUUACAUAAAGUUUUUAGGGAUCAAUUUAGCCAGGACGACCCACCAAAUGUAUAAAUAUAACUACGAGAAACUAUCACACGAAAUUACGCAGACGCUCGAUAAGUGGAAUAGUGACUUCCACUCGUGGCACGGUCGUAUAGCGGCUUUUAAAAUGUCGCUGUUACCUAAACUACAGUACCUAUUCCGCUCGCUACAGAUCCCCAUCCCUAGGCACUACAUGACCAAGUUACAAAAAACCAUCACACGAUUCACAUUGGCAAAUAAAACUCCUAGAGUAGCACUCUCCACGAUCAAAAAGCCGGUAGAGAAAGGGGGCAUGAGUUUUCCAGAUAUCAAACUAUAUUACAAGGCGGCGCUUCUAUCCACGGUGGCCACGGCACACAGGGUAGAAAACCCGCCACAAUGGGUAGCUAUUGAAACCAAUGAGUCGUGCAGAGCUGGGAUGCACCACCUAUUCUGGGUACCAAAACACCUGAGACCAGCAACACCCCAUAUGCUGGAAACCACAAAACUACUGCUGCACACAUGGGACACAAGCAGAGCGCACCUGAGCGGUACAGGGGACCUAUCACUUGCCUCAACGAUGUAUAGCAUAUACCUGAGAAACCCAACAUUUGACUAUAGGACGUGGACAGAGGCAGGGUGCACGCACAUACACGAUCUGUACACAGGAUCCUCUCUUAAACAGUUCCCGGACAUACAAGCACAGUACAAAAUACCAAAUAGAGCAAUCUUUUCAUACCUACAGAUCAAAUCGAUGCUACAACACCACACUCCCCCACCUGGGCUACCCGCGGUGUCCAACUACGAUGCAUGUUGCCUAAGGGGAAUCCCACACAAACGAACCUUUUCAAGAGUCUAUGGAACGUUACUAACAGGUACACACAAUUCCACUGACAACUUCAAACAGGCAUGGCACAAAGACCUAGGAUGCACUUUCUCAGAGCAUCAAUGGUCGGGAGCCUUUACUAUCCACAAAGGCAAGACCACAUGCGUCACGCACCUUGAACAAAUAAGGAAACUACAAUAUAGGUGGUAUCUGGUCCCAACGAGGCUAGCACAUAUAUUUCCAGGCACUUCGGCCCAAUGCUGGCGAUGUGGAUUGGACAGGGGAUCAAUGCUACACAUAUGGUGGGAGUGCAGGGAUAUUCGACCCUACUGGAAGGUAGUGAACAACAUCAUAGAUCAGCUAUUACCUAUAAAAGUAACCUUGACCCCAGCAAUAUGCCUAUUGUACAUAUGGCCAGAGGACAUAUCCAAGGUCCAUGCCAAACUUCUAUUCCACACGAUAAUGUCAGCAUGUAAUCUCAUAGCAAAACAAUGGAAAUCUAAUUCAGCCCCCACAAAAGCCAGUCUGUUAGCCCAAAUCCAACUGAACUGUGAAUACGAAUACAUGGCGGCCCGCCAGCUAGAAAAGAAGGGAGCCACUACUGAGGCAGGUCGCAUCUGGGACACAUAUUGGAACACGGUAAAACUUCAGGCAGCCGAAGCUGCACACCAAUAGGUCCUGUAAGAACGCUGAGGACCGGCCAGUGAGGUACUGAGGAAAAGAAUAUUAGGGAGAGAGCUCACAUCAAGAGACCACAAAAAGAGCCCACAACAGAGCUCACGUAAAGAGCUCACAGUAAGAGCUCCCAUCACAAGCUUACACACAUGAAGGACAAAGUAGGAAAACACAUAGACAACGAAACCCCACACGUGUACAUAGGUUUACCCCCCCUCCCCUUCCCCUCCACCAACCCACAAAUUACAAAGGAGGGCGCAAGGAAGUAAUGUAAGACGAGGUAGAAUCUUUGAAUUUAUUUGUGAAUGGAACACUAUACCAUAGCAUUGUUAAGAAGGAGUACAAUACAAUGUAAUGAUUAUACCAUGUCUUCAACACCUGUUGGUAUUUCCCCUUCCCCACUUCUCUUCUGUACCCCACUAACAACUGCGAAAGAAAAAAAUAAUAAAAAUUGUCAAUUGAAAAAAAAAUAAAAGAAAAAACUAUUGCUUCCAAGACACUCCUUAUUUUAUAUUGUAUUCUCAAUUAUUUAUAUAUGUUAAAUAAGGGAUCUCUUACACUAACUAUAUAAAAUUAUGGCUAAGAUAUCGGUAUGGUAAGCCCUACUAAGUUCUAUGCUUAAAGACAUUAUAGUGGUAAAUAAGGGAACCAGCCGCGGUUACAGUGGGUCAUGCGAGGACAUUUGGUGGUUACCCUGUAGCUGUGCAUUGGUAAAGAGGACGUUGAUUCUCUUAGCCUCUGGUGUAUCUGCUCAGUCUGGUUGCCAGUGCUGUCAGUCUGUUGUUAUUGUCCUGGAAUUGGCUAGUGCUGUCAAGUUGAUAAUGCUGUGGCAUAUAUGAGCCUGUUUUUCUGUGAUGGGAUUGUGGACAAUGCUUUAUUAACUACAGCUAGUAUGCUGUCUGGUGGUUGCUUUCCAGUGAUCUUCGGUAGUCUUGUCCACAGGUUACUGACUGCUAGUUUUUCUGUUAUGCCAUCUUGGGGCAUGUAUUCAAGUUGACAAUUCUCUAUAGGUAAAAAUCUGGGUAUAGGAAUUUCUUCCUUCUCAUGGUGUAUGGUUGAUUUCUUCUGUAGUCUAUUUAUUAAGUGUUCUUGCAUAGCAAGACCACUUAAUGUUAUCUCACAUAUAUAUUAAGUGUUCUUGCAUAGCAAGACCACUUAAUGUUAUCUCACAUAUAUAUUAAGUGUUCUUGCAUAGCAAGACCACUUAUUAUCUCACAUAUAUAUUAAGUGUUCUUGCAAGAACACUUAUUGUUAUCUCACAUAUAUAUUAUUAUUAAGUGUUCUUGCAUAGCAAGACCACUUAAUGUUAUCUCACAUAUAUUAUUCUUAUUAUAGCAAAAUUUGCCACCCUAACUCCUCCCACAGUUUUUACACUACAUAGACAAAAAUUUACCAAAACGUGCAGAUUGUUCCCGAUCGGAUUGCUAUUACUUUGUGGAACGCUUCGCCGAAUGGUUCACGGAAUAUCGUUGUUCUUGUGGCGAAAUUUGUCCCAUAGGAAUGAAUGGCAAAGCUAGAGUGGGAGCUAGCAAAAGCUGAAAAAUCAGGACAUGAUUUCUAAACUGCCACCACUCCCUUAUUUUCAGGCCCACCUACACAAAUCUUAUAUCAAAACAUUCAGCUAUCAUUGCUGCUACUAAACAUGUCCACGGCUAAGCCAUAGUCCUGAUAGUUUUCACAAUAUAAUCAUUUGUUUGCAACUAACGCCGUCCAUUGACAUUCAUUGAAACUUCACUCUGCAAAGCUCAAAUUUGAAGUGCAAUUUCUAAACUGUGACUGUGCCUUCAUUUUUAAUACUUCAGAGACAUAUUAUGCAUCAAAAUGUAGGUCUUGGUCUUGUGAUUCUCACAAUAUAAAGCUCUUCGCUGUAGGAUUUAUAGUUUUUAAAAUACGACCGUUUGAAGAUGGCAACCGCCAAAAUACUGACCUGUGCCAGGCUGCAGCAGCAAGUGAUGUCAUAGACAGGGCCUUUUGAACACCUGCUAAUGUUUUUAUAAAUGUAUGGUUUAAUGUAACUGUGCAACAACGUUGCAAUUAAAUGUGCUAUAUAAAUAAGUUACUCCGCCCACUCCAGUUGUAGACUACUGGUGGAGGCAAGAACACUUCACACAAUUUCCCUAGAAAUUGUAGCUUUUCUAGUUUCCAGUUGUGACACUAGAUUUCUCUUGAAGAUGUUCAACCGUUGUGUAACCAGAUGUUUUGGUGUUAGGGUAGGCUCUUAUUCAUCCAUAGCUCCCUCAUAUGUUUCAUGUAGCCUCUCUCAUUGGGUCUACUGUUGUAGUAGCAUUCAAGCAGGUCUAGGUACUCUCUACCGUGUCCAGGAAUGAUUUGUUUCCCAAAAUCGGUGUUCAAAUUCGUAUUUUUCACACACAAACAAAUAUUAAUGCUAACUUUGGCCAGUGUGUGUGACCAAGUGGCUACUAAUUCUCAUUCCUGGGUUACCGUACGGUCUCAAAGGCAACGUAACCAAUCUGGUGAAUUUCAAUGUGAAAAAACAAAAGUGAAACAUGCCAUAUUUGACCCUGUAACUUCCCAAAACGCCAUAAAACCUGUACGUAGGAGGUACUGUUUUACAUGUGAGACAUCGAUGAAUACAUGUGUAUUUUAUUGCAGUAAAAGCUAACCGUAUUAUGACAUUCACAGUUAAGAUGUCAUGCAGAACUAUAAAAAUAAGAUUUCUUAAUUUCUCACUUUUUUUUUUAUUAUUCUUAUUAAAUAGUUUCUUAGCUAAAUAUUUGAUGUUAAAUGAAAGCCCUGUUUCUCCUGAAUAAAAUGAUUUAUAAUAACUGUGGGUACACUUAAUAUGAAUGAGGUGAAUUACGGUUGAACAGACAUAGUCAAAUUCCAAGUUUUAUUUUGAUCAGCCACAGGCUGCUCACUGUUUAGUGGACAUGCCCCUACUCGCGGUAUAGCGAGUAGGGGCAUGUAGGAGAUUUUAAUCUCCCUUAUGCUAUUAUGGGAGUCAUAUUGACCCCCAAUAGAGUGAGGGGGUACUGGGGGGGCUUAUGAAGUGGUGGGGAGCACUGCUCCCUGCCGCUUCUAUACUUACAUAUUACAAGGAGGGUGCUGUGAGCUGGUAGCUCUCUCCUUGUAAUACACUGAACGAACAUUGAUACACAGUGUUUGUUUGGCUGAUAUUUCUAUUCAUUCAUUCGUCUGUCAAAUGAAUGAAUAGAUGAAAUUCCCGUUCGCAUGUCCAGGUGUUUCACUGGGCAUAUGCGGGAAUCUCACAGUCUACCUAGUGUGGGCUGAUGACGUAUCCCACAGGGACUUCAUCGACCCACACAAAGAUGGCUGCGCCCUGAAUAAAGAUCGGAGGGGGGUUAAAAAAAAAACCAAAAAACAGGAUUCGGCAUGACAGUGCCGCUUUAAAUAAGACUUAGAGAGAAGUACUAGUUAGAUUCUCCUGGAGGGCAUACAAUGCUACAAUUCAAUCAAAAGAAUUGAUACAAAGUUAAUGAAGUAGUCAUAAUAUAUAAAUAAUUUGAAAGAGUAUCAAAAAAUAGACUGUGAAAGAUUAUGUAAUCAGUCCACCACUGAUAUUACUAAACACCCAUUUACUUAUAUCAGUUUAAUGUAGAUUUAGCCCAUCGGUUACUUUUUGUAUUUGUAUUAAUUUCUUUAUUAUGACUGUUCUCCCCAUUCUCUAUUUCUUAAAUCCAUUUAGUAACAUUUUUUCGCCCUAAAAUAAAACCUUAUUUCUGGCACUCACAUUCACACUCCCUAUAGUCUAUCCCUCCAAGCAUCCGAACAUUUCUGGAGGUCACAUUUUGUAAUUAACCGCUUGCUGGAGAAGUCCCACCAGCGGUUGAUUAAGCAAUAGAAACUCUGACGGUUACACUUAAAAGCAGAAUGUCUGUCUGUGGGACCACCACCAGCACUCCUGAUGAUCCCGGCAACAGCCACCGGGUGAAACGUGCGUCAAGUGCAUACUUCUGGGUCUUUGAAGCUGGAGGUUCUCUACUUGUGAUGUGCACAUAACCUUAAUUGUACUCCUCCAACUCCGGACUACCUAGAUUUUAGGUUAAUUUGGGUAUUGGGGUAGGUCAUUCUCACUAAUUACGGGCAAUUUGUAUUUUGGGCCGGCUGUUAAAUAUGCAGGGAUUAGAAAGCUACUUUUUAGACAAUAACAGGGACCAGCCGACACGCGCACCGUUCCUAUCAUCCCUUACAUAAACUGAUAUACGUACGGCUAAAGUUUGGAAUCACUCCAAUCCUCUGCAAAAAGUAACUGAUGGGCUAAAUCUACAUUAAAUUGACAAUAGGUAUUUAGUAAUACCUAUUGUCAAUAUAAUUACAUAAUCAUUAUUUAUAUUGUCUACUUUUUUGAUACCUUUUCAAAAACUGUAUAUAUUUUUGGCUACUUUAUUAACUUUGUAUCAAUUGAUUUGAAUUGUAGCAUUGUAUGCCCUCCAGGACAAUCUAACUAGUACUUAUCUCUAAGUCUUAUAUUAAUAUUUUUUAUUUUUGAAUUAGACACUCUGCCGUUAGCAUUUUUUUCAUUCUAGACCUUUUUCUUUUCCCUUUCCCACAUAUUUCUAAUACUUCUAUUUUUAUAUAUCCACUUUAGGAUAUUUUUAACUAUAUCAAAUAAAGGUUAUGUUUUAGAAACUAAUAUGGUGACUCACCGCAUUCAAUUGUUUGUCUACUAAAGAUAUUAUGUUUAAGAAUUACAAUUUAACAAACAUAUACAACAAAUCUAAAAAAAAAAAAAAUAUAUCAAGUUGGAUAAGCCAAAGUGGUGGAGGGCUGUAAUUAAAGGAUGGGAAAGGGGAAGGGUUCGUUUCAGUUUCAGAUAUUUCAUCCUCAUGUAAUGGUUUCAUUUUCAAUCAGAUGUAACUUACUUUGAAGGUUUUUAUAUAUUGCUGGCAAGAAUAUGUACAUCACCGCAAUUAAUGUGGGUAGAACCAGGAAUGUACUUUGUUAGAUCUAUAAACCUGUGUCUGCUUUUAUUUCUAAUCUUGACAAAUCAGGACAUGGUGUGCAUAGCCUAUAUUCCAGUGUCCCUAAUUGGUGUUUUAACACUUGACAUUUUUUUCUUUUAUACCCUUCUGGCUCUCAGACUUUUAAUAUCCAAUUGAUCCAUCUAUUAAAUAUUUUUCUGUUUUGUUCUAGUAGGAAAUAGUAUUAAGCGAUAAACCUUAUUAAAAAUUGUUAAAAAAAUUUUUGUCAUGUUUACAGCAAACUGCCUCUUGGCUAAAUGGUAUCUAGAUUUGAAUUCAGUGGUGAAAACCUUUGUAAAAAGCAAUUUAGAUAGCUUUGAAUUUAGGGCAUUCAGCAACAUGUCAUUGGUUUCCAUGGGGACUGCUCCACUUUUAGUUUUGGCCUACUAAUGUUCAUGUAUAAUAAACCUCUAAUUUUUUUUUUCUUACAUUCAUUCUAAUUUGGUGUUUAUUUUUAUCCCUUCUCAAGCCCGCUGUUCGUAACAUGGAAGAUAGGACGUGAUAAAAGGUUGCGCGGAUGUAUAGGAACCUUUUCUGCCAUGAACCUGCAUUCUGGUCUCAGGGAGUACACACUUACCAGGUAAACCUUUAGAUAUUUGGUAACACAUACGCAUGAUCAGGAGUAAGAACAUAUUGUAUCUUAACUUGUGUGUUUGGGGGAAGUAUAUAUAACCUUGCAUUCCCCAAAUUUAUAAAAAUGUAUGCGCAUACAUUCUUUUAUCCCCAUGUUUACAGUGGAUGGAAUUUUGUUGAUAUCAGGUGAUCAUGGUGUAUGCACUAGUCAGAAAUGUGUGCUUUUGUAGCUUGUUCUCUCUUUUAAUAGUGUUCUUGACAAAAUCUCCUUUCUGGCCCCUUUGUUUCCAGUGUUGUUACCAAUCAAAAGAAAGCAAAAUUGGCAUAUUCCUUUAAACAUUUAAUUUUGUGUGCUCAGAAAGUGACUAUAAGCAUAAUAAUACAUACAAUAAUACAUCCCCAGGUAAAGUGUUGGGCAAAUAUUGAGAAUGUGUAGUGGAUUAAUAAAGUCUAUUUUAAAUCACUGGCCAGUAAGACUUGAUUUAAACAUGAUUUGUAAACUUAGGUCUUGCUGGUUUGUUAAAAUGUUAACAUUUGCAACCAGAUGAAGACAUAAUAUUUAGAAUAAUAACUUUUCAGACUAGUUUAACCGUUAUAUCAGACAUGCAUUUGUUAUAUGCCAUCAGAAAUACAUAGAUAAUGAUGAAAUCAUUGCAAGGUACACAAUCUCUGGUUUGAGUAAAAUUUCAAUUUAUUUUUUAAUAACAGCAAUAUAAAAUCUCUCUGUAUGUGCAGUUUCAUAUUUAAAAGCUGCAUAAACACACUCCAAGCACCAUGACCAUUUCAAAUCAUUGGAGUAACCCUUUAGGUAGGUUAUACAAGUAUACAUAAAUUUGCUGAAUAACAAUGGUAUUAAAGGACCAUUAUAGGCACCCAGACCACUUCAGCUGAAGUGGUCUGGGUGCCUGGUCCAGCUAUGUUUAACCCUUUUUUUCUAUAAACAUAGCAGUUUCAGAGAAACUGCUAUGUUCGGGUUAAUCCAGCCUCUAGUGGCUCUCAUUGACAGCCGCUAGAGGUGCAUGCGCAUUCAGCUGAGGAGGAGGGGAGUGCCCCGCCCGGCGCUGGAGAAAGAGGUAAGUUUAACCCCUUCUACCACCUAAAGCCUGACGGGAGGGGGACCCUGAGAGUGGGGGCACCCUCAGGGCACUAUAGUGCCAGGAAAACAAGUGUGUUUUCCUGGCACUAUAGUGGUCCUUUAAAGUGGCACUGUCACAGGCUGGGGACUUUGCAAAGACCUUCGACAGUGACAUCGCUGCUGGGGAUCCGGUGGGGGUGGGGUGGUAAAGGUGUGGCCAUCUUGAUUCGGUUGGUUUUCUUUGGAGCGGACAUCACUGCUAUACAGCAUUGAGGUCUAUGAAUGAUCCAGCGACACUGUGUGAUAUUCCAUAGACAUAGUUAAUUCACUGCAGCUGUCUGGAUUGACACUUAGACUCUGCUCUGUAUAUAGGAAAGCCAGGCGGAGGAGAAAUCAAGUAUUGCCUACUUCAUCUUUGUAUCUCUUGACUGGUUUGGAAUUUCAGUGAAAUUCCAACACAGUCAAAAUUAGUAUUGACAGUGCCACUUUAGGGGGUUUUUUUUUUUCUGUCCUUUGCUUACUAUAUAAUAUUUCACUGUAGAAAAAGUGCAUGUUAUCUCUGCUGAUAUAAAUUCAAUUUACUUAGAUUAAUAGAAUUAAUUUAGCAAAAAAGUCAGUGGCUUGCAAAAGUGACAUAUCUCUGAAGGAUUCCUCCCCUUCUAACCUUGACCAGGCUUUCUGUGACUGUCAAAUCAGACUUCUCUAUUCAGCUCAAUGAGAAGUCUUUGCAAGACAAGGCAGUUGCUGCCUCGAGUUUAGCUCCCCUGAGCUAACCAAACAAGGAAGAAACGGGAUCAGUUGUCUGACAGCCAGGGGGGUGUAAUAGGGUUAAUUCAUAAAAUUGCCAAUUUUUAUUUAAAUCUGCACUUUUUAAAAAAUGAAAGAAAAAAAAAUGAUAUACAUUCUUCAGUUUCCUGUGUUGUGCUUAGCUACAGUUAAAAACACGUUUAUAUAUAUAUAAAAUGUUAAACAAAAAUCCGCACACCAGUCAAGUCAUAAGACUUGCUUUUCCCACAGAAAUCACAAAUCUGCAGUGUUGUUACUACCGUAAAGGAUUCUGGGUGGGCUUAUGCAAAUUAGCUUAACAAAGAAUCACGUUUUUGCCUCAUUCCAUUUUAAAUAUGGAUUCCUUUAAGUCUGCGUUUGCUGUAUACAACAGCUUGGAACACAAUUUAGGAAUAGAUGCAAAACCAGUGAACCACUGAAACACAGAUUAAGUUGCAUACGCCCACCCAGAAUCCUUUGCGGUAGUAACAUCUCUGCAGAUUUGUGAUUUCUGUGGGAAAAGCAAGUCUUAUGGCUUGACUGGUGUACAGAUUUUUGUUUAACAUUGUAUUAACUAUCCACAGACUUCAGGUGGAAGGGGUUUCCAAUCACAGUUUUUCGCCACCAAUAAAUAAAUAUAUAGCAUAUAUAUUGUGUGUGUGUGUGUGUAUAAAUAUUUAUUUCUGAUGGGAUUAUGCUGUGUUUUCAGUGGGCAAUGAAGUGGACAAAAUCUAAAUAUAAAGUAGUAAUUUUUACUAAAUUGUCCUUGGCAUUGGUGAGAUUUUAUCAAUGCUGCUUUAGAAAGACAAGUGCCGGUGCAAGGAUUUUUGCCGCCCUAGGCAAAAAAUAAAUUGCUGCUCCAUCCACUCAUACAGACUGACGGAUGCACUGACACAUGCAGACAGAUUCAAACACACUGACCCAUGCAGUCUGACGGAGAGACACACACACGGAGGCACACACACACGGAGGCACACACACACGGAGGCACACACACACACACACUCUGACCCAUACCGACACACAGAUCAAUUGGGGGCGGCCAAACAAGCACUAAAGCCACUACCGGCGCCCCCCCUUAAGUGGCGCCAUAGGUGUCCGCCCAAUUAGCCUAUAGGAAUCGCCAGGCCCUGAGAGAGACUCUGUUGGCAACAGUGCAUUAUGGGUGAAGACUAUUUUGUUUAGAAUAUUAUUAAAAUGUGUUUUACAUAUAUGACCUUUAUUUCACUUUUUGGAUUUCUUUAGGACUUGCUCUUUAACCUCAAGCAGUGAUGACUAGAAAAAUUAGACAAUAUUUUUGCAGAUAACCAAAGAGUUAUUGCUCCACAUUUUUUAUAAUUACAAGCUCUGGAACAAGCAGCCCCUGGUACUUCCGUAGGUGUUUACUGCAUCCGUGGAUGUUUAAAUCUUGGGAGUUGUAAACCAUGGUAGCCAGGCACCAUAUGCUUUGCAUUUGGUACUUGUUAUUGUCUACAUAAAUAAAAAAAGUCCAGCUAUUUCUGUUGUGCCAAUGUUCAACAGAACAAUGUUCUGUAUCGGUUGCAAUGUUUAAAUGGGGCUUUUAAGUGUUGCCAACCUAAAUCCUUAAAAAAUAUAUCCAGGAAAUUGGGCUAAACCUGUGUAAAUUCCUCUAGGAAUUAUCUAGGUCAGCGAGGGCAAAUAUUUUCUGCCACCAUAUGCAAUUUUCUGCUUAAAUAAAGUAUCACUGCAUAAGACUAAGACUACUCCAGAGUGUACACACAGUGCAUGCUGCCAGUGCACACACCAACCACAGUUACUAAACCUGUUGCUCUCGGCCAGCACACGUUACACAGUCGCUAAACAUAUUACUCGGUCACCACAUGCACUUUACACGCAUUACUCAGUGGGUGCACACACCAGACACAUUCGCUACACCCAGCCGCGGCGCUCACUGCGCAUCCGCUACACCCGCCCGCGGCGCUCACUGCGCAUCCGCUACACCCGCCCGCGGCGCUCACUGCGCAUCCGCUACACCCGCCCGCGGCGCUCACUGCGCAUCCGCUACACCCGCCCGCGGCGCUCACUGCGCAUCCGCUACACCCAGCCGCGGCGCUCACUGCGCAUCCGCUACACCCGCCCGCGGCGCUCACUGCGCAUCCGCUACACCCGCCCGCGGCGCUCACUGCGCAGCCGCUACACCCGCCCGCGGCGCUCACUGCGCAUCCGCUACACCCAGCCGCGGAGCUCACCGCGCAUCCGCUACACCCGCCCGCGGCGCUCACCGCGCAGCCGCUACACCCGCCCGCGGCGCUCACCGCGCAGCCGCUACACCCGCCCGCGGCGCUCACCGCGCAGCCGCUACACCCAGCUGCGGCGCGCUGUGACAUUGGAAGAGUUUGAGAAAUAUUUAAGCUCCGCUGUAAUUUACCUCUGUUUUUCAUUUUGAUUUAAUGUCUAGGUCUAAGUGGGGUCCCCAUAUUUUCUAAUUUAGAGAUUUUGCUUCAGGACAAAUAGAUUGAGCUACUACUUUAGUCCCAUGGACAUACAGAUUUUUAAAUUCCAAUUUGUGCUUCCCCCUCUGUCUCCCUCCCCACCCCUAGGAAAAAAAAAAUAACUUCUUUCUAUAUAGUAAUGAAUGAAUAGAAAAAUAUUCAAUAAAAAUAUUUGGAUAAGGAAUGUAUAAAUACACAGUAACUGCAGGUAUUCGAGUCUUUAGAUGCUUCUGUAAAACUACUAUUCAAGAUGUGAAAUGAGAAAAUUAUUAUAAAUACAACAUAAAGAAUACUUUUAUGGGAACAUGCCAAAUCCCUAAAAUAUUUUAGGUUGCUGAAUUGCUUUAGGGGUUAACUGGUGUCCCCUCUUUCUCACGUUGGCACUUGAAGGCACUAAACAUCACAACCGCUUUAUUGACGUGAAAUGGUCUUGGUGCCAUACUUUCAACAAGUAUGUUUUGUGAGGUGUGAACAAAUGAAAUCAGAUGUAGAAAUAAACAUGCCUUCAUCCCUGUUUAAUCAUUUAUAUUUGUCAAUGUGAAUGAAACUAUGACAAAUUAUGUUUAAGUACUGUUGUGUUUUUUAAAGUGGUCUGAAGUUCUAAAAGGGGGUAGUCUCUGCAAACUAGUGGAACCCACAGGCAUUGAUGACUCCGUCCAUUUUCUAUGUUUGCACCAAUUUUCAAAGCAGACACUUUUUAUACAUAACCCUCCUUAACCCCUUAAGGACGUAGACAAUGGUCCAACUUCUGAAUCAAAACAAAACCUAGAUUUUGUUUUUUUCCACCAUAAUACAAAAUACCACUAAAGGCAACCAGACCACAUCAUUUCAAUGAAGUGGUCUGGGUGUAGUCAUCCUGUAGUUAUAACCCUGCAAUGUAAAAACAUUCCUUUACAGUACUUACUCAUGUCUAGUGGCUGUCUUCCAGAUAGCCACUGGUGGCGCUGCUGCAUUGCGAUUCCUAGUAAAACUCUAUUCUUAAUCAAAUGAUCCUCCUAGGGCAGCAUUUGAUUUGCGCCAUACAUGUACACCAGUUUCCCAAUGCUUUACUACGGGGAAGCGUUGGAUUGGCUGAGAUCAUCAAAAUUAAUGAUCUCCGUCAAAGAGGUGGGGCCGGAAACGAGGAGAGCAGCAUGGCGAGGGCAAUAAAGGUUAAUCACUCUAUAUGUAAUCUGAGGACAAGUUGAAAGCUAAACUGUUACAGAGUAUUAUAAUGUUAGGAAUACGGUUGGAUUCAUAAUGCUGUAGUGUUCCUUUCACGUUUGUUUUGUUUUUUAAUUUGAAGACCACUCGAAAAAAGAUUAACUUGUGAGUACGGAUUGUGAAAUUCCUCAUAUGUCUAAGAUCUAAUUACAUUUUUGUUACUUAAACACUAACUCUGUAACACUGCCCCUAACCUUAACUGUGCAUUAACUCAUACCUUAACCCUGCAACAAAACUUGACCUUAACCAACUCUUAUUCAUAGUGAUUUUCUGCUGACAUCAGCAGAGGAAUUUACCAACUCUCACAAUACAGAGCAAUUUGAGAGUCUCUACUGUGUGAUUGCAGCAUGAGAGGGAAAUCUCUCUCUCAUAUUACAGCCCCUGCAUGCUCACCCUGCCGAUCACACAAUGAUUGAUGCUGGGGAGCUGGCAAAGCCCAGCUCAGAUCACUGUCAGCAGGGGGGCAUGUGUGCAUGAAUUAAUUUAUACCUGGGUCUCCCUGGUACCAGCGGGUAUUGAACAUUCUCACACCAGAAUAGGGUGUUCCAUGCCAUCCUAAAAGUGUUAAUGCCAUUUGAAUGAAAAAAGUGGUCUUAACUGGUUAGUUUGCUAUGUUUUCCCUGUCUGAACUGGAUUAAGAUGUCAUUUUCUAACUCCCUAAUAUGUAUGUAAAAAGAACUCUGUAAAUUAAAAGGGUUGCCACAAGUUCUAGGUGAUUUUCAAUGUUUUAUUCAGUGUAAAUUCCAAAGAGGUGACAAUUACCUUUAACGGAGUUAUGUAUUUGGAUCCAGCAAAUAAGUAUGCUUUGUAUACGAACAAAACGGCUUCUAUGUAAUCCGAGGCAGACUGUUAUAUUUGGAAACACAAUAUCUUGUUUGGCAUUUAACGAAAUGGCGAUGCCUGUUCUGUUGCUUUCCAGCUACCUUAGAAGGGAACUCCAUACUGAAAUUUGUUUUGAAAAGACUUUACAAAUAAUUGAAUGCAAUAAAAUCUUCGAAUAGGUUACUGCAAUCAGUUAAUAAAUAGAAACCAGAAGGAAUCUAUUCCUGCAAACCUUUAUUCAUUGCAGCUUGGUGUUUCUAGGAAGCCAUCCCCACAAACCUUUAUUCACUGCAGCUUGGUGUUGCUAGGAGCUAUCCCCACAAACCUUUGUUCACUGCAGCUUGGUGUUGCUAGGAAGCUAUCCCCACAAACCUUUGUUCACUGCAGCUUGGUGUUGCUUGGAGCUAUCCCCGCAAACCUUUGUUCACUGCAGCUUGGUGUUGCUUGGAGCUAUCCCCACAAACCUUUAUUCACUGCAGCUUGGUGUUGCUUGGAGCUAUCCCCGCAAACCUUUAUUCACUGCAGCUUGGUGUUGCUAGGAGCUAUCCCCGCAAACCUUUAUUCACUGCAGCUUGGUGUUGCUUGGAGCUAUCCCCGCAAACCUUUAUUCACUGCAGCUUGGUGUUGCUAGGAGCUAUCCCUGCAAACCUUUAUUCACUGCAGCUUGGUGUUGCUAGGAAUCUAUCCCCGCAAACCUUUAUUCACUGCAGCUUGGUGUUGCUAGGAGCUAUCCCCGCAAACCUUUAUUCACUGCAGCUUGGUAUUGCUAGGAGCUAUCCCCGCAAACCUUUAUUCACUGUAGCUUGGUGUUGCUAGGAGCUAUUCUCGCAAACAUUUAUUCACUGCAGUUUGGUGUUGCCAGGAGCUAUCCCCGCAAACCUUUUAAAUUCUUUGUUUGCUUCUUGAUCUGCUUCAUCCAGACUCCACUGCCUUCCCCCAAAAUUAUUUGAGGGAAUAUUCCUUCCCCAUUCAGCCAUCUACCUAUACCGUAUUAUGCAAAACAAUCUCCUAUACCUGCAGGAGCUGUGCUGUUUACAUGCUCACACCUCCUUUCUUGAUCCAGUCAGAACUAUGCUAUUGAAUCUGGUAUGUAGCCCUGCUGUGCAUGCUCACAGCACACACACCUCUUACAAACGCAGGAGGCAAAUCGGCACAGUGGGAGCAGACAGUCCAAGCUGCCAACUCCAGUUUACGCACCAUGUAUUUUGACAUGCUUUGCGCUUCAUUUCAUGGAUUUACUAAAUUUUAGGCCAAGCUGGUAGAAAACUGCAAGUUGUGAGUCUGCUUGCUGCAAGAGUACACCGGUUAUGAACAUUUUGUACAUAUAAAUGGUAUAAUUUCUGAAGCUGCACAACUCAAAAAUCCACCUUCUUUUAUUUAUUUUUUACACAAUCGUAGAUACUUCAUAAAGGGCUUGUGUAGGUGAUCCAUGAUCCCGUGUUUGCCAUGCAUUAUAGUGUUAAUGCAGAACAUUUUCAAAAAGAUACUUUGAAAGAUCAAAGAACGCUAAUGACAGUCCUUCCACACUAGUUAGAAAUCAUCUUUUUGGGAGUGUCUUAUUCUGACUGUCCUCUUUUGCUGUUUUUUUAAGAUAAUUGUUUUGGUGCUUUGUGUCCCCUUAAUAGAGAUAACAGAUGACCUGCCCCCUUCCUUUAAAGGCACCUGUAAUCGUGCUGAGUACAUGGAGGUAGUCUUGUGAGUGUUAAAGGACACUAAAGUCACCAGAUCAACUAUAGCUUAAAGUACUUGUUCUUGUGAGUGUUCUUGUAGUGCAGGCUUUUUGCAGUAAACAUUAAUUGAAAAGGGCAGUGUUUACAUUACAGCCUAGGGACACCUCCAGUGGCCAUUCCUCAUAUGGCUACUAGAGGUGCUUCCUGAAGCAGUGCUGGACAUGUGUGUGUAUGUAUGUAUGUAUGUAUAUAUAUGUAUAUAUAUGUAUAUGUAUAUAUGUAUAUAUAUGUAUAUGUAUAUAUAUGUAUAUGUAUAUAUAUGUAUAUGUAUAUGUAUGUAUAUGUAUAUGUAUAUAUAUGUAUAUGUAUAUGUAUAUAUAUGUAUAUGUAUGUAUAUAUAUAUGUGUAUAUAUAUGUAUGUAUAUGUAUGUGUAUAUAUAUGUAUAUAUAUGUAUGUGUAUAUGUAUGUAUGUAUGUGUAUGUGUGUAUAUAUAUAUAUAUAUAUAUAUAUAUAUAUAUAUAUAUAUAUAUAUAUAUAUAUAUAUAUAUAUAUAUAUAUGCAUGCGCAGUGAGGCUAGAUAGUGUUUUUGACACUUUUUAGAGUCAGGAAUACAUGUUUGUGUUCCUAACACUGUAGUGUUCGUUUAAAGGAAAGUAGACUUUUGAUGGCACUGACCUCUCUUCUUUGCAUCAUAUCAAACUCAAGCACAUGAUUUGACACACUAUACAAUUUGCUGCUGACUUCAGCACAGUGUAUGUUAGGCAGUGAGGAAUGUUAGGAUGUGUUGCUAAGGCCAUAGACCUCAAACUUGCCUCCAGCCCACACUAAGCUGUCAUUGCAUUGAUAUGCUCCGCACAGAUGACAGCAGUGUCAGACAUUUAAACUGCAUUCAGGGUUUAAAGAAAAUCACUCCAUGUAUUGGUGGGGAUAUGGUGAACUACACAAACUACACACAUGCUUGAUGAAGGUCCUAUGGGUAGUCCUGAAACACAUGCAGAGAAAAAAAAAUCACAACAUUUUUUCAUCUAUAGACUGCAACAAGUCCAUUGAGUGCCAGAUAUUUGGUUCCAGAGAGAGAACCUGUGAGUUUGAUGUUGAGCACUGGAUCUUCAGAGAUAGUGUAAUUGUGUUUUAAAAAAACCACCCUGGCAAAAUGAGGAUUUAGUUUGUGUAUAUGAUCAUACAUUGCUUAAGUCAGUCAACAAUAAUGUGCAUUUAGAUAGUGAGUGCGUGUGUUGGAUACACAUUUACAUAGAUUUGUAUCACCCGUUGCCCAGGACAUACUGUUCCAGGUGCCAUACAGGGAGUUUAGCCCUGCUGCCAGCAAGUGGCAGAGUUGCUAUUGAGAGGAAGUAGUGUGUGAGCACUAUACUUUCAGCACUUGCAGACUUCAACCUGUGAUUAGAGUAAGAGAUGCAGCAGUACACACCAGACACACACAAUAUACAGUCGGCGUACACAUGUUUUCGCAUUAUUUUUUACCCAUGUCUUUUGGAACAGUAUCUAGGGGUGUUUUUUUUUUUUUUUGUAUAUAUAUUAUAUACAUAUCAACGUAAAGGCAAGGUGCCUUUACACAGUGAAAACAAUGCACACUUAAAAUUUGGUGGAGUAAGGUUAGUGCUCACUGAUGGACCAGAUCAAGCCAUGACAAUGGACAGACAGGGAGCCUGGGGAAGAGUGGAAUAAAGGGAAGGGUGAGCAGGAAGAACUGUUGAAAUAACAGGGUAUGAUCACAACUGUUCUUUCAAUUGUUUUAGUGCAAACUGACACAUUUGUGGUUUGUCUGUGGAAAUCUAUUUUCUGUGAAAAAAUGUCUAAUGGAAGUUUACCUUUUUAGUAAGGAAACGUGUUCAUGUGGUAGUUAAACCUUUAAAUCAAAACUUUGGACUGCUCCUUCUAGUAAGCCUGUUAACUGAUUAUCUUUAUUGCCCUCCUGUUAGCUGCUAAGGUAAGAGGCAAUCAAACUAUAUAGAGCAUUUAUGAAUGCAUAUUAAUUUGCAGAAAAUGGUACACUGAUUACUACUUUUUAGAUGUGUUAAUUUAAAUUUCACUUUUUUGCUUUCUUUCCCCCCGCUGCUAAUGGUCUUGGGACUAAACUGAUCUCUACCAGAUGUGACAAUUUUUUUUUCUGUGUUAAGUUUGUCACCCAUUCUUUCAUGGUACCUGCUACAUCUGAAAUGUCUCUUUUUGCAGUGCCCUUAAAGAUAGCCGUUUUCCCCCUAUGACGAGGGAUGAGCUGCCACGGUUAUUCUGCUCAGUGUCUCUGCUUACAAACUUUGAAGAUGUAUGUGAUUACUUGGACUGGGAGGUAAGAUGGUCUGAUGUCUCACUGGCUUCAUCAGUGCAAAUGGCAAAAGUCUUCAAAGUGCUUUAAAAUAUUUGUUUUAUUCGUCUUAUGAUUCUUUUGCUAUUUGAAAGCAGAGUAUGUUUUGUACAACAGGUUCAUUUCUGAUCUUAAAUUGCUUUUUAGGUGGAUUUAUUUAUUAUACUGUAGUUGCCAACCAAAAAUAUUUUUUAUAGCGCAUACAGAUUUCUGAUUUACAUUUUUUUUUUUAACACAUGUACAUGGUAUGUUGAAAAGAAAAUGGAUCAAACACUUGAUGAUCAAGUUUAAAUACAGUGUAAACAGAAUUGGGUAGUUAACUAUAAAUAUUUAGUCGGAAAUAAAAACAAAUUGAGAUUUUGCACCUAAUAUUUUACUCCUGCAUACAUUACAAGCUAGAAGCUUUGUAAGCAGUAAUCUUAAACAAAGUUUAGACAUUUUGAAAGAUAACUUUUCCAUUUCUCAUUAGACAAUGGACUCAGAAGAGCAGGCUCUUGAUUGCAGCACUUCUUGUUUUAACAUUUGAUUAUCUUCAUGUCCACCUACUUUUGUACGCCCUCCACCAACUUAUUUGAGGUAUCUUGUCCUUAAAAUGUUUCUGUAAUCUGUCACAGCUGAUUGCUGCGGCUAUGUUUACUUUAAAAAGUGGCUAAUCUAAUCACAGCUCUUUGGGCAUACUCUUUUAUGUGAAGAUUACUAACUUUUCCUCUUCUGAUUACGAACCAAUUUUAUAUGACUGCCUAAAUACGGUGUGAUUUACUUGACAUCUAGUGGGCAGGUUAUAGGCCUUAGUUUCUGGAUAUGCAUACAACCCUGACCUAACUUAAUUGCCUACCUUACUGCAUAUAUUUUGAAUGGUUUCUGUCGCUCCCAAAAGAAAACCCACUCUAAAAAGAUAUUAACAAUAAGCUGUUUGCAGUGAGUCAUAUAUUCUAUAGACAGGACGUGCUGGUAAAAGUGGAAUGUCUCUGUGGUUAACAAUUGAGUUUUGCAGGACAAUGACUUAAUGCCUGGAUAUUACAGAAUCUGCAUACACCACUUACCUUUCAGACACUUACUACUGCUACAUCUCUCACUCUUGCUCUGUCUCGAUGUAUAUUUGUUAUGGAUUUCAUUUAUACCACCCUUGCAGGUAUGCUUUGUGUGAAUGUAUAUAUGAAAAUAAACAGUGGUAGUCCACAUUCCUAAAACAAAAAUCAUGUUUGAAGGAUUAAAAUCAUAUUCAUUAACUCAGUACAAGUGCAGUGAGUUUUGUGCUGAAUUCACCAUUGAGUCUUGCUCCAACUGUUUCCCCUAUUUUUAUUUAUGAAUAAAAGUAUUUGCAAACUUUUAUGCUACCCUCUCCCCAUCAUUACAGAUCUGCCUUAAUUUUAUUCCAGUUUUCCCUUCCCUUAUAGUGAACCUAUCAUGACCUAUAUAGGUUUGCAGUUUUCUAACCAUCUGGCUUGACUCAUGUUAUAUAAUGGAGUGGUUUCCUUAACGCGAUUAAAAUACCAUAUUUAAUGUAUUUGAAUUAUCGCUGUGUCCUGCUGAGAGCAUCAGUCCUGUUUUCAGUAGGUAUUACAUUUGCUGUGAGACACUUCUCUCCAGCAAUACCCCUGUUUGUGAAGGACAGAGUAUAUUUUGGCUUUAUGGUAUACAAAUAAAACUUGUGUUCUCUAAAUUCUCAGUUAGCCUGUCUAAAGCUCCUGCAAUAAAUCAUUCUGUUACUCUCUCUCCACAGUGCCUGCUCCUUGCAGGCAUUGCUUUCCCUUAGACUGAAGAUAAGCAGAAGAGAGGGUUUUCCUGAUUACAGAGAUGCAAAGCACAGUCUUCUUAUAUCUGUGCCAGUUGGCACAGUCUGAAUUGCCUGGCAUGGCUGUUUUUAAUCUAAUUUUAGAGAAAUAGAAACAUUUGCUAGUAAUUCUGCAACCACAAUGUAAAGAUUAAAUUUGAUUCCCUAUAAUUUAAGAUAAAGUUGUUUUUGUCAUGCGAUAUACCUUCUUUAUCCAGUGAGAGAUCUGAUUGCAGUCCUGGGGUCAAGAAGGAAUUUUCCCCCUAGUUUGUUUGCAAAAUUGGAAGCGCUUCAAACUGCGGUGUUUUUUUUUUUGUUUUUUUUUUGGGUUUUUUUGCUUUCUGUUGGAUCAACAGCAAGAACAGAUGUAAGAGAAGCUGAACUUGAUGGACAUGUCUCUUUUCAGCAAUAUACCAUUUUAAUUUUAGCUCACAUCUACUCCCACCUUCUUUCAUUCUAGUUUCCACCCUUUAAUGGCCACUUCUAUUCACUCCUUAAUUUGGGUUGCGAGCUCUUGUGUUUUGGAGACAGGUAGUGAUCUUCUUAUGUAUCUGUAGGGGUCUUCCAUUACUGACUACAUUAAGAGUCCUUGCUUAACUGGGCUGCAGGAUGACUUAUUUUCUUACACUGUCGUUAAAGGAACACUAUAGUCACCUAAAUUACUUUAGCUAAAUAAAGCAGUUUUAGUGUAUAGAUCAUUCCCCUGCAAUUUCACUGCUCAAUUCACUGUCAUUUAGGAGUGAAAUCACUUUGUUUCUGUUUAUGCAGCCCUAGCCACACCUCUCCUGGCUAUGAUUGACAGAGCCUGCAUGAAAAAAAAAAAACUGGUUUCACUUUCAAACAGAUGUAAUUUACCUAAAAUAAUUGUAUCUCAAUCUCUAAAUUGAACUUUAAUCACAUACUGGAGGCUCUUGCAGGGUCUAGCAAGCUAUUAACAUAGGGAACAAGAAAAUCUUAAUUAAACAGAACUUCCAAUAAAGAAAGCCCAAAUAGAGCUCUCUUUACAGGAAGUGUUUAUGGAAGACUGUGCAAGUCACAUGCAGGGAGGUGUGACUAGGGCUCAUAAAGAAAGGGAUUUAACUCCUAAAUGGCAGAGGAUUGAGCAGUGAGGCUGCAGGGGCAUGUUCUAUACACCAAAACUGCUUCAUUAAGCUAAAGUUGUUCAGGUGACUGUAGUGUUCCUUUAACCCUAAAUGUCUGUUAUACAAGUCUGCAUCAGAUCAAGUUAUGUAUUACAGCAGACACAAACUGCACACAGCACUCGAUCAAAGCUCAGAGGUGAGCUUUCUGUACAUUUUUCUCAGGUUUUAGUUGGUGCAAAAUUGUUGGCUUUUUUUUGGGGGGGGGGGCUAUUUUGUUGGACCAUAGGAUAGAUGCAGGUGGGUCAAGAGUUUGGGUCCUGUUAUAUAAACCUAAAAAGCACAAUUUGUGUUACCUGUGAUUUUCUAAUGCAAAUGAAGGUGGCUCACUUGACAUAACUUAAAUUCCCCCCAAAAAGCACUGCCAAAUAAGUAUGCUACUAGAAGGGACAAGAACAUAUUAAUGCCUGUUAAAACUGUUCUUCAAAGUCUCUACAUUGCAUUGGCAACUGCUUCAACAAUGCCAUGAAUUUGGCAACGUUUCAUCCAUUAUUUUUUUUUUUUUUUUAAAGCUCACUUAGGUGAGCAAAAUAUUUAAGUUUAUACAACCAUUUCCAAUAAAAAGCUACUCGGUUGUCCUAUUUGCCAUGAAUUAGUUUAGACGUAUAAUUGCUACUGCGUGUAUGAAUGGUAUUGGGCUCUCUUUGUCUUAGAUUUAAAGGGACACUAUAGUGACUAGAGCAACUACAGCUUAAUGUAGUUGUUCUGGUGAGUAUAGUCAGUCCCUGCAAGCUUUUUGCUGUAAACCCUGUAUUCUCAGAGAAAAGGCAGUGUUUACAUUACAGCCUGGGGACACCUCCAUUUGUCACUCCUCAGAUGGCUACUAGAGGUGCUUCCUGGGGCAGUGCUGCACAGACUUUAAGUGUCUCCACUCUCUGCAUGGAGACACUGAACUUCCCUCACGAAGAUACAUUGAUUCAAUGCACCUCUGAGGAGAUGCUGAUACCCCAGGGUGGCUUUUGUCUCUGCCUUGAUGAGAUCAUCAGAAUUGACAAUCUCAGCCAAUUCAAUGCUUUCCUGUGGUAAAUUUUGCAUCCAACUUUGCAACAAACUAGAGAAAAUACUUCUUGACCCCCAGAAUAACAGUCAGAUCUUUCCUUUGAUCAAGAAGCUGUUACCCCACUUAUUAAAAAUUAUAUCCCUGAAUAUUAUGUUUUUGCAAGUAUUCAUCCAGUUUCUGGUUAAACAUCUGUACAAACUCUGAUAAAACCACCUCUUCAAGCAGGGAAUUCUAAAAAGCCAUCCUUUGCUUUGGUCUAAAUCUAUUUUCUUCCAGUCUAAAUGCAUGACCUUGCCUAAGAGAGUCCUGUUUACGCAUAGAUUUUCAGACAAUGGUUUGUAUUGGCCCCCGAAUAUAUUUGUAUAAUUCUGUCAUGUCCCCGCUGAGGCAAUGUUUUUCUAAACUAAAUAGAUUAAAAUUUGUUAAUCUUUCCUCAUAACUAAAAUUGCCCAGUAUAUUCAAGGUGUGGUCUUAUCAUUAAUUUAUAAACUGGCAAAAUUGUAUUUUCAUCUGAAGAAUUAAUGCGCCCUUUUAUACAUGGCAAUACCUUACUGGCCAUGGCAACUGCUGAUGGACAUGGCACAUUGCCUAUUUUUUUUGUUUGUUUAUAAAUAUUCCCAAAUUAUUCUUGUUUGUUUGUUAUCCCUAAUUCACUACCUUUUUAGGGUGUAAAUUGUUGGUGCAUUCUUUACCCGAAGUACAAACCUUUGCAUUUAUUUACAUUAAAUGUAAUCUGCUAUUUGAGUGCCCAGUCCUCCAAACUAGCUAAGUCACUCUGCAGCAAAGUAAUAAACUGCUCAUAUUGUAUUAUGUAACAGUUUUGUUCAUUCUACAAACCCUGAAACAUGAUUUCCAGUGCCUAUUUCAAGAACCCUUAUAAAUAUGUGAAAUAGAAGUGGUCCCAGAACAGAACCCAGAGGGACACCACCUUCCUCCAAUCCUCUGGUAAAAUUUCUGAAAGAAAAGAAUCCUGAAAGAUUAAAAACAGAAAAUCACUUAUCACCACUUGGCCAUGGGACUUUGUUUACAUUAAUGGGACACUGUAGUCACCAAAUAAACUUAAGCUUAAUGAAACGGUUUUGGUGCAUAGUGCAAUCUCACUGCUCAUUUAUCUGCCAUUUGGGAGUCAAAUAACUAGCUACGGUUGUUUGUGGCCUACAGUGUCCCUUUAACUUUCUUUAGUUGCUGUAGAACCAUGUUGCUUUAGUUGCUGUAGAACUCAGUUGUUUUCCUGACACAUUAGCUCCAUCCUCUGGACCAGGGAUAGGCAACCUUCCGCACUCCGGAUGUUGUGGACUACACCCCCAUAAUGCUCUCACACCCAAAAUGCUAGCAGAGCAUCAUGGGAGGUGUAGUCCAAAACAUCUGGAAUGCCGAAGGUUGUCUAUGCCUGCUCCAGACUGUAAGCUCGUUUGAGCAGGGUCCUCAUCAGCCUAUUGUUCCUGUGUGACUGUUUAAUUGCCUCAUUUAUUGUAAAUUCUCCCCCCCCGCCCCCCCCUUCCCCUUCAUAAUAUUGUAAAGAACUGUGGAAUUAGUUGGUGCUAUAUAAAUACCAACAAUAAUAAUAAUAAUAAUAUAGUGGCCUCCAUCCCCCCACAGUGCAGAAAGUGUUAAAAACUCCUCCUCUUGCAUUAUGAUUUCCACAUAGGAAAGCAUUAUACUGCCUAACAUCCUGGAAGUCCCUCUAGUGGCAGACGGUAGAUGUGGAGUUACCCCACAAAGCUAAUUAUUGCAGUUUAUUAAAAAAAAAACUGCCAUCAUUAGCUUUGCAGGAUUAAGGGUGCUAGAGCAGGGAGUUAUUUGAUUGGAAAGAUUCUAAUUGUAGUUUUGGAAAUGUCGGUCUGGACCAAUUCAGGAGUCAUCAUAUAGGGAGGUGACCUCAUAACAGUUUGCCUAUAAUUGUACAAUAUUUGACCGAAAUCAACUAUCACUGAAGCUUUUUUUUUUGGCUGUGUUAAAAGAACCACUACAGUGCCAGGAAAACAAACUUGUUUUCCUGGCACUAUAGUAUUAAUAGGUCCCCCCCCUCCCGCCGGGCUCAAGAGGGGCUAAGGGGUUAAAAUCUUACCUUUCUCCAGCACCGGGCUCCUUCGGCGCUAGGGACUCUCCUCCUCCUUCCAACGUCAUCGGCUGAAUGCGCAUGCGCGGCAAGAGCCGCACGCGCAUUCAGUCAGUCCAUAGGAACGCAUUUCUCAAUGCUUUCCUAUGGACGCUGGUGUCUUCUCACUGUGAUUUUUACAGUGAGAAGCGCAGAAGUGCCUCUAGCGGCUAUAAAUGAGACAGCCACUAGAGGCUGGAUUAACCCAUAUGUAAACAUAGCAGUUUCUCUGAAACUGCUAUGUUUACAGCAGCCAGGGCUGACCCUAGAUUGACCUGGCACCCAGAUCACUUCAUUGAGCUGAAGUGGUCUGGGUGCCUAUAAUGGUCCUUUAAUGAACAAAAAAAAUCAGAGGUAGUGGAUUCCCUUUGCAGUCCUAAUUUGUGGUUGCUGCACAAUUAAACACUAGCUUUAGGAAUGCAAACCUGUAAUCCUAUUGUCAGUGUCCUAGUACCUGGUUAGUUUUGCCUUUUCUCCAAUGCUUUGACUUCCUUGACCAUGCCUACUCCCACAACGUCUAGCUCUCCACUUGAUGGUCCAGUCCAACCCAAUGUGGAGCAUUGGGGGCUGAUGUGAUUGUGCAAUGAGCACUGCACACUUUCAAAUGCUUGUCAUAGGAAAGCUUUGAAUUCAGUACUUUCCAAUGAGCUGCAUGAUCACAUGACUGUUUCGAUUGGACGUUGUAAAGGAAUUAUUUCUAUUGUAUGUCAGACUGCCUCUAGAGGCAAAACUACAGGACCCCUGCACCCAGACCACUUUCUUGAGAUGAAGUAGACUGGGUGACUUUAGUGGUGUUUUAAGCAAGGUUAGGGUGAGGUACUAGCAAGUUUUUGUUUUUUGUUUUUUUGUACCACCAAACAAAUCUAAUUGUUUCUAAAAGUAUAAUUUUGCUGACAUAAUCGUAUUCCUGGAAUCUGGAUAGAUUUAGUCUAAUCUUGUCCGUUAUGAGGUAGACUAGAUGCUUUCUUAUUUUUGGUUUUGUGAAUAUCUCUAGCUAUGCACUUCCAGUGUACUUGCUCUAUUUGUACACUUUCUGUAUUCAGUUGGAAUUUCGUUUUAUGAAGUACACGGUAUUUGACAACAUUUACACGGCCUUCCUUUUGAUUAAACGUUGGAUUAACUUGCACCAACUAUAACACUUUAGUCUGUAUAAUAUUGUCUAGUUUCUUUAAAAUGUACUAUUGCUGAGUUCCCUGUGACCACUUCAGUUAUUUUCAGUCCUCUGUGAUGAGCUUUGCACCUACCUCUUUGUACUGUAGUAUAUGUUACAUGAAUUCUGAUUGUAGUGAUUUGCAGUUGCUGAUUGGAAGUCCCCCGGGUGCAAAUGUGUGCAGUUCUUAGUCAUAUGAUUGCUGUGGCAGCUGAUCACUAAGCAGUCUCAUGUAAAAAGUGGAUGUCAGCAGUACUUAUUUACUUUUGUUCUACUUUUGAUUAAUAGAUAACACGACACACUCUUCUACGAGCUCAUUAAAAAAAAUUAUUUUUAGGAAUCGGUUGUUACAUGCUACCUUGCUCCAAAACUGCAAAAGAAACACAAGCUGUAGCCUACCUGUUAACUCAUGUAUUGUGUAAUUAUCACUUGAAAGAACUAAGCCCCAAAACAACUUAAUUUGUCUGAAGUGGUUAUAUUGAAAAAACCUCUCCCUGCAGCCUUAAAAAAAUAAAAAAAAAAUUAAAAAACCUAAUACCAGAGAUGGAUAACUUUCCUCCUCCUCUGUAUAAGAUCCCCUGGGCUGACCAUCAGCUGAAAUACUCUUCCAGCCUGACACUAUCUGUUUUUUGUAGUGUCCACACAGAUGUAUGCUUUCUGUACAUCUAAAGCAUCCUAAAUGCCUUGGACAGGCUGAAAAAGUGUAAUUAUUUUUACAUUUUUUUUAACCUCUACUCUUCCUGGUUGAGUUUAGAGAAACACAUACCACUCUGUCUGGAGUUUCUAUCAUGAAAUGUUGUGCAAGAAUUUCUCUGCCUCUGUUUGGGCUAAAACUCAUGUCAUGCUUAGUGAGAUUGUGACUUGGUGAGACUGGUGCGAGUUUACUAGUUGGCGUGGAAUACUAUGGCAACCCCAGCCUGUUUAAAAUCUAUAGAGAAACUGAGGGCUUGCCUGCACACACACCUAUUAUACUGUAUAAACGUAUGUAGGCUUAUGUCAACUCACAACUUAACCAUAAUAUUACGAACUGUUGCUAUUAUGUCAUAGAAGAGGCUACGCUACUACAAUACAUAUUGUUUACUACUCGACUUAACUGUGUGUGUGUGUGUGUGUAUAUAUAUAUAUAUAUAUAUAUAUAUUUAUUUAAUACAAUGCUAAACAAAAAUCUGCACACCAGUCAAGCCAUAAGACUUGCUUUUCCCACAGAAAUCCCAAAUCAGCAGUGAUAUAAAAACAUGUGCUAGAAUUUUCUUGUACCUUUACGCUACAAUGUUUGAAAUGUGCUAGAGGAUUGCCUUUGGGGUACCUCACAAGCAACUGUUUUAAACUUACGCACUACAAAAAUAAAGAAAUUAAAAAAAAAUAUAUAAAAAAAAAAAUAUAUAUAUAUAUAUAUAUAUAUAUAUAUAUAUAUAUAUAUAUAUAUAUAUAUAUAUAUAUAUAUAUAUAUAUAUAUAUAUAUAUACAUAUAUACAGUACAGUGGGAUAGUGAGGCAACUAUUAACCUAAAUCAACCUUAUCCGAUGGUCCUCUCAAUAAAACCAACAAACAUACAUAAGAGUAUGCACACCAAACCAAGUCUACAUAAGAAACUAAUAGUAGUUGUCAUCUCAUAAAACGACACGUAUCUAAACUUUGGACUGAAUUUUGUCUCCCGUGUUUAUGUAUGAGAUCAUUUAAUGAGACAGCACCCAGCACUUCUUCGUUUAUUCCAGUGGACAGUUCUGCAGCUACUGAAAUGUGAGUUGUUAUGGCUUAUGAAAUAUUGGGCAUAGUUUUGCUUUAAAUCCAUAAGUGCACUAAGCCUCUGAAAUAUUUUAUCACAUCGCCUAAAUGUUAUGCAAGAAUGGUCAUUUUUUUUUUUUUUUUGCAGUGCUACCUGACUUCCAGUGGCAGUCAGUGAAUACAGUCACUAGUGGCGUUUCUACAAAAUACGAAUAGACUUCACUAUUUCAAUCUGAUGGUUGCAGAGCUAUGUGGCUUUUUGCAUGCACACUAGUCUCCCAAUGCUUUCCUACAAGAAUGCAUUGGAUUGGCUGGGAUCAUUUAUCGAUCUUGGCCAAAGAGGGGAGAGCUGCAUGCUGGAAACCACUAAUUCCAGGAAGAACCUCCCCCCAAGUUCACAUCAGUCUCGUGUGGGGCAUAGUUACCCAAAUACCCUCUGCACCAUAACCACUGUAAUGAGCGUUAGCGAAACAAUCCUUAAACACUGCAUUAGUUUCUGUCAACUCCUCACACCAUGCACAGGUUUAUGUCGUCCCUCACACCACCACCAUCUCCACUGCCACUUUAUUUUACCCUUGCAAGCUUAAAAGGAACUUAACAUGUAUAUUACAUGACACUUACCAUGGUCGUCUUGUGCAGAAAAUGUUGGUAGAAAGAGCAUAUUCUAACUGUGUAUUUUUUUAAUAUUUGUAUGACCCCUUAACUGCAUGUGUUCAUGCAACAUAGUUGCUAAUGUCACUUGGCAUCAUGAUCUGAUAGCAGGUGGUUAUACAGACAUGGUUUGUCUCACUGUCUCUAUUCCUUGGGGAUAUUUAACAACCACUUAAUGUUUCUCUACCUUAAUUGAUGUGCUUUGAUAUAUAUAUAUAUAUAUAUAUACACACACUCCUUGAUUUUUAUGUCAGUGAAUGCAAGUUUGGUGUUUAUGUUGCUCACUAGCUAGUUCCUCUGAUACCUGCGGAGGAAGUUGGCCCCCCUGCAAAAGUUGAAGGGUGGGUAAACCAAUAUAUAAAAAGUCUUGCAUUGCUGCUCACUCUCUCACCUUGUCAUUUCCUGGUUUCCAGGAUUUUUUGGAACUCUGGUGCUGGGAUAUGUAGGUUAAUAUUGGUCUGCGUUAUGGAAUAGUCUUUUGAAUACAGUAAUUGAUUUAAUGUUUUGUCUUUUUUAUAUUGUACCAUUUCCCCCUGAAAAUAAGACAAAAUAAGCCAUAGCUCGGAUGAUGCUCUUAAUAUAAGCCCUAUCCUGACAAUAAGCCCUAGUUGCUAGCCCGCUAAUCUGUUCGGGAAAUUUUCCCCAAACAUAGAUUUGCGGGACUCCAUGAGCUAGUAAACUGGUCUGUUUGUGGGGUGGGGGGGGGAGGGGGGGGGAAUUCUCCCAAAUGUACACCUUCUUUCUAGCACAUGCUUGCUACCGUUCCCCCCUGAAAUACGACAUCACCCAAAAAUAAGUCCUAGUUGCUUUUUCUGGGGUGAAAUUAAUAUAGUACCCGGUGAAAGACAGUAGAUAUUUGAACAAAAUGAUAGCAUGAUUAGUAGGGAAAUGUAAUUUGAAAACUUAAAGGAUUGCAUUUUUUUUUUUUUUUUUUAAAUGAAAUCAUUUAAAUAUAUUUUACGUUGAACUCUUAUUAUUUAAUGUGGAACAAUGUAUGUAUAUGACUCCAGUCUUUUUAGAAAAUUAAAUCUUUUCAGAAGUGCAUAUACAGUGGCGUACAUUCCGGGGUCACCAGGGGGCCCGGCCGCCACUGCAACCCGGUAUGUACCCACUGGGACCAGUCUCUUCUCCUGGGAGGCCCACGAGGGGGCCCCCCAAGGCUGGCCCUGCUGUCACCCCCACUGCCGGUCCUGCGGGCGCGCGAGGUUGCUGAAGAGGAGUGUGUGUGCGCUAGUGAGUGUCAGUGAGUGUGUGUGUGCUAGUGAGUGUCAGUGAGUGUGUGUGUGCUAGUGAGUGUCAGUGAGUGUGUGUGUGCUAGUGAGUGUCAGUGAGUGUGUGUGUGCUAGUGAGUGUCAGUGAGUGUGUGUGUGCUAGUGAGUGUCAGUGAGUGUGUGUGUGCUAGUGAGUGUCAGUGAGUGAGUGUCAGUGUGCUAGUGAGUGAGUGUGUGUGUGCUAGUGAGUGUCAGUGAGUGUGUGAGUGUGCUAGUGAGUGUCAGUGAGUGUGUGUGUGCUAGUGAGUGUCAGUGAGUGUGUGUGUGCUAGUGAGUGUCAGUGAGUGUGUGUGUGCUAGUGAGUGUCAGUGAGUGUGUGUGUGCUAGUGAGUGUCAGUGAGUGUGCUAGUGAGUGUCAGUGAGUGUGUGUGUGCUAGUGAGUGUCAGUGAGUGUGUGUGUGCUAGUGAGUGUCAGUGAGUGUGUGUGUGCUAGUGAGUGUCAGUGAGUGUGUGUGUGCUAGUGAGUGUCAGUGAGUGUGUGUGUGCUAGUGAGUGUCAGUGAGUGUGUGUGUGCUAGUGAGUGUCUGUUACUGAGUGUUAGUGUGUGUCUGUUACUGUGUGUCAGUGAGUGUGUCAGUGAGUCUUCAGCACUUACCUUUCUCCAGCGCCGGACUCCCUUGGCGCUGGGGAUCUCUCCGCCUCUCAGCUCCGAAUGUGCAUGCGCGGCAAGAGCCGCGCGCACGCAUUCAAACCGCCCAUAGGAAAGCAUUACUCAAUGCUUUCCUAUGGAUGUUCAGUGUCUUAGAAUCGCGGAAGCUCCUCUAGCGGCUGUCAGUGAGACAGCCACUAGAGGCUGGAUUAACCCUCAGUGAAACAUAGCAGCUGCAGGGUUAAAACUAGAGGGACCUGACACCCAGACCACUUCAUUGAGCUGAUGUGAUCUGGGUGUCUGUAGUGGUCCUUUAAGUGUGUGUAUCUGCAUGCACUGACGCACAUACCGCGAUCUCGGGUCGCAGCCCUGCGACCAGGGGCCUGCUGCCAUGUGUUGCGCCCCCGGCCCGCGCAGAGCAAGGGGGGGGGGGGGGGGGGGGAGAUCAAUUUUCACACCGGGGCCCCAUGGGUCAUGUGUACGCCACUGUGCAUAUACAUAAGGUUUUCUAAUUUCUUGGCUGUCUACAAUGGCAUCAUUACAACUAGUUAGAUUUACCUUUCAACCAGUAAUUAGUGUUAAAAAAAACACGCUCCUCCUACCCUCCUGUCAAAUGUUGGAGGGUAGUGCAGAAUGACAGGAUAUCCAGAAGAUCCCGUCCCAAACAUCAGAGUUGAGUGUGAAUUGAAAAACUAAUUGCAAAUUCAGGCUGAAAUAAAAGUUAAUGCCUAGAGAGUUUCAUUUAUAUUUAUUUUAACACACUCUAAAAGGGACACUUCUGUCACUAUAAUAACUUCAAAUUACUGAAGUGAUCUUGGUGCUUGGCGUAAUCUUUUUAAUUAGCAACCUGAGAGAAUUUUUUUUUUUUUAUAUAUAGUAAAAGCGCCCUGCAACUCUUAUAAAACAUAAUGGUAGCUAAUUAAGGAGCUUGCUGUUAUAGAAAUUGACACUAUCCAUCUUAUAUUUCAAUUUCAGUCUUGGGUGAGAAUUAUAAUACAGACACAAAGAUAAAGCACCGCGCUUACAGCAGCAGUAGCUUAGUAUCCAACAGCUUAAAAUACAUAGUAAAAACAAAGAGAACGUUACCUGCGCUCUGGCCUAAAUCCCCAUGUACAUUUAAACAAAAUGGAGGCUCUUUAGUUUUAUUCCAAUGGCCAUUUGAAUAUAUAAGCUCACCAGCCACGUCAAGGCAAGCCUCAAUAGGCAAGUUUCUACACUAGCCAUUAGAUAUGCUGAUAUCCGCCAAGAAUCUCCAGUUAGACAGGGUUUUAUAAACCCUUUCACAUUUAACCCAUUAUAGGGCUUCUACACAUACAAUAAACUUUGCUGGCAUCAGACAAAGUGCAAACAUCUCUGAGACAUAAAGGGGUGUUUUAUAAACCUCUACAUACUUAACCCUGAAUAGGGCUAUAACACAUACAAAUCACCUUGCUGGGAUCAGCUAAAAGGCAAAUUUCUCUGAGACAGGAAGGGGUGCUGACCCUACAUACUUAUAAACUCUUAAUAAGACAAACGUGGGGAGGCUGGCAGCAAUGUAACAUAGCUGUGUGAUACAAAAUUCAUAUACAAACACAAAGAUAAAGCACAUUAUAAUACAGGCUUGAAAACCUACUGUGACUAGUACUACUUGGAUCUAAAUAUACUAUCACAUCCACACUAAAUAUAAACAAAAUUACAAAAGCAAAGUAGGUGAUAAAUAAAAAGUUAAUCAUACAUUGGUUGCAAAUGAAGCCACACUAAUGCUGCACAGAGUGCACCUUUGUUAUUAUUUAUAUAGCGCCAGCAUCUUCCGAAGCGCUGUACAAUAGGUGGACGAACAGACGCAUAAUUGUAAUCAGACAAAUUAGACACACUGGAUCAGAAGUAUAAAGAAAGCAAUAGAAACCUAGAAAAUUACUUCAAAAAUUUAUAUAAACUACAACAAUACUCUAUCCUUACUGAAAAUCACUCUCAGAAGCUCACUGUGUAUAGAUUUUAAAGGUACACUAUUGGCACCCGGACCACUUAAUCUCAUUGAAGUGGUUUGGGUGCAGUGCCCCAUUCUCUUUAAACCUACGAUGUAAAACAUUGCAGUUUCUGAAAAACUGCAAUGAUUAAAUUUGCAGAGUUAAUUCCACCUCUAGAGGUGCUUCCAGAUCCCUCUAUCAGACAUUGGGCAUCAUCAUGCUUUGCCUGAGGAUGUCUAACAUCUUUGUUCGCUAUAGGAAAGCAUUGAUUCAAUGUUUUCCUAUGGAGUUGUUUGAAUCCUCGUCCCACCGUCAUGGGAGGAAAAGAUCUACCCGGCACUCAGGAAAGAGGUAAGUUAUAGGAUUUUUAACCCUUUAGUCAUUGGACACUGUAGGGACCUGUAAAACUUUGAACACUAUGGUGUUAGGAGCAUUGGUGACCUAAUGUGCAGCAAGUGUCCUGCAUAUUUAGCUUACACAUCAUGUGACCAACUUUUAAUUGGUCAGUGUUGUGGAAACACCUCUAGUGGCUAUCAUACUGACAUCCAUUAGAGGUGGACUUAACCCUGCAAUGUAAACAUUGCAGUUUCUUUAUCCACUGAUGGCGUUCUAUGCCAUCCCCAUUAUAAUGGGCUUUAAAGCCGUUGCGACGGCAUAAAACGCCGUAACAGCUUAAGCCCCCUGGAGAUCUGGUGGACUUAACGCCGCCAUGAUCCACUUCAGGAGGACUGCCUGACAGCCCAGGCAGCCCUUCCCCGGCAAAUCAGGCCCCCGGGGGAGGGACUGCCUGGCUACCUUCCCACUGCAAAUAUGGCCCCCUAUAGCUGGCUGUGGAUCUGCCAGCACGGGGACUCUGGGCUGUCAGACAGUACCCCUGCUUGUGGGGAGUGUAAAAAAUAAUUAAACUUGUUUAAAAUAAAUUAUAUUGUGUGUGUGUGUGUGUGUGUGUGUGUGUGUGUGUGUAUAUGUAUGUAUGUGUGUAUAUAUAUAUAUAUAUAUAUGUGUGUGUGUGUAUACACGUAGAAUGAUAGAUUAAAUAUAGAUAUAAUUAUCAUUAUAUAUUUAUAUAUAAUAUAAAUAUGUAAAUACGUUAAAAAAAAAAAAAAAAUUUUUUUAAAAAUGUGUAAAAACCAAAGAAAAACAAGUUACCUGCACUCUCUCCUUAAUCCCUAUGUAUUUUUAAACAAAUGUGUUUUUUGUUUUUUUUUGGUUACCUCCAAUGGCCAUGAGAGGAUAAGCCCACCUGCCAACGUCAAGGCAGGCCCCCCCCACCCCAAGCUGGAUCCUAACUCUAACCAUUCACCUUGCUUCCUUGAGCUUCUGGCAAAGAUAUCUCUGAGACCGGUUUUUAUAGAUAUAUAUAGAUAUAUAUAUAUAUAUAGAUAUCUAUAUAUAUAUAUAUAUAUCUAUAUAUAUAUAUAUAUAUAUAUCUAUAUAUAUAUAUAUCUAUAUAUAUAUAUAUCUAUAUAUAUAUAUAUCUAUCCCUAUAUAUUAUUAACCCUUAAUAGGGAACACAUGGGAUGGGCGGCUUAUCCUCUCAUGGCCAUUGGAGGUAACUAAAAAAAAAAACCUCCAUUUGUUUAAAAAUACAUAGAGAUUAAGGAAAGAGCGCAGGUAACUUGUUUUGGUUUUCUUUGGUUUUUACUAUAUAUUGGGGCUGAUGUGUACUGUAGUACCCCAGUGAUGGGAGUGAGAGCAGGACUUAUCUUUCUGCAAAACAAUGUGUAAAUUUGUUCUAACUUUAUUUUAAAAUUAAUAUAUAUUGAUAUCAAAAUACAUGUAAACGAAAUAUAUAUAAAUAAAAAUAAUUUUUAAAAAAUUAUAUAUAAAAUAUACGUGUGUGUGUGUGUAUAUAUAUAUAUAUGUGUGUGUGUGUGUGUGUGUGUGUGUGUGUGUGUGUGUGUAUAUAUAUAUAUGUGUGUGUAUAUAUAUAUAUAUAUAUAUAUAUAUAUAUUUAUUUAUGUAAUUAGGUCAUUUUAUUAAUUACAAUUUGUGGGAAUUUAAUUUGCUAGCACUAUAGUUAACCCUUUAACUUUCCAAGACAGCAUAAAAUUUGUACAUGGAGGGUACUGUUUUACUCGGAAGACUUCGCUGAACACAAAUAUUAGUGUUUCAAAACAGUAAAAUGUAUUACAAUGAAAUAAUCAGUGAAAAUGACUUUUUUUGCAUUUUUCACACACAAAUGGCACUUACACAGACGGUAUAAUUGUUGUGAUAUGUUUUACUGUUUUGAAACACUAAUAUUUGUGUUUGUGACUAAGUGGCUACUAAAAAAGACUGGACAUAUCCCACUUGCAAUACCUUGGAUUGUCUGACACUGUAAGUUUCCAAUACACCGUAAAACCUGUUAAGGGGGGAGGAGGGGGGUGGGACUGUUGUACUUGUGAGACUUUGCUAAAUACAAAUAUGUGCCUUUUAUUGCAUAAAAGCUAACAGUAUUAUGACAUUUACAGCUAAAAUGUCAGGCAGAACUACAUUUUUUUUAAAUCUUAAUUUCUGGUUUUUUUUUAUUCAUAAAUUGCUUCAUAGGUGAAUAAUUCAUGAGAAAUUAUAGCCCUGUUUCUCCCGAGUGCACUUAAUAUGAAAGCAGUGAAUUACAGUUGGACAUAUAGCGCAAGUUACAGUUUUUGUUGUUUUGUUUUUAUCAGAACAUGUACAAUUGACUCUGUCCUGAAGGGGUUAAAAAACAAUUGCAGUAUCUUACAUUGCAGGGCUACUGCAUGAAGACCACUUCAUUGAGAUAGUGUUCAUAGAGGUAAUAGUGUCCAUUUAACUUUCACAAUCAGAGGCGAAAGUACGGUAGUAGAAAAUGAAAGGUACAUUCCCUAAGUUCAUUAACAAUGGUGCCCUAACACCCUACAUGUUUCAAUAAACUACAUCAUCUGGAGUCUCACCUGACACUUUGCAGAUAUUGGUUUUAAAUCUCUCAAUUCUUACCCUAAUUUUUCUUUCUGUUUUUUGGUUUUUUUUUUUAUCAUUAAGGGCAAUAAGGAGAUCAAAAAUAUGAUAUUGUCACUUUAAUUUGUUUUAAUGCUGCCAUGGACAACCAAGUGCACCAUUGUUUUUCUUUCCCCAGUUUUUUUCCUCGGUUGUAUUGCAUAGUCUCCCUUAGUCCAAGUGAUAAUUACAGGAUUGUGUAGAGUGUGGGUUUCUUAUAGUCUAUUUCCUAUCUUAACCAUUCGGAGGCGAUAAACUACCCUGUUAAACUUUUGUGGGCAGACCUGGAGAAAAGAGAAUGACAAACCGCAUAAAUAAAAUUUCUCAAUUCCCCUAGUGAGAGGUGUUUUUUUUUUUGUUUGUUUUUUUUUUUUUUUAACUUCACAUUCUGAAUAUAAAGUAACAAAAAUAGUUUUAAUUGUUUUCAUGACCCCCACCUCCUUUUUCUUUUUUUUAAUUUUCUAGCAAGGCUAAGGAGUUUUGAAUUCGAUUGUUUAUGUAUUUGUUUAGGCUUCAGCUUCCAUAAACAUUUGGAAUUGGUUUCUGCAGUUCAGUGGGGGGGUUUUGUAUGUUUUUGUUUUUGUUUUUUUAAACUCCGCACAUCUAUUUUCUGUGUUUUUGUUUUUCAUCCAGAAUAUAUAUAGGUUUUAUUUUUUUUGUGAAAAAUGUUCUUCCACAAUAAAACACACAACUGCUUGUGAAAAAUAAUUUUAAGGACAACUGCAUAAAUUAGUCUAAAGGACACUCCAUGCACCAAUACUACUUUAAUGCAUUUCAUAGGUUUUUGGCCUCUUUAAUACAGUUUUUGUAUGCUCAAAUCUUUAUAAUUUCUGCACAAAAUAAACAUUCUGCAGAAUGCUGCACCCCCUCACUACAGGAAAAAAAAAACUUCCUUAUGAAAAAGGUUUGUCCACAGCUCGGCCAUUGACGGCACUGGAUUUUCUGAACAACAAAAUGUGCAUUAGGACAGGAUACCCAGGGAUGCAUCAAGUAAUGAUCUUACUAGCUGUUUGCAGUUUCUCUGUCUGCACCCAGGUUUAAAAGCCGCUCACUCUGUGCUAUUGGGGCUGAGACUGUGUGCAUAAGGAAGUAUUUCCUGCAUGAAAAGCAUAGCUAAGGAGGCAGACUUAUGGUGCAGCAUUCUGCAAAAUAAAAUAGAGCAUGCAAAAUAAAUACAGCAUAUUAAUGAGUUGUAUUGGUGCACAAUGUACCCUGUUAAGAAGGUCAAGUGGCUUUGUUUUAAUUAAUCUUCCCAGAGUUAUUCACUAGAGGCAGAAUUGGUGGGAAUACAGUGUGAAUUUAAAGUAUACGGCUAAAUAGCUGAAUUUUAAAAAUUCAGCUAUGCUUCUCCAUGGACUAUUUUUAUAUUUAAAAAAAAAAAAAAAAGGAAAUUCAUUAUGCAUUCACUUUGAAUUCCCAGCAAUUCUCACUGCUUUCCAAUAUCAUUUUGAUAUUUCAUAUCAGUAUAUUUUACAGACAUUGUUGUCCUCUCUAAUUCUGUUGUAAAUAUUUUUUAAUAGUGAAGGUAGCAGAAGAUGUAUUGGUAAUUUUCAAAGGGCUAUUAAAGCCCCUUUCUUGUACACAGCUUAUAUUUCGAAUGGCAUGGUAAGUAGCAAAAAAGGUUUAUUUUUUAUUUUUUGUUGUUUGGUCAGGGUCCUGUAAUUAAAAUAUGAGGCCAAAAUAUUGCUGGACCAGUAGUUAACAGAUAAACUCCCUUUUUCCUUACAGUAUACCCUUUCUGCAAGACAAGCCCUGGAUAUAAGGCUCAAAAUUAAUUCUACAGAUCUGUCGAAUAUGUUGCGUAUAAACUGUGCUGAAAUAUACUAACCAGACUGCUGGUUUCUUUCAGGUGGGUGUUCAUGGCAUUAGAAUAGAAUUCAUCAAUGAAAAAGGAUCCAAACGAACAGCCACGUACUUACCGGAGGUUGCAAAGGAGCAAGGUCAUUGAUGCACUUUAUUUCAUAAGAAUUGGUUAAAGAGUAUUAAAAAAAAAAAAAGUUUAAUCCAACUUGCAAUAUGUGACCUUGCACUGAUGUCAGAUGGUGGAUCAAUUUUUAAUUGUAAGGCUUUUAUCUUGUAUUACAUUUUCGUUAUUAAUGUAUGUAAAUAGACAAAUGACUUAAUUGUUCUAAAACAGUGGUGGACAUUUCCAGUCCUCAAUAGCUGCUAACUAUCCAGAAUACAAGGAUAUUCCUACUGAAAUCAGAUUUGUCAUGCUUGUGACAAUUAUUUUUGAUUCAGCCAAUUAAAGUAUUGUGGGAUAUAUAAAUAUUCAGAAUCCAGCACACUCAUUCUUCUCUAAACUAUCUUCAAAUCCCACAAAAUAAACGUUUCCAAAUGUAAAAAAAAAAAGACCAAAAAAGUUUAUCAUAAGGAUUUUGUGACUGUGUGGCAGGCUUAUAAAAUGUAUGAUCACAAUGUACUCCGUUUUUAGCUGGUCCUAUUAUGAGGUUUACCAAUUUGAGAAAUCCAUCCUCCUGAGGUUCUCUGCAGUGCAGGAAAAGCACCUGAUGUAAUGUAGCAAAAAGUGUUGAGCCCCUUAAAAAAUAGAUGUCCCUAGCUGGUUCCCAUAUGCUGUAAGGAAGCAAGCUAUCUCAGUCAGCCCUGGAACGUAUGUCGGUGCCGCUGCACCAGGGCCCACAUGUUCGAGGGCUCACCUGACUAUGCACUUAGGGCCACCUGGUGGGUGUUGCUGAACAGGGCCUUUAAAAGUGCGACUGGCCCCCUGUGUGUGGAAGGAACACUUCCUCACACAUGCAGAGGGAGAAGCAAGGAGAGCUACCUCCAGCCCCACGCUCCCAUAAGCAGAAGCAGGACCCCAAGAAUGGCUUCAAAAGUAAAAAUUAUGGUGUGUGUGUUUCUGUCUCUCUCUCUCCCUCUCUCUGUGUAUGGAAAGGUGUGUUGUCGGUGUGAUUGGCAGUAUAUGUGCAUUCAUCUUGGCAAUCAAAGAAAAAACAAAACAUGCAGACACCCCUGUAUUUAAACACAUCUUCAAAUACCAAUACCAUACACAAAUGUACAAACACAUUUAAAAGCCAACACUACAAAUAAUGCCCUAUAUUAUUGUAUGCAAACACAGACUUAACACCUUAAUGACUGAGCCAAAUGUACACGUUUUGAUCAAAAUAAAACGUAAACAACUCGGAAUUGACUGCCUGUUCAACUGUAAUUCACCUCUUUCAUAUUAAGUGCACCCACACUUAUUAAAUAUCAUUUUAUUCAGGAAAAAUAGGGCUUUCAUUUAACAUCAAGUAUUUACCUAUGGAACAUAAUUUAAUAUGAAUAAAAUAUAAAAAAAAGUGAGAAAUUAAGAAAUCUUAAUUUAUUUAUUUUUUUAGUUCUGCAUGACAUUUUAACUGUGAAUGUCAUAAUAUCAUUAGCUUUUACUGCAAUAAAAUACACAUAUUUGUAUUCAUCAAUGUCUCACGUGUAAAACAGUACCCCUUCUGUACAGGUUUCAUGGUGUUUUGGGAAGUUACAGGGUCAAAUAUAGCAUGUAACAUUUUUCCGUUUUUUCACAUUUAAAAAUUGGCGUUCAAAUUAUUUUUUUUUUUGUUUUGUUUUUUGUUGCAUUUUUCACAUAAAUAUUAACGCCAAUUUUGGCCAGUGUUUAUGACCAAGUGUUUACUAUAAAAGACUGGACAUGCCCCAUUUUCAAUACCUUGGGUUGUCUACUAUUGCAAAUGGUAUAUCAUCGUGGGGGUAAUUCUCAUUCCUGGGCUACUAUACGGUCUCAAAGUCAACAUAACCAAUCUGUCGACUUUCAAUGUGAAAAAACUGAAACACAAGCCUUAUAUUUGACUCUGUAACUUUUGAAAACACCAUAAAACCUGUACAUGAGGGGUACUGUUAUACUCAGGAGACUUUGCUGAACACAAGUAUUAGUGUUUCAAAACCGUAAAAUGUAUCGUAACAGUUAUAUCGUCCAAGUGCCAUUUGUGUGUGAAAAAUGCUAAAAAGUCACUUUCACUGAUAUCGUUGUAAUACAUUUUACUGUUUUGAAACCCUAAUAUUAGUGUUCAGAAAAGUCAACCGAGUAAAACCGUACCCACCAUGUACAGGUUUUAGGGUUUUAUGGAAAGUUACAGGGUUAAAUAUAGUGCUAGCAAAUUAAAUUCUCUGGACUUUCUACCUGGGUUAUCAAGCAGGUCCCACAAGUUAUAAUUAAUAAAAUGACUUAAUUAUGUAAAAAAUUACAUAAAUAUAUUGAAUUAAAAUUUUAUAUAUAAAUUUGUGUGUGUGUGUGUGUGUGUGUGUGUGUGUGUGUGUGUGUGUGUGUGUGUGUGUGUGUAAAAAUUUCAAGUUUCUGGCACUCAUCCCAAAAAAAUAAAUAAAUCACGUCCAGCAAUUACCAGGUGCCUCUCCGUGCAAAAAUAUAAACCGAAAAGAUUGAGAGCACUCAAUGGAUUUUGUAAAUCAAUAAUGUAUUAAAUAUAACGCAUACAAAUCAACGUUUCGACCGUCUAGCGGUCUUUAUCAAGAUCUCAAUCUUUUCGGUUUAUAUGUGUUUGUGUGUCUUUAUUUAUAUAUAUAUAUGUAUAUGUAUAUUGUAUGUGUGUAUAUAUAUAUAUAUAUAUAUAUAUAUGUAUACGUGUGUGUGUUAUUUUGAUAUCAUGAAAUUAGUAUUGGGGCUUAGCAGAUAAUCCCUUUUUGUCCAAAUAUAGGGAAGAACAAUAUCACAAUAUAAUAGGAAGUUCCAAAGUCAGUAUUUUGGAAGGAUAUGUCAGUUGUUAAGGGAAUUAUAACAGUUGCAAGAUAAUCUGUAUUCUCUGUUACUGAAGUCAGUUUCGUCCGAUGCAACUUACUAUCCAACCUUUAAUCAGAAAAGAUACUGACAGUGCAAUUCAUUAACAGUUUAUUUCCCAUACAAAAAAAACCCUAAAUGAGAACUCUUACAGAAUAUCGUGGUGGAACCUAUUUCUAAGUACCACUAUAUAAGCAUUGGUACAAUACAGUGUACUAACCGGGAUAUUGAUGGUUACCGCUCCGCUGAUGGAUGUAUGCAGACCGGUCCUGUGUACUCUAAUCAAUCUCCUUGCAGAGACGCUGGCUUUCAGGCACUACUGCUGUAGUGGUUCUCGCAAUUCAAAAUUAGAAAUUCCAGCCAGAUUAGAUCUGCGCGUUUCGCCUGUUAGAUCGGGCUUUCUCAAGAUGGAUUAUCUUGGGGAUUAGAGUUGAGUAUAUACACCCUCUGAUUGCAUAUCCAGGGUGUGGAAAGACUUGUGUGUUCUAAAUUAAAAACAUAUAAGUUUUAUCAUAAAACAUAGUAUACGUACAAGCAAUUAAAAAUAAAGUUCUAGUUUCCACACGAGUAAGUUUUUUAGUAUAAAAUUGAUGAAAAACUUAUUUUUAACACAUUUCAUUACUCUUGUAUCUAGAAUCGGUAAUUGUAAGAAACAUUAUUUUUGCGAGUAGUCUGAUAUUUAACUAGAGAUUUCUUUGCUCCUAAUUCAGGAAUGAGUUAAUUUCGACAGGCGUAUUCUGUUCAUUUAUAAUCAUAAUUUUUUUAAAAAUAUUAAGAUCGUGAAAACAAAUAUGCAUCUACAUAAAAAGAUUUUUAGUAUUCAUAUAGACACAAUCUCAAUUUAGUUAAAAUACAACGCUAGGAUGGGCAAAUGGUAAAUCCCCAGCUGGAAUAGCAUUAUGGGAGUUCUACAAAUGGGAAGCUACCUUUUGGCCGCUCUUGUACUCUAGAGGGCCAAAAUAAAUUUCUUGCACCGGACCCUUUCUACAUUAGUUCCGCCCACUGAUCUGAUUGCUUUAGCAGCAAACAUAAUUUUGGGCCUCCUGUAUUCCUGUGCAACAUUUGGACUCAUGACACCAGCAUUGUGUAAUGUCAUAUUUUCCUGCCUUUGGGUUAGGGUGUUGCAAGAAUGCAAGGCCUUGAAGCUGUCUCUGCUUCCAAAGAAUGUAUGAAAACAAUUGUUGUAUGGAAUGUUGUGAACACAUUAAUGGAUCGGUAGAUAUAUUUGUGAUUUGGUCAGUCAGUGGCUCGUUAUGGAUGUAUGUGUUAGAAUCGUCUCAUUUUGUAUCUGUGUUUUUGUGUAGUUUUAUUUAUGUAUUUGGCUAAUUAUUGUUAAGAUGGUUUUAUUAAAAUGACCUUCCUGGAUUCUAGAAAAGUUAAACCCUGAUUGAAUGUUUGCUCUGAACUGACUUAUAAAAAGACACUGCCAAUGAAAAGUAACUUCAUUUAUUUACAAACUGUAGAAAUUAAUCCUAGUUAAAUCAAUGUGAACACAUCUCAAACAAGUCCUUGAGAUGAGUAUCUGUUGUAAUAAUCUCCCACAACCAUGGGAAAAGUUGAGUUGCUUAAAUAAGGGCAACAUUUGAACAUUAAUAUAUGGUUAAUUUGACAGAUGCAGUUUAAUUGAAAACACUCAGAUGUCGGGUUUCCAGGUUAUCUAGAACGAUUUUACUGGAGAAUUUUGUGUGCAAAAAAGCAAAGUAUUUCUUGGCCUCACAGGAUUUCAUUGUCAUCCACACUGAUAUGGACAAAUAUAUAUGUACUGAUAUGGAUAAAGUAUGUAUAACAUAUGGGAGCCUGCAUAUGUUUUACAUGCUGUUUGACAAAGGAAUAAACAGAUUAGAACUUAAACAUUCAAAACAUACCACCAGUUCCAUUUAAAAUGUGGGAUGUUGCCUGUCAAAUGCUCAACUUGUUUGUAGGAUUCGUCUUGACAAGGUUUUCAUUGUGAUUUAUUUUACCCCUUUGGUGGAAGCUGAAAUUUGAAUGCAUCCAAAAUUAUCCUACAGGGAAUAAUAGCGAGGAAGACUCCAAUCAAACCACUAACUAGUACUGUUUGACACAUGUGGGCUUACUCUCCAUGAAGUGUGCUCUAGCCCAAUGAUCAGAGUUGGUGUUUAUGAUUAAAUCGUUCCAUUUAGGAAAGAAAGUUCUCAUUGCCAGAAUUGUAGUGCUUUAAGUGUCUCUUAAAUGGAAAAAAAAAUAAUUAAAUGUGCCUCACUGAGCUGCUUAAAAUGAAUGUGCCAACUGUUCGCAUCCUUGGUGGGGAUAACCUUAAAUCCUAGUAUGUUAGUAGCCGUAUAGUUCUCUAAGUGCCUACCACUGCUUUCGUAGAGUACUAAGCCACAAGUAUUUUUCACAGAGAUAUCACCUUUAACAUUUAUGAUUUUUCUAUCCAUAUCUUUUUAAAGGAUGCUUGCCUAACAAUUGAAUGUAAUGUUAUUACAUCUUAAUCGUAUGUGUGUUCAGUAGUGUAAAAUAUUCCCUACAUGAUUGCGUGAAAAAUCACAGUGCACAUAUUAAAAGUAGUGGCUAUAAUUUACAUGUUACUCAGUGUGUAGUCAAUGUUACUCCAACAUGUAUGGUACAUUAUCAAUCCAUUCGUUCCACAAUGUUUUGUGUAGGAGAAUACAAUAUGUAAAAAAAUGUAAACAGGCUGCAAGACUAAGGGGAUACUCCCCUAGGUAUAAAAUGUAAAUGUCUAAUUACAAAUCAGGAUGCACACAAAAUAUACAGCCUGUGUAAAUGUGACUCUAUUUACAAAACAAUAUAACAAUCAAACCUAUAAAGGAUAAACUAGAAGUGUUAUGGCUAGACUCUAAACAUACAAUAUACACAUUUACAUCAAUAGUUCUGGUACACUGUUGAUGGUGUGCAUCCUGGUUUAUAUUAAAGGAACACUUCAGGCACCAUAACUUCAUUAAGGUGAAGUUAUGGUGCAAGGAAGUUCCUUGUGCUGGCUUACCUCAAGGUGUUAAACUGCUAACAAAUGUUAAAACCAAAGGCUUAAUUCAGCACCCGUUAGUUCUGCCCCUGAACUUCCGUUCCAGUCUGAGGCUUCAUUUGGGAAGCCACAGACUUGAGCACCUCUGAUAGGCUGAAAGUUAGCCAACGCUGUCCCUUUAACUUUCAAGGAAUUGGUCCACUCUAUUUUUAAUGAAUAUGCCAUGAUAAAUGUGAUUUUUUUUAUUUUUUAUUUUUUUUUUAUUUAUGUUUUGCUUACUUUGUGUCCUAGUGUAAUCCUCUGAAGAGAAGGGAGUUGCCUUAAUAUAGCGAUUUUAUUAGAUUGUAUGAUUGUAUGCCAUUCAUGGCAGCAACACUCUCAAGUCUUCAAAAACAUGUUUGGAUUUUGCUAUUGGUGUUUUAGUGAAAAAGGCAAUGAGACAUUUUAAUUAAUCUUAAUGCGGCACUGACCAUCACAGUGGCAAUGGCAAUGUCAGGGGUCUGCAAAUUCAGCAAAGUUAUUUUAGAACUUUCCUCUUUUUAGGAAUUUUAAAGAACAAAGAUGGUAAGCAAAUUCACAAUUUGCUUUUGAUCAAUUUUUAUUUGUCUUUUUAUAAGCUAAGGGGAUACAGAAAAGAAAAAAAGGGGUGGGUAAACAUAAGUCCAAAUACGAAAAGUGAUACAUAAUGCAUAACGUGUUACAGUUUCCAUUGUGUGUCCUCACACUAGAAAGAGUUGGCUAUGCUCGAUUGGUACAACAUUCAUUCACAUGUGAUUCGGGGUUCACCGUGUCUGAUAAUGUGCCUCUUCCCCUCGAGGUAUGCUGGGGGAUACAUUGUUUGGCUGUUCUGCAUGGGGACCAGGUAGUGUCAGUUGCACCUCAGACAUUGCCAUCAAACCAGGGCGGUUUUAUUGUAUAGCGUGAGAAAUUCAGUCGAUUGGGAGAGAUUACACUGCGGUGUGGAGACUGGGUGAGGUACCCAUGCAGUUUGUGGUGAGAAGAGACCAAAUUAUUAAUACUCAUUAUGUUGGCUAUGCCUGCACUGCCCAUUGCUGCUUCCAUCUGUCCCCGGCGAGUUGUGUAGCCAUGGCAGAUCUAAUUUGUGAGUUCACCAUGACCUCGUAUGGCCAAUUGGUAGAUAUUUGCUGCAACAAUUGUCGUUUUUCCAUCUCCCUGCAAGUAAGGUGUUCGCAACAAUGAUGUGCAGUAGUAAUUUACGAUCAAUGUUAGGUAGCCGUUUCAGGCCCAUAAAUAGUAGGCAUAACUCUGGGGUCAGAGAUAUAUGUAUUGGCAGAGUUUUAAGUGUUAUUUCCUGAACCAGGUCCCAAUAUUCCUGUAAUUUUGGGCAUUGUCACCAAACAUGGUACAUGGUGCCAACCGCAUCAUGACACCUCAAGCAUGUAUUAGACGUGCCAGGAUAGAUGUGCGCUAGCCUUGCUGGGACCAGGUACCAACAGUAUUGUAAUUUGCAGAUGAGUUCUAGAUACGUUGUACAUGCUGUGGUUUCCUUGUGCACCAUAUAUUCCUCUUGCCAUUGCUCGAUGGUAAAGUUUUUGUCUAGCUCCUUGUUCCAUGCUAUUAUGUACGUGUCUUCCUGACUAGAAUGUGUUGUAAGGAGUACCUGGUAUAUAGUGGAUAAGAGCUUCUUUUGUUCGUGGGGCAAGGCAUAGAGAUUCAAAUUUGUUUAAGGUGGGGGAUGGUAGUUUUGCAUUGUGGUCUGCGCAUAUGACAUGAGUUGGAGAUAGGAAAAGAUGGCUUUCUGCGGUACUUUGUAUUGGGUUUGAAGGUCUGGGAAACUUCCAGGAUGACCCCUGAUAUGUUUGCCACAUGUGUGCAGCCACUGUGUUUCCGUAUUGCGUAAUUGAAGGUGGUAUUGCUAAGGUGCAUGCUAUACAGCGGAGUGGCUAGGUAGUUUUGGUGUAAAAAAAAGUGCAAAGAACCCUGUGAAUGGAGUCCCAAGCAUGAAGGAGUAAUUUGGUGCUGUCCAGCAUGUCUGGCCAAGGGGGUCUGGCAUUUUUUGGGUCCAAAAUAUAGAUUUCAGUACCCUUGAGAAUGUCCAGUGUGCUUCUGGUUGAACUCAUUGAGGUAUCUUCGAAUCAUGUGCACCAGGGGUUCCAGAGCCAAUACGUAUAACAACUGUGACUGUGGGCAUCCCUGGUGUGUCCCGUUAUGGCAAAUUGGUCUGACAAGAAACCAGCAUUAAGUACUCGGGCUGCGGGUUUGGUAUACAGGGCUUGUACCACUGACAUAAAUGUGUCUGGCAUGUGGAAGGCUUUUAAUCAAUUUUAAUAGAACAAGUAACUGUUUGUUUUUUUUUGUUUGUUUUUUUUUUUUUUGAGCCUCACCACUGUCCCGCCCCUCAGCUGGCUCUGCCCCUUCUAAUAAUGCAGCCAGGGUCCCAUGAACCGAGACAGAUCCCAUAUAUACCAGCUAUGGAGUGCAUCCAUCUUGGAUCCUAGUGAACAUUUGUUAUAAGCAGAGUGUGAAAUUUGAAAUCCAAUGCUUCUAGUCAGGCCUUCAGUUACUUCCAUGGCAAGUCAUAGUAAGCUCACCAGGGCUAAAUAAUCACUUUCUAGUGGAAAUUUGAGCACUAGUUAUAAGCAUUACCCUUCUGCCAUUGAAGGACAAAAAAAAAGAACCGCAUAACGUGCAAUUUUAACAUAACUAUUGGCCAGGAGGAACAAAAGGCCAUUGUUUUUGUUUCCUCCAUUGCGGUGUGCAUGCUGGCUGUGCCAGAACUGAAACAUAUCAGUUGCCAUGUUAUACUACAGGAUGAUCUUUAUGCAUUGUUCUAGCCACACUGCUUUACAAAAUAGAGUUGACUAUUCCCAUUUUUGUUUCUUAUUUACUUAAGCUUUGUUGCAAUGUCAUUACUUAAGCAAUAAAGGCUACAAAUGUGAAGUCCAUAGGCAAAUGGUAUUCUGCCGCACAUUGUGCGUACACACAAGCUGCUAAUUGUUGGUCAUUUAUUGAGGUUCAUAUGGGGCCCUGGUUUAGUCCCACAUGUACAUAUCCCCAGGGAGUUGACUAGGUAGCAUCACAGAUUUUGGCAAUUUUAGUGUUUGCAUUCUAGCCAUCGAGAUAUUUAAUUGUUUAGUUUAAUCUGCAGGGUAUAGAACCCACAGACUAUGCUUUGCACCCAAAUACAGGCAAACUGUGAAGAGGCAAUGCUUCUACUUUUCCCCCUCCCCCUCGUUGUUUCACACACUAAUACAUUCCAGUUUCAUUAAAAAAUGUAUUCAAAAUUUUUGCUUGCCACACUGUUAACAUCAAAUGCUUUCAUAAUUAUGAUCUUUUUGACAGGUUGGGACCACAUACAGACCAUAGAUUCUUUAUUAAGGAAAGGUGGAUACAAAGCUGCAAUCAAUAAUGACUUCAGGAAAACAAUAAAACUUACUAGGUAUGUUUUGCCAAAUUCCACAUGCUGUUACAGACAGUUUGUUUUAUUUCAAUGAAUUUUAAAUUUUGAUGAGCAAGUGGCAGCAGAUAAAUUUUUCCAUUAGAGAAAUACUCAAAAGAACACUUCAGGCAUCCCAAUUGCAAGUAGUUUUUGAAUACCUAGAGUCCACUGAACACUUCUUCCUGCCUCCACUCGCCACACCAGAGAGCCAGUAUGCAUGAACUUCUGUUUGCUCUCCAGAGCUAAACUCUGUAAUGCAGGGUCAUGUUGUUGAAAUGUUCUCUUUAAUAUAGCUAAGCGCCAUUCCAGAGUCAAUAUUGUAGCAUUCGGCCUGGAGUUUUAAUGGAAGCUUGUAAUAAUACUUUCUGAUCCUUUCCUGGGAAGAUGAACAGAACUUGCCAAUGUUGCUUACAUAUCAUUAGAUGGCUCUCUUAUAUCAUAUUUCUAACCCAUUUAGAACAGUGUUGACUAAUCUCACACCAGCUGUUACUAUGUUUUGCAUGAAACUACAGUAAUCAAAUGACUGGUGAAGCAUUAUAAUGAAUCCAGUCAGCAAUAUUUGGCAUGCCAAUGGUUGCCCUUAAUUGAUUUAAAGGGCCUUAUGGUAAUAUAUUAUUUCAACAUAUAAUACCUGAAUGCAAAUAGCAACUUUAAAUAGUUAUUCCCAUUAAUUCACCUUAAUUAUAAAAAAAAAAAUUGGGAUAUGUGAUGGACACUUUUUAACGUUUAUUAGGCAUUCUUCAUGGCACAGUGGAGGUUGUGAAACUAUAAAAUUCAAGACAAACAAAUAUGUAUUGGUGUAACUUUACAGAAUAAAAAGUGCUACCCAUUGACAUUGAAUUUCCAUUUCUAAACAAAGCUUGAGCAGUCCAUUAAAUAUGAAAUAAAGAAACUUUAUUUCCAUUGCAUCAUUGGCAGCACUUGGUAUUUAAAGGGACACUAGAGUCACCAAAACAACUUUAGCUUAAUGUUGCAGUUUUGGUGUAUAGAUCAAGCAAAUAAUUAGCUUAGGUACACACCUUUUUUUUUUUUUUUUUUUAAUGAAUUAGAAGCUACUCAAAAACCUUGAGUGACUGCAUCUGCAACACCACCCAUCUCUCCUGCUCUCACAACACCUUCUUUAUUAUUUUGCAUAAUCUGCGGUGCCCAGAAUCCAUCCUUUACCAUUGUAAUUAGGAAAAGAUUGUCUUCUUGUGACACCUGUACCUCAUGGCAGCUGGUCGCAUUCUGUAAGAGCUCCUCACUCAACUCCUGCAAAAAGCCGUAGAUUGAACUCAGUUUGCUGGGGUGUCUCCGUCUGUGACCCACCUGUAUGUAAUACUAAAAGGGGUACCUUGAACCUUCAACCUCCAGAGUACACAAUAGUAGGCACUUAGCAGGUGAGGCCUGUGAGCCCGUUGACUGUAGUGGCAGCCGCUCUACUGGGACAUGCAACAGUGCUUCAUCACAAGCAUCCUGCAUCUGCAAGGUCGCAUCUUGCCCCGCCCACACCGGCGGGGGUUUAUCCUGGUCCCCACUAGCUCGAUGCACCUGUCUUUGGUUCCUGACGAUCGCCACAGUUCAUGAUUAGGACGUGGGGCACCUAGUUAGAUGGUGGAUACAUCUCCAUCACCAGAGUAUAUGCCUAUGCAAUCCUGUAAAGACAGUCAUUUUACAGUGGAGCAGUUUCUUAGACAGCUGGGUGAGAUAUUCCAACGCUUUUGGUAGAGUUGGAGAAGCGCAUGGCUCUGACACCAUAUCAACUGCGAAUUGAGGUAAGAAGAGUCAGAAGCUUAGUGGGCCUCUCUCGGGCACAGCUUCUCUUCCUGCAUCUGUUACAUAUGCUGCUCACGUUCCUAGGCUGAAGGACACCAGGGGCUCGCCCCUGAAGCAUUGGUGGAAGGCCAUCUGCCACUGGUGGCAGCAUAACACCUGAGCCUUCUGUUUCGGGAAGGACGCUGUGCUGGCCUCCACAAAGGCCUGGGACUGGUGGGAGACCUUACCUCGCCCCGUAACAUCAUCACAUAAUCACCCUUGGCAACCUCCAAAUACCAGCUUUCUCUCUAAGUAGUGGAAUCAGCUAAUUACAGACUCUUCAGUCUGUGUAGUCACCCUGUACUUACCAGAUGUUUCACUGCUGUUAUCUUAACUGUCUCAGAUUGUAGGAGCCACCAUAUGAUACUCAUUGAUGUGUUUUCCCUUUGUUCUACCUUUUAUUAUUCAUUAUGAUUUGCAUUGUAUAUGAUUUAACGCUGAAGGGACGUCUGGCCCCGGUGGAGCAUGGCUUAGUUCUAGUAACCAUAUCUAAUUGGUAUCCUUCGUUGAUACUGUUGCAAAUUUGUUAGCAUAGACAUGUCCUAUAGCCUGUCUUUGCUUGUUUCAUAAUGUAACUUUUCUAUAGGCACAUUAGGCCACCCUAGCUAGUUACUUAAUACCUUUUCUCAACUUCCUUCCAGUAUGUCUACUACUUUUCUUGUGAUUUAAUGUUUUCUUAUUACCGACUACUCUGACAUGUGUCCCCAACUCUACUAAAACCUUAUAUAAAAUUGUGUUGUAUCAUUGAAUUGCUACAUAACGUUACAUCACUAGCUGUUUCUGUCUUUGUCUCAUUAUGUCAUUAGAUAUUCUUGCACAGCACUCUAGGGCAGGCAGGAAACAGUGCCUGCAAGUUGAAAAAGCUGCCAUGCUUGGUAUGAGUGGACUGUGAAUAGUUAUGAUGUAAAAGUACUUUGAGUGAAGAAGUGAGGUUUUCAUAAAUUGUGUGGAGCAUCAGACAAUUAUGUGAAAGAAUAGAAAAUUUUCUUGAAAUUAAAGUUGCUAGAGACUGCUUUCUUGCACAUCAACUGCUCUAAUACAUUGAAGAGUUUCUGGAGAUUGUAAUGGCUCUUCAAUAUUGACUUUAUUGCGCCCUAAAACUUGACCUGUUUGUAGAUAUAUCAAAGCUUGAGAAUGUUAAUGUUUAAUUGCAAUUUUUUUUUUUUAAUGUGCACAAUUGUAAAUGUUUGUAGGUUGUGUUCUUUUUCUUAAUGCAAUUUGUUUUUGCUCUUUUUUUUUUUCUUUAAUAUAUACAGAUACCGUAGUGAAAAAAUGACCAUGAGCUACACCGAAUACCUUUCUCAUCGUCAGCACCAUCACUUUCAAAAUGGCAUCGGGCACCCUCUCCCACCCUACAACCAUUAUUCCUGACACUGAGCCGCAUGACCAGUCACUGGACCUCUCAGCAGAACUCUUCCCAGGGGACCCUGCUCCCUCUUGGUCUAGCUAUCUCUAUUACUGUACUAUUUUAUGAUGAUUGUUUCCGUUGUCCUGUUCAUGCAUUGCAUGCUUGUCAAUGCUAACCAGGGCAACGGGUGGGAAGAUAUAUUAAAUACCCACAAGAUUUUUUUAUUUUUUUUUGUAGGAUUAUUUUGAGCUACUGAUGAUCUUCUAUUUUUGCUGCAGCAGCAUGCAUCUUUAUCUCCUCCCCUUCCAAAAUAUUUUGCCAAGUUUUUAUCUACUAUUCAGGUGUUCUUGUUGCGAAAAGAAGUAAAAGUAGGGGAGUGCAUUGUCUUAGAUUGGCACAAACAUAAGUAGGGAUUUUCUGUGUGUACACAAACUUGGUUAGUCUCAAACAUAUCACAAUUUAAUUUUAAUUUUUUUUUUUUUUUUUUAGCAGUUUCAAAGCGGUUAUGGAGUUAGAACAUGGGUUUUUAUUAACCUUAUUAUAAAUCAUUAAGAUUUAUUUUUUUUAUUCCCAGAUAUAUAUAUAUAUAUAUAUAUAUAUAUAUAUAUAUAUAUAUAUAUAUAUAUAUAUAUAUAUAUAUAUAUAUAUUUAUUCAAUGGAGGAUUGCUUAAAAACAUUGGCUCUUUUUGCUUCCCGCUGAGGUUUCUUCUUUCAUCUAACAUUUUGUACCUACACUCCCUUGGAUACUUGGCACUCUACUAUACCCUCCUCAACAUAUGCAUUAGCUGUGAUAUUGACAAAUUACAGUGGACAUGUGUAUUGCUUAAGUGACAUUCAAAGCCUACCUCAGAAUUGCUGAGCUGUGUAGGGUUACAAUCCCUACAGGUUCAAUUAGAAUUGGUUAAUCAUAAACCCUCCUUGAUUGUUUUAUUGCAUAUAGUUCUACUAAUCCCUCUGAACUUGAUAGCCUUUUGUGCAAAGGGAAAGUGAUCCAGAUGCCACAAAAUUUUAAAUUAAAAAGUCUGUUCUUUCAGACAGUUAUUUAUAUUUCAUUGUUCAGUUGUUCAAUAGGCUUAAUUAAAGAGAGACAACAACAAAAUACUAACACUGGAGGGAGCAGAAGCAUUCGGUUUGGAAUUAAGGUACAUUAUUUGUUCAGUGAUUGAACUGCUUUCUGUGGUCAUCUGCUUUUAGUUUUGUUUAGAACCCGAACGAUGUCAGCCUAGUUUUUCUACAACUCUCAUAUUAUGUUUGAGAGUGGGGAGAGCGAUAUGGUUAUGUAAUUUCUAUUCUUUUUGAUGUGGUUCUAAAACUCCUUUUCUGCUUUUAUCCUCAAGUGCCAUUAGUGCAUCAUAGCUUUACAGAUCUCAGGCAUUGAAAAUUAGCAUUUUUAUUUAUUUUUUUGCCAUUGCCCAUGGUGCUACUGCAGGUGCUUCUUAAACUUUCAACAUGAUUGGUGCCAGGUGGGUUGAAGCCAUUUUGUAGCAUGCCGUGUGUUUCCAACAAAGACGUAGAACGUGAAGGACAAUGAAAAAAAUCACAAAAUGUCCAGAUAUUGGUGAGGAACAUCCUAUGUAGUUGUAGAACAUAAGACGAAAUGGUUGUCUAAUAUUUAAGAUGAGAUCUGCUUAGAAUAAAAGUCUUUCUUCUGUGAUUCCAGGAAAAAGUAUAGGCUAUAAAUCACUAUGCCAAGUGGCUAGAUCUAAAGCACUGCUUCAUUUAGAGGGUUUAAUACAGCUUCUAUACACCCCUGUCACAAAACUGUUAUUGGAGCUGUUGAAUGAACGUAUCACUCUACAGACCUUUUUGGUAGCAAAUAUUUCAUUUUCCACAUAACCUUUAUAAAAACCUUGCAGGCCCUUUUCUACUGAAAAGAAUGGAGUGACACCUCUUAGCAGUAUAUCACCACUUAGUUCAUUUUGAUGCCUUAAUCUGCUAUCAUAGUGGUAUGCUGUAGCUGUGCAACAUUGUAUUUCUCACUAGUCUAUUGUAGAAUUCUGUGCAGUUAGACGGAGUGGAGAUAUCUUACCAGGUUCUCUGUUGUGGGAAUUUCAAGUGGUAGUCUGCUCCCUCCGUUUCCUGUCAUAUAUUGAAAUGGAAGAAAUGUAGUUGUGUUUUACCAUUAAAACAGUGUUUAUUACAUCAGCCCUUUAUUUUUAUCCACAAAAUAAAGUGAGCACAAGCCUAAUCAUGCUUUCUUCUGCUGUUGCUGCAGCAAAAAUAAGAGGACUUGUUUUUUUAUUUUAUUUUUACUGGUGCAAAAAAAAACUUUCAGAUCUCAUUUGCCCAGUUGCAAUGUGUUCAUUCUUCAGAAUGAUCUUUGUUUUUUUUCUUUUCAUUUUUAAACUCUAUGUAUUUAAAGGUGCUAAUCAUCCUUGCACAAGGUCCUGUGACUGGUCAUGCCAACUGAAGAUCAUAUCAGAUUUUUACUAAUCCUUGAUAUAUGCAGAUGUUAUACAGAUGUUUCUUACCAUUGUAAUAAUGCGAUAUUGAAGAAUUGCCAAUCCUGCAGGUUUUGAUAGAUCAAGGUCAGCAAUACUUCCCAGCAUGGCUUUGGGGGGGAAAAAAGUCCACAAAAAGGAUUUUGUGUGUCCUUUUGUAUAACACUUGGUUCAAAAGGCAUUGUCUUUCAGUAGUUAUUAAAGGACAACUGAUGUUGAGAUGUAAGUUCAUCUUGUGUGACAAUGUAGAACAGUCAUGAAUAUGCCUCUAUAUAAAACUGCAUGUAGUUUUUCAGUGCAGUGCCUGGAGGCAGUGUUCUGCAUAUGUAUGCAUUUAAUACAUGUAUAUGCAACAAAUCAAUGUCAUAUAAGAGGCUUAGAUUUUAGCGUCUAUUUUCCUUUAAAUAUAUUUAAAAAAAAUUUAGUUUAAAGACUGUUAUACAACAGUGAGAGUGUACUGUGAAUAAAGUUACACACAAAGACUACUAUAAGAAUGUUCAGACACUACCUGGAGAUCCUGUAAUACAUGUCGAUCAUAUUCAACAGCAAAGGAUCAGUAGAGCCUCACAGUCCACAAAAGUAGGCCAUGUCUUCAAACAAUUACAUUUUUUUUGGAAAACAAACUCCCCCCUCUUAGAACUCCAUGCAUGUUGCCAUUGGUAGCUUAUGCAAUUGGUCUAAAGUGAAACUUGUUGCAUGCUGAUAACCCAUUUGUCUUCAGUCUUGACUUACUCAUCUGGGCUAAAUGCCGCUAAAGCCAAAAUAUUAGAGAGGAGCUAAUUUGGGAAAAACACACACGUACACAAGUGACCAGUAAGACAUUGAUCUUUUUUGGGUAGGGAAGGUAUUUGUAUUUAUAUAUAAAAAAAUAUAUAUUUUUACCUUUACAUCUUAUUUCCCCAUGUGUAUUUUUGGUUCAUUUAACCCCUUUUUAAUUACAAUUGAAUCGAUUUUAUUUCUUUGAAAAUGUAAGUGCUCAAAUUUAAAGUGUCUUGAAGUGACAAAUCAUGUUAGUGUUUUAGUUGAAGGCAGUUCACACCUUUCUUUUGUCAACUUCAUUUUAUAAUUUUAUUAUUUUGGCCCUUAAAAUCAUUUAUUCUAUGGUAGCAAUUAGGUACACAAAUGAUAUAGAAAAACAAAUUGUAUUAAAUGCAGGACUGUCAAUGCAGAAUGUAUGCUCGGUUUUUUAGUCUGUUUCUCUUUGUAGUAAGUUGAUCUGUUUCUUUUGCAAACUGGUGUGUGGAUAUAUAUUAUGUUGGAAAAAUGACUAUCAAGUAGAACAAGAUUUUAAUAAUCUCCCAAGAUGGCUGCUAUUUGUUUUUAAAACUCAAAAUAGAGAGAGAGAAUUUUGUCACAUCAAAUACAAUUCAACCAUUAAUGUAGACUUUUUUUUUUGCUUAAAGUGUAGAUUUAAUUUUCAUCUGCAGUCUAAUAUUUCACUGUCCUUGAUGCUGCCUUUGCGGUUCCACAGCUGCCCAGUGAUACUGUGUAUUUUUCAUUCCUAGUGCACUUCUCAUUAGACAGAGCAGUGAAUCAUAGAGGGAAAUUUUAAAGUGGUAGAACCGAAAUGUUCUGUCGCUGAAGCUGUGGACCUUUGAUAAGUGGUUAAAGGACACUCAACAUCAGUUUGCAUCUGAAAGCAUUAUCCUAAUAAGCUUCACACGUUCCUUUAAGGAACCAAACCUGGGAGUGUAUUCUGACCUUUUACUGCUUUAUUAUUGCCGUCUACUCUGGCAGGUAGCAUGUAAGUAUAUCUUUUUGGAAAACUGAUACUUAUGUUGACACCUGCAUGAUUUGAAAAAUGUGAGGCUGCACGUGUUAGGUUAAUUUUAGCUAAGGAUAUCCCAUAGUGUAAAAGCUCAUGCUAUUUCUCAAGCUUCCUUCCAUGUGUAUGUCAUGCUAGUAUUAUUUAAGGUGGUUUACAGUCAGAGGAGAGUCCUUUCAGUAUGGCUUAUUGCAGUAUCCAUACUGCAUUAAACAUUUAGUUGCUGUUUAGGUUGAAAAACAUCUCACUUGUAUAACAUGCUUUUUACUUCUUGUCUUCACAUGUUCAGGUUUCUUAAAGUAAAGAAAAAAAAAUACAUCUGUCUGAGAUUUUUAUCUCUUGUAUGUUAGACCAAACCAAAGAAACCUCCAGCCAUACUUUAAUGCUGCUCCUUAAAAAGCCUUUCUGUUCUAUCAAACAAUCCUGCAGGAUUCUGUGUUCAACUUUCUUUUUAUUAUUUUUGUACAGUUUCUAACAUUUUUCUUCUAGUGUUUCAUUGAAUCAAGUUUAUUUUAGGGGACUGGAAACAGAAUGCAUCCUCUGUUUAAACUAAAUGUGUUUUUUGUUUUUUUUUCUCCCCCCCAAGAAACCCUAUUUUGUGCCUCUAAGAUUUGAAGGGUUUCAUGUUACAUUCAUUCUUAAAACCAGCAAUGAUUCUUUCUAUAAGAUGUUUUUUUGGGGUUUUUUUCCUUGCAUUUUUUUUUACUGUUCCAGAAAAUAAAAACUUUAAUACAUUGCGCUGGACCCAGUAACUAAGCUGGUUGAAAAACGCACUGAGAAAAUAAACUUAUGUUUGACACUUUUGUAUAAAACAUAAAAUGACUGUUUUUGUAUAUCAAAGUUGAUUCUUUUUCAAAAAAAAAAAUGGGAUCUAGUUUCUAAGUUAGUGUUUUUAUAUGUUACAGAACAAGAUUACUUUGGAUAUAUCACCAGCUUGAAGACAAAGCUUUGGUGAUAACCCUCUCUAUAGUAAAGAUUCACAGAUUACAUUGCAGAGCAAUGUCCUUGGGGGGCUCUUCAAUUAUGAGAGGGACUGUAAAAAAGGUGGGUCUAAUGCUACCUGGUGUAGCCGAUCCCUGCCUUCCAUAGCUCUAUUAACCAGAUUAUGGAAUACAAUGACAUCAGAAAUGGCGAACCACCCACUCUCCCUUCCAUUAAUACUAGAUCCUCCCCUCCCUUUACUUCCACAUAUAUUUGCUAUUAGUGUGAAGAAACUGUUAAAAUGGGCAUUUUAUUAUGAUAGGUAAGGCUAAAAAAAGGUUAAAAUGGCGAAAAGGCAAAAAAAAAAUUCUAUAUAUAGAAGGUUAUUUGUGGGUCUGUGAGCUAUGGCUGUGGAGAGAUAUUGUAGUAGUUUUAACACUAUUGUUACCUUUUAAAUUACCCAAUAAAAUAUGGAAAAGACCAA